UUGGGAAAAAUUUUGAGGUCUUGCAGUGGCACUAAAACUCCCUCAAUGUUCCCAAACAUAGAAGACAAGCCCAGACAGAAGAGCAUUAUGAAGAACAGGACAGCCCACACAGGCGAGACAGGCAUCUUGGUGAUGGCCUCGGUGAACACAAUGAAGGCCAAACCUGUUCCUUCAACUCCCUAGAACCAACACAGCAAGGCAUGGCAGGGAUCAUUUGAAAAUGUUUGAUUUCCCUUUUAACUAGACACUGCUGUGCAGGUCCAUAAGUAGUCCUAGAGAGUCCUGCAGAAAUCUUACCUCACUGAGGAAAGUAUCUAAGUUGCACUGCUGUAGAUCCAGCCCUUGUAUAACACCAGGAGAUGUUCCAUUGAGAUGUUCAAAGACCUGAUCAUAGUUGCUGUCAGUGAUGGAGCCCUCAGCAAGGUCAAAUGCAUUUAGUAAUGUUAGGAUGUUUCUGAAACACAAUUUGUUAGGUUGAAAAACCUUUCAUAUCUUAUGCAUUGCUGGGGAACAGAAAUACAUAAGUGUUUUUUAAUUGUCUUAUUUGAUAGAAAAUUGCUCAGCAUACCCAGAGAGACAGUUGUCAAACCUCUCUGUUGCCCUGAAGCCAAUAAUGGUGUAAAUGACAGUGGCAGCAAAGACAGAGGUGAUUCCAUUGAUGACGGAGAUGAUCACUGCAUCCUGUUCACAGUUGUUACUGAAAGGAGCAUUUUUUUUUAAGUGUACAGCACAAAAUUCCUCCAAUAUCUUUUAUGUUGCAGGUUAAAACUAAAAUGAAAAAACUCACUGCACUGAGUUGUAGCUGGAGAAGGAAAUCAGACCACCGAAAGCCAGUGAGAAAGAGUAGAAAACUUGAGCACCAGCAUCGAGCCAUGUUGUUGGCUUUGCAAGCUCUGCUAACUGUUAAAACAUAAAGUUGAUGAUCAAAAAUCAGAUGGUUAGUGCUUCAAACAGGCUGAAUGGAGAAGUUGGAGCAUUAAAAUAAAACAGUUAUGUAUUUAAUGCAUUCAGAUUUUUGUAUGUGCAGGAAAAUAAGUUUGUUUUCUUAAACAAAUUUAAAAAGUGCAACUCACAUCUGGUGUGAAGAGAAAUUUCACUCCAUUUAGAGAGCCCUUUAGGGUCAAUCCUCUGAUCAGAAAUAUUGUCAGCACCACGUAAGGAAGGGUUGAAGUCACAUAUACAGCCUUGGGGGAAGUAAAGCAUUUAUUUAAAUAUUGUUCAAUUGCAUUAAUACCUUCCCUGGUUCUGUAGAUACAUGCAAUAUGGCAUACCUUGCCUGUGGUCUCAAUACCACGAAUGAUGCAGACAUAGAGCACAGACCAGGCACAAAUAUGACAAAUCAGCAUCCACCACUGUAAACCACCAUCAUCUUCAAUAUUUGGAGUUGUGUUCAGGGUUUCCCUGUACCAGAAAUAAUCCACAGGGGAACUUUUCUCACACUCUGAAAUAAUGCCUGGAAGAACCAAUGAAAAAUAGAUAUCACUUGACCAAAUCAAGAUUUUGUAAACUCGUGAUUACAUUUAGCAUAAGGACUUCACCAGAUGUUUGAUUACCUGUUGCAUUCAUGGGACAUUGACUAAAAGGCAGAGGAUCUUGAAACGAGUUAAAGAAGUACCACAAAAUCCAGGCUAUAAUGGUGUUGUAGUAGAGGCUGAUUGUCAGGGAUACACACAUGGAUGCAAUGCCUGUGAAAUAUUUAAAGAGUUCCUUAAGAUGUUUUUACUGUAAGACAUUGAAACAAAUUAUUAUCAUAACGUUUUCUUACCAAUGCCUGUCAAACAGGGAUGAAUUGAAGCCCACACCCCCAAACUGCCUCUCCUUAAACGUUGACCAAUGGCAAAUUCAAGAUGUAAAAGUGGGAUGCCUUCAAGGACGAGCAGGAUUAGAAAUGGUAUCAUAAACGCACCUAGAAGAUAAAGAAAGUAAUGGUUUAUGGUUUCAUAGCAACAAUAAAAAUUUGUUUAUUCCCCCAUAAAAUCUAAAGGCAACCUUGCAUCUUCUAAGGAGAUGUUCAACUGAUACACUCCAAUCUUUCAGUGUUAAUCAUACAGGGUUUACAUGAGCAUAUGUAGACAUGGUAAACACACUCAUUUUAAUUGUGCAAUAUAUCAACCAUUUACACCUUUGCACUGCGCUUCACGAGAAUUUUCUUUAUCCAGGAUGAUGUAAAACUUCUUAUCACAGGCGAACAGUCGUAAGCUAUUUUUAGCUUCCAAAGCUGAUUAUAAUGUAAGCUGCUUUUUUUCAAAAUCACAUUAUUUACAUAAAAUUAAACACAUCCAAUUGGGAUAAAGUGGUCAAUGGCAAAGUGAAUUUGUCUGUCUCUUUUAUUUUGAUUAUUAAUUCCUUCAUUUGAGAAGGUUGUCUAGUCAGUGUCGACUUCACCAACAUGCACACUGAUCCAACAGAGAGACAACAGCUCAACUGACAAUUCAGUAAAAAGGUUUAGUAUGUUUUAAAGUAACUUUCCUCUAGAAUACUUGAGUCAAGCUAGUUUUGAAAAAUGGUCAUGAUUUUUCUUGUUUUUUCUUUUUCUUGCUUUCUUUCUUUCUUUCUUUGAUUUUGUGCUCUUUCAAUGAGAACAGCAGAUGAUUUAAGAACUAAGUUUUCCUGUGCUAAGACAAUUAAAAGAGAUGUAGAAUAAUUGAACAAUGAUAACUCAUAAUUUCAACCCAAAUAAAUCCAAUUAAUCAUGCUGCAUUACUUGCCUCCUCCAUGACUCUGGCACAGAUAGGGGAAACGCCAAACAUUUCCUAGUCCCACGCAGAACCCCACACAUGUCAGCAUGUACUGGGCCUUGUUAUCCCACUUUGGUCUGUCUCCGGCCUCCUCUUCCUCCAGCUUGUCCAGCAUUUGAUGGGACAAUAUCCUGUCCUCCAGGCCUGGAUUGGGAAGUUUUAACUUCAUGAUGUGUCUAACACUGAAGUAUUGUAGUGGUACAGUAAGGAGACUGUGUCGAGCUGGAAUGUAAAUUGCUGCUCACAACGUGAGAUCCCACUAUGUACUGGACCUCUGUAAUAGAUUGACUAGGCACAGGCAUCAAUAAGUAUCAGCAAAAAGUGAGCAGCCUUUAAAGCUUUGCUGAGCAAGAAGACACGUGUCAGUUAACAAGUAACUGAUUCUUAUCUAAUGGGGAAGAGUCGGGGCACAUGGGACAUUCAUUUUGGUACGGCAGAAACUCAAUAACACAAGUCAAAACAUCAUAGAAAAUAUAAACAAUGCUAGCCCAUAGCAAACUUGAAAAUAGUUCACUAAAACUUUUUGCAUUAACCAUGUAUUAGAACACUAACUCUGAAAUUAAAUAAUGAUAGAAAACACUGGCUUUACAUAUAAAAGCAUACAUGAAUUAAUCUGAACCAUAUACAUACUUUUCUACUGUUUUCUUGUGUCCUAAUGCACAGUCAAGUACAAAGGGACUGUAGUGAGGAUGAGGCCUUAUUUUGUAGUCUGGAAACAGUAAAUAAAACAGAGCUCUACUCCUGUAGAUUCAGCAUUUAGCCACUGACUUCAUCAACUGAAGCAGUUUGUACAUUAAGGAAAAAUAAGACAGAAUGAAUAUGUCACAGUUCAUAUUUGACUCACAGUAAAUGUCCAAUCAGCCCUUAUUUAUGUAUUAUAUACAGGGUAUUUACUAUAUUGUAAGUACAGUAGGCUAUUAAAAAUGUUGUAGCCAAAAGCAUAAAUGAUCUAAAUGUUAUGUGAGACCUCUACACUUUCCCCACAGUGUGUUUUUACACAUGGACAAGGUAGGCCACAUUGUCAGGGUAUUUGACAGGUAUUUCAUUCAGGGUAUUUAAGUCUUCUGUUAAUAGUAGAUGACAUAGACGACAUGACACUAAAGACAAUUAAAUAGCCCUUCAGGGAUCGACACGAUCUUAUCAUCUUAUCUUAAAAGUAGACAGGACAUUUUUAAUGGCAGUGACUGUUUUGUGUUCAUCAAUUUAGAUAGCCCAAGGUGGAGUUCAUUUGUUCAUUUGUUUGUUUGGAACCCCAUUAGCUUACACAAAGUGGUUGCUAGUCUUCCUGGGGUCCAAAAACUUAAAAUCACAAUACAAUUACAUUUAAACAAUUAAUUGAUGAUAAACAGAAUUACAGAUUCAAUUCAUGAUUCUUCACAACAUUAAAAUCACUCCAAAAUUUAUGCUUUUUUAAGUUGAUUCAUACAGUUUUGUUUUAAAGUCUUUUAAAAAAUAAUAUCUGCUGCUUAUUUGCCGUGUGCUCCUAUACAAUUGAUUCCACAUUUCUUAAGAUCUAAAUAACACUGUUCUCCUCAUACAAUUGACUUUGAGAAAGGAACAACUAAACGAUCAGAGCAAGUGACAUAUUCAUGACAACAGCCACUGUACACCAGUUUGUCCACAAAGAAAGUUUGAUACCCUUUGAAUAUGGCAGUGUGCAUAUGGCAAUACUUAUUAUUCUGUACCUUUAACCACUCUAAGUUGGUGUGCAUCUCAUUCAUAUUCGUUCUAUAAGAACAACCAAGUGAAUCAUGUUGUUAAAGUCCCAGUGAUGUUGUAUCACCGAGCCUCUUGUCCAGUCAAAUUGCUUGGUUAAACUGCUUCAGUCGUCUGUAGAGUUGAGUCAUUGCUUGCCUCCGUGAGGGUAUUUGUGUAGUUUACCCUUGUAGCCACUAGAGGCCGCCACUGCGCCUGUAAUAUGAGCUGCAUCAGCCGGCUGAAGUCUGGCUGCUGGGUCCCCUGGCAGACUUUAUGCUGGAGGAGGGAGCAGCUUCCCAUCGCUCUGGCAGACCAGGAGCCAAGUGUAGCAGUCCAGUCCGCAGUCUGCCUCAGCACCUCAAAUACCCGCAAUGCCCUUGGAUACUGCCGCCCCGCUCUUUCCUGCACCGCCCUGACUGACUGUAUCUCUGGAAGUGGUGCUCCGGAUCUUUACCUCACUGUUCUGAGUCCUCUGCGCUGCAUGAAGCGAAUGGAGAAGCUCCAAGGAUAACAGAGGGCGCAGGAUUGUGCUACUGCAGAAGACCUGCCGGUAGUUCGCUGCCCCGGGGGGUGGGGGGGCUGCCUGUCUGUCAGAGGCUGUGGUGUCGCAUCCACUGUUUUCAUUCUCUCAGAUCGUCUUGCAUGGAUACAUCAUGGCAACGUUUAUAUGCAGGGUGCAGUUCUUAGAUGAUACUGAUCCAUUUAACAGCACCAAUUUCCCCGAGCCCACCAGACCACCUCUGUACACUUUCAGGGAAGAUAUUCCUCUGAUAAAUCAGAUUGCUGGAGUCCACAGGCUGUUGAAGGCUCCUCAGAAGGUAUGGAAAUACUUUGUUCAUGUCCUGAUCAAACUUGUGCUCAUGUUUCUUUAAAUAGGCCUGGGUAAAAGUUAACCAUGGUUAAAUGCUAAAUUAAUAAUUAGCCUGAACAUGUUGAUGGGGGAACUACCAAAGAAACCCAAUGGCCCGUGUAUUGACUUGCUGGUGGGGGGUGCUAUUGAGGAUAUAUUGCACAUGCACAGUGUAAUUUUCUGGUAUGAUAUUACUAAAUAGCAGGUUGCUUUUGGCAAAAUUAGACAUUGGAUAACAGCCAUCUGUUUAGGGGAGGGAGGCAGCUGUCAAUGUUUACAAUAUUCAAAACAGUAAUCCCCUUCACUAUAACCUGCUUAUCCUGGUAUUCAUCUGUUAACUCAGGGGAUACCUUUGGAAAUCUGGUCAGGUUUGUAUCAGUAAUUUGGAGUAAGACAAGAAAAGUAGAUAAAUUAGACAAAGUAGUUCUACACAGCUAAUGGGUAGUAGAUGUUUGAUUUCAACAUUGUAAACUACUGCCCUCUCAACCAUACAUGAAAGAAACCUGUGAAAGAAGUAGUUUACCUUCCAUUAGUGGUAUAUGUAGGAAAGCUUCUGAUCAUAAAGUCUUUUUUUUUAAAUCAUAUUUGCUAACAGUAUCUCAAAGACCCAGGUGAAGUCAACUUUAAAAUCCAGUGCAAUAGUAGCACAGUUUUUAAUAUUCAUUAACCUUUACAACCAACCUAUUUUGGAACAAUUUUCAUAUGAAAAUCAGGACCAAAGAGCACUGCAUCUUAAUAUAGGGUAAGCUGCAUCACAUCAUUUUGUCAUUUGUUUAAAAUUAUUGCAGCAAGUAGAAACAGUACACAUGGUUAAAUCCAACUCUGCACAGCCUUAGACCGCUUUAAAUAACUCAGUAUUUCUCUUUAGUGUGGUGUAAUGACCAUGAUUUAGCAGUACAAAGAAAGCAAUGACAAAAAUGUCAACAUGAACCCCAUUUCUAGCCUUUUUUCCAUGUAGGUGCCACUAAAGGAUAUCUCCAAAUAAUCACCAGUUUGUCUAAUUAGACCUUGUGCUGCCAAACAAAUCUUCAAAAGUCUUCAUCUUCUGACCUUUAAAUACAAAGAAAGCUUAGGGUCCACAGCAUCUAAGCUUGAGUCUUUUUUGUGCAUUCAGCCCAGUCUUGCUGGGUAUUUGAGAAAAUAGGAAGUUAAUUAGGGUCUUUCUUCAUUCUGUCACAUCAAUGGUUCCCCAUCUUGUUUGAGUGGAGUUGGUAAGAUAAGUCAUAGAAGCUUCAGGAUGCUGUGGAUCACCACAAGUCUGGCUCUCGUUCUGAGGCCCGCUCAGUCUGACCAGCAGGACGGGAUGGGAACGCUUUAUUUUACUGUUGGAGGGAGGAGAGGAAAGCCAGCAGAAUUAAAAACACAAACAAAGAGCUGAUGUACUUUGCGCAGCCGACUGGUCCCAGUUAAGCACGAGGCCAGCUGGACCGCAAACUAGACAGAGAGGGAGUACCAACUGAAGAUUCUGCAGUGCCUGCUUGUGAGAUUUGGUCACAUGGGUUGUGGUGGUUAAGCCGAAGUAAAGAGAAGACAUUGGGCUAUGCAUAAAAAAAAAAAAGUGUUAAGUUGAUGACACGUCUUUUUCAACACAUCUGAGUGAUGACUUUUGUGAUUCACACCUAAGAAGUUUGACAAAGUGACUUUGGUGUGACCCUUUGAUGACAAACCUGUUGUCUUUGAGCUCUGUUUGUCUCUAUGGUGCAGGUCACUCUGGUAUAAAUAGCACCCUGCCAACACAUGGUGCCGAGGGAGUCAAAGCAGCUAGCAUAUGCUGUCUCCGACUCUCUGGGCUGCUCCUGUCAGUUUCAGUCCAUUGCCUCAAGAGAGGAGAUCUGCACAAGUGUGUGUGUAUGUGUGUGCUUGUUGUUUACACAUUUGUCUUUGACUAGGCUGUGACUGGAGUGGCACACGGGCUAUUCUGCUGUGUCAAAAAUAUAUAGAGAGUUUUAUGUCAAGCUAAUACACCAAAAACCAAUAAAGCAAGAGUUUGUGGAUGGUAUCAGUACAGAUAUAAACUUUCAAAGCUCAACAGCUCUGUCAAAGCAACAGAAAACACACAGUCUGCUGGCAAAUAAUCAAUAAUCUAGUGGGUAGUAUCAGUGUGGAAUAUUCCUGUGAUAAUUUACAUAAGGGAAACCAUUAUUUAUCAAUGUAUUAGUAAUAGGAUCUCACACAGAAUUUUUUUUUUUCUGUCACCUAUAGUCACCUUGACUCAGGCUUUGGAUUUUAGCAUAAACUAUGUAUUGCUCUUGUCAGAUGGCAAUGUGCAAAGCCAUUAAGAAUACAGUUAUUCAGAUUCUGCAAUAAAUGUCAAUCCAAGUUGGUAGAUCAAUAGUCGUUCACAUGCUUUCUAUCCAGUCAGUGUUUUGUAGUUCUUGGCCUGGUGGCCUUGAAGCCUGGCAUCAAAUACCGGGGCAGAAUUUAAGGGAGGGAAAAUGUGGCUAAGUCUUGGAGAAUGGACUCUCACUUCACCAAUUUCAAUUUUUCGGUCGGUUGUUUUCCUGCAUUUUUCCCCUGCAGAAAUUACAGAGUCCCAUAAUGAGAAGUUAUGCUAAAUGCUGUAAAAUACAGGUUCCUGCUUCAUGCCUGUCAGAGCUCCUUUGAAUUCUUUUACACAUUGUUAUGCAGAGUUGAGGUUAAGUUGGUCUCUGCAUUUUGAAAAACUGUCUGUUCUGACACAAGACUCCUUCUCAGAAAAAUGAGGAUAGGGAUUCAUCCUCUGUGUACUUGUUACAAAAUUGAGAAUACUAUUGUGGUUUUUAUUUCAUUUAUUGAGUGUGUUGUUAAGUAUUUUAUAAUCACUUUUUCUUCAAAUAUAGACCAAAAUAUUAACCUUACUUUUAUCUAAAUAAGUUUAAAAGUGGCAGUUCCUUUUGUCUGAUUCGGCAGGGUAAAAUGGUGUAAAUAAUAGUAAAACUGACACAGGGCGAGCAUUUGGGUUUAACUACAGACAGACAGUAUUGUUAUUGUAAAGCUAUAGAGUUUCAAAUAUGUACCUUUCACACAGUAUAUAUGCUUUCACUUUCCAGAUGUCUUCCCCUAUUUGGGAGAGAGGAAGUUUGAAGAAGCUUGGAGUGAGAUAGCAGGUUUUAAUUGGAAAAUGCAGGGUGUUUAUUUUUAGUCCUUUCUGCCUUAACUGCCUCCCGGUCAGUGGACCACAGUAUGAUGGUUGAAGGGAGAGGCCAGACCUCAGUGUGUGAGCAGAGCGCUUGUGGUUGCAUCUCUGGACUUGGCCAUUGCAGGGCCACCACGGGUUCAAGUCCUGGGUGUGGGACAGUUGAAGAAGCCUCAUGCCUCUAUUAAUCUGGUCACACUCUUCCUGGAUUGGAAGCAACAUGGAUUCAUGAGCUUAGCAUGAUUACACACAACAAGGGCUAUAAACAGUAUUCCAGGUUGAUAACAAGAGAUGGUCUUGAGGAGAUGGAAGUUUGGGUACUUAGUUUGGCAGAUGGAUCAGCAGAUAAAGACUGAUUAAUGGUAAACUUUUGUUGUUUACUUUAACGUUUUUGUUUCUGGUCUGUGAGCCAAAACCUUGUGAGGGGAAGUGCUUUUUUUGGUUCCACAGUUAGCUAAUUGCCGGUUACUGCCACAAAUUCAGCCCAAUGUUUUGUCUAUUUCAGGUUUUGAUACUGAGCGUGAAACUUAAAGAAACCAAAACUUUUCAUUGGCCUUUUAUCCAAUCCAUAAACCUUAUCAGAACCCAAACUUUAAAAUGUUAUAGAGAAUUCAAGAAUAAAAAAAGCAACAUUAGUAACCACUUCUUGGGAGUGAUACCACGUGCAAAAGCUUGAGUCUUUUCUCCGUAUUGAAUGUAGAAAGACUUGUUAAAGUCUGGUGAUUCAGAGCAGAUCCGAGGAAACAAACUAUAACGUACUUACCAAGAGGAGUGAGAUAAAAAUGGUUCCAGAUGGUUAAUUUGACGUUAAAUUGCUGAUAGUAGCAGAACAAAUGUUUUAAUACUAAUCUACACUUAAGCAAGAAAUAAAUGACAAGAAUUUAAAAGCAAAAGAGGGAAGAUUGAUGAAUAAAAGAAAUGACUCCCUUUAGGUUUGUAGAUAGUGUUGGCUCAGUCACUGGUCAGCACAUAUGAUAUAGGCUGUCUUCUCCUUCAUGCUACAUUUCAUAUUACUGUCACACCCAUUAUUUUAAAAGGCAAGUCAGUGCAUAUGCAUACAUAUAAAAAUACCUUGCCUGACUUUGGCCCUUAUGCCUGGAAUUCCUCUCAGUCCAGAAUCUAUCCUGUAAUCUGGAGAAGCACUUUCCCUCCCGACUGCCUGUGUACAGUGCAGCUUUGUUUAUUUGUCCUCUUUUCAGUCUACCUGUCUCAGCUUUUUCUCUGUCUGUCUGUAUUUUCCUGUCACUCAGUCAGAGCAUUAACAACAUUUCACUAAAACCAUUCACUCUCCAUUAGGAUUUCCUGCUCUAUUGAUGUUUCCUUCUCUGUGUUUGAAGUGUUUGGCCUUGUGCUCCCCCUUGUGUCUUUUCCCUCAAAAAUACAUUCAGCCCCUUGUAAUCUACAACUAUGAUAUUACCAAUAAUCUUUUGGUUUACCAAGAUGCAUGGGAAGGAAACAAGACAGCUCAGAGUCGGUGGGAAAAAGUGAAAGUUGGACAAAGAGUGAGAGUUAUCCCUAAACCACAUGUUUUGUUUUAGUCCUCAAAUAUGACACAGUCCUCUCGUUCUGGAGUGCAGUAAUACAAACAGAGUGGCUCAACAGAUCAAACCAUCAGACCCUUAAUGUCUUUCCCAGCCUUUUGCCUCCACGUUCAAUAAAAUUCCUGUCAUAUACGAGAGGAUAUCAGACCAGGCAUAAGACCCUGCAAUAACUGGCCCAACUUAAAAAACACGUGUUUUUUUUUUUAUACAUGUUACAUGAAUGCUAAUAUGUGGCACUGUUAUUAGAGGAACUGCUUUAUGUGUAAAACUACAUUUUCAUUAAUUAAAAAUCUCUACUUGAGCUGAUGAAGGGGUAACUGAGUGUCUGCAGUUGUUGUUUUAGGUCCUCUUGCCUGUAAUCCACCUUUGUUUGUUCUCCCGUAUUGAUGUUUGUUUUCCUGUCCUCUGUUUCGCCGUUGGAGCCGCUGUCCUGCUGAGCGCACAGACACUGUAUAAAGAUAGGUCAAUAUCUCCAAUUUAGAGGUCAACAACACAAGUGAACACAGCGUCUGAUUCCUCAGCUCCCUGACCCCAGUCAGAUGAUGACAACCAUUCAAGACCAGACAAAUCCGACCUCCUGUGCAAAACCAUCUUGUCUGGUGAUAGUGUAUCAGGCAGGGAGAGGGUAGAGAUAAGAGGCACCAGACUGCCAAACUGCUCAAAUGGCUUUUCCUCGGCCUCGCCCUGUAUGUCAUUGUAGAGUGCUGACAGGAGCUGAUAACAGAACUUUUUGUGGUCCUCUGCACUCUGGGCAUAAACCUCAAAUACUUGCUGCAUUUGACCAUUGAGCAAUCAAAAGAGAAAAGCUCUUAUACUUUUGUCUGAUACAGUACUGAUGGAUGGGUAGUACUGUCAUGGAAAUAAAGAUUUGAAGGAUUUCAGUCUUACUAUUUUAUAAGUAACAUUUGUGUGGUCAGAAACAAAUAUUUGAUUUGAAAUACAAAAAUUCAUCAGUCACUCUGCUGUUUCACGGAUACAGGAAACCAACCUUUCAAGAGCUCUGGUGUUUUUCAAAUGAAACCACUUGAUUGAUUUCCCCCUCGGAGUUUUGUAAAUGUUGCCCUAACUUUGAUUUAAGACGUGUUCAUGGCAGUACCAAAGCACUGAAGGUCCAAAUUUGACCUUUUUCAGCUGAUUUAGAGGUUUAGACCUGAUAGGACAGGAGCAGUAUUUGCCACAGGCACAGCAGUCUCUUAAAGUAAAUAAACCAUAAAUAUCUGGAAGUUACUUUUUGUUUAGCCUUUUUACAUGUUAACUCGGGAGGAUUGAAGACAAAUCACUGUUUAACUGUGUCCUCUUCUCUUCCAGCCGGAUGACUGUGCUCUUCAGCUGUCCCAUAAUGGAAGCUACCUGGACCUGGAGUCAACUCUGGCAGAGCAGAGAGAUGAACUGGAGGGAUUUCAGGAAGAAGGAGGGUAAGAUAACAAUCAUCCUUUUCCCUCUGUCUCUUUCUUAUCCUUUCUUUUGCUGUUUUAACUGAAGCAGCUGGACAGCUUGCUGGCAUAAAAAAAGAUAGCUGUUGAUGCUCUUACAACUCCUGUUAGAAGUUUGGUGCCCCCUGUAAACAAGCUGUUCCUGCAGACUCUUUGCUUAUCUUGUUUUGCAUUGUUUUUAAUAGAAAAUCUCAUGUUUUAGUGAUCAAAUAUAAUGUAUUUUUUUAAGUAUUUUUUGGGCGAUUUUUGCCUAUGGAUAGGACAGUGCAGAAAUAUGGGGAGAUAGAGAGAGAGGGGUGAGGACAUGCAGCACAUGGUCAGGCCAGGCUCGAACCUGUGACCGCUGUGGGAACCGUGCUCCCCAUACAUGGGGCGCACUAUCUUGCUCAGUCAUCUGCACGCCCUUGUAUAAUCUCUUUUUGAAUCUUGCUUUUGGUUGAGUUGCAAUAGUGCAAUUUUGAAACACCAAUUCACAAGUAUGUGGUGCUCAUAGACUGUAUAUAGAAUGGAUGCCGUCUGCCUCCUCACUGGGUGAAGCCACUCUGUGAACAGCACCCUCUGGUGACGGGCUGAAGUAUCAUAAAUCCCGCCUCCUCCAGCAAUCCCUAUGGAGCUGUGGACAAACUUUAAAAAUUUAUUACACAGAAUAUACAUUUUUCUCUCCGCUGCUUGCGAUGUUGACAUGUAGUUACUGUAAGACUGGUUUGUGCUCAAGUCCUCUUUUUUCUAUACAGCUCCAGUUUUAAAAGUAAUUAGUGGGUUCAAGUUUUCUGUGAUUGACACUUGAUACAGCCUUUGUACAAUGCUACUGCGCAAUGUUGAUUUCAGGAAAUGGAGAAAAAUUGCGGAAAUACUGAGAGCUUUUUGGCUUCAAAUCUGUAUACUGGUGGAAGGCUGAAGCAAGUUGUCCUUAGUAUAUACAGUCUAUGGUGGUGCUCAUGACAGCAUUGGCCACUAUAGCACAGAGUUAAUGCAGAAGCAUACAUCAGGCUUUGAGAUCUGUUCUUCACAAACACAAUGUUUUUCGAGGCCAGGGGUAGCUCAGGUUGUUGUCACGCAGGUUGGUAAUGCAGCUUACUUCUCAGGGCUGCCUCACAAAAAUCUGGCUUUGAAAACACCAAAAAUAUUUUCCUGCUCGCUCUAGCAGUCCGAGAUAAUCAGUACAAUGUGAUUACUGUUUUGCCAGAGUGAGACACAGAAAAUUGUUGGAGAGAUAAGAAGGAAAAGAUACAGGGUUUAAAUCUUUGGCUAUGAGAAACAUAUUAAUAUCCUGUUGUUCUAUUCCUUUGCCUAAUUUGAUUCUAUUAGCUGUGAUUUGAAUUAUAAUGAUACCCAUUAUGUUCCAGGAUGAAUAAUCCCUUUUCGGGGCGCUCGUGUUCAAAAGCUGCUCUCAGGAAGUGGUAGGGUUUGUUGCAGGGAAGAGAGGACUGCCUGUUUUAGAAGUCAUUCAGCACUUUUAGAUCACAGUGGAAAAACAGUUCUAAUUGUUAUCGCCAUUAGUUUUAUCAUUAACUCAGCGAGUCAGUAAGUAAACAAUAGUCUCCUUGGAAAUUAUUCAUCCGUCUGGCUGCAUUUAUCCAAAUCGAAGCUGAUAAGGAAGUUGAAUCUAUAAUAAAUUUAUAUUUGUUCUACUGGAGUUAAAAAACACUUUGUUAACAGGGUUUCCACAGCCUUUAUACAACCAUGUCCCUUCAAGUACCUGACCUUCUUGGCCCAGUGGAAGCACUGAGGUCAUCUAAACCACUUACAAGGUGUAGACACGUCUCAUGAGUAAUCUCCCUCAUCUCUGUUGAAUGUUACCUCAGUGCUCUCAUUAGAAGUGGCCAGACUUGCUUUCCCACAUCACACAACUCUUAGCUAAUUUGACAGCAUUGUUUCGUUGAACGAGGCUUGAUGUUACCCCAUACCUGGAUAAAGACGAGAAACGUUUCAAAUUGUGUUACUUUCAAUCUGUUUCAUGCAUGUUCUUUAGCCAAUAACUUUAUUGACUCCAUAUGUUUUUUCAUGUACUGCAGCGUAUGUUGAUACAUCUUUUAUAUGCUGCCCCACUUUAGCUGAUCACUAACCAAAGGUUGGCAUUAGAGUUCCUGGUCGGCUGGACCACAAACAUGUAUGGAUUUAUUUGUCUAACUUGGAACUCAUAAGCCGCUCUCUGGCUUGGUGUUUCUAUUGGAUGUCGAGAGUGCCGUCUUUUCCCAACUCCAUCUGAAAUUGUUAGGAGCUUAUGGGAGGUUAUUGAGAGCUGUGAGGUUAAAGUGGUCCACUUCUUCUCUCGUCGGAGACCGAGCCUGCCAGGGGUCUGCGACGUGCCAGCUGGCACAAGCUGGUAUGGAUGUGUGUCAUUAAACCCACACAGUGUUGUCUGAGGAGGCUGGGGGUGAAGGUGGUUAGCCAAUUAUUUUGUGAAAAUAGGCCAGUUCUGCUCACUGGCUUUUUGUGGUGCUGAUGUGCCUUCGAUUGCACCCCCCGCUGCUUGCUGUUGUUGAUUCGAUGAUUAUCGAGCUUAUAAAAAGGUCUGAUUUCACCUUUACUUGUUCCACGUUUUGUGUUCAGCCUCCUUUAAUUGCGUACGGUCUGUCAACAGCACUCUCCAACUCUGACACGUUAAACCAAAAGAAAUUAAGUUUUGAGUUUUUCACAGUUUUUUUUCCGAGUGUAACAAGUUGAUGUCAAAGUAGCACCACCACACUUAUACACUUCCAGCAGAACAAGCAAAAUUGUGCUUUCAUUACAUUCCCUUUAAGCUCAGCCACGUAUAACCUCAAAAUAUUUUCAUAUACCGCCUGAGUUCCUAAACUCCCCUGAUCAUUGGCCAUCUGAUCCAUCUGUAAUUGAUAUUAAUGACAGGUUACAUUCCUGAGGCGCCUGUGUCAUACCUAGUGUCUUUACAAACAGAUUAAAGUAUGAUCUUCUGACAGAGUGCUGCAGAGCCAGGAGAUAUCAAUGUCAUGGGAGCUUAAGGACCAUAAUCACUUCCACACUGAGUUUGAAGCCCAGCUACAGAAGAUUGUGACUCAUAAAUCCCUCUGUCCCAUCUCUGAUACUGCCUCACUUCAGGUGAUAAACUGACCAAAUAAGCCAGACAUGUGCUCAGACGUCCCUGCACGGUUUUAACCAGUCAGAAUGUCAUUAAGGUUGUAGCUGUGAUAGAUUGAUUGACCUCAUACACAUAAUUUCCUGAUGUAGAGUAGGGGACGUAGUCAGGAUCAGAUGGCUUUACAUGUUCUUACAGAUGCUUAUAGCCUUCGAUUGUUUUUGUGGAUGACAUGGUUUGAAAAUAAGGAGUCUCUUUCAAGGGCUUAAGGAGCAUUGGACUGAUGCUGUCAGGCUUUUUGUUGUAUUUUGCCCAAAUCUGACACUGAUUGGCAGAUAAUUAGUAAAGUCGAAAGUCCUCAAAGAAGGACAUAUUUCCUGGCUUGUCUUUGGAAGAUAACAUGAAGUCCCAUUAUUGACUCCAUAAUUGAUUCAGCAUGUGAAAUGUGUAGCUGACACAGAGUGCAGAAGAAGUCUCAUUUUAGCAGUUCACUGCCCUCUUACAUACAGAGCAUGUCUGAAAACCAACAAUUUUGUGCUGAAUGUGCCCUUCUUGGUUUUAUUGAGUGUUCCUGAUGUGUUGGACAAGCAGUAAGUAGUUUGGCCUUUAAAAUCAAACUGUUCUUUGUAGGCCGUAACUAUUCAGCAUUUCUCAUCAGAUCCUUUCAUCUCUGUUAGGACUGCUCUCUGCUUUCAUUAUUUUCAUUUUUUCUGACCCACUUGGAAGUUGAUUCAUACACACUCAAACACAAGAUUUUCAUUUGAGGUGAAAAGGCACAUUUGACUGGAAACAGAGGAAUUGUCAAACUCAGAGGAGGGAAAUGAAACACCAGUUGUUCUCUGUGUGUUUGCAGAGCAGUUUACAGGUUUCAUAGAGAGACUGUGUGCUGGUUUGGACCCAGUAUAUAGUCUCUUACUCGAUCACUGCAGAUCCUGAUGCAGGAGUCUCCAGAGCAGGGGUGUUCACAUAGAAAUAGCUGAGUCAGUCGACCUCUGUGGGGCCUUAGUGUCUGGUAUUAAUUAGUCUUCUGAGGAGUAUUACCGGCUUUACUGUAUCUCAGCUAUGGUUGUCCAUUUUCUGCUGGUACACAUUUUGUGUUGUUUUAUAAACAGUGCCAGUAAUGCUCCCGUAGAUAGUGCUGGCAGACAUCCACCCAUCCAGUUGUUGCUACCCGGGGUCUGAGGAUUAAGAGCGAGCUUUAUGAGAGUGCUGUUCGACAGAGCAGUGAUGGGAGACUGGAGGCGGAUGGAGGAGUAAAUAAUGUGGAGUUUGAUCUUAUUGGCAGGUGGAGCAGUCUCAUUUCCACAGCUGCAUUCCUGUUUGUAAUAUUUGAUAGGUAAAGUGAUGAUGAUGAAUAUCAGAUUUAUGCUAUUAGGUAAAAGAUUUAUGUGCGCUGUUUCUUUUCAUGUUUUGGGGAUAAACUGCCCAUGUGUUUCUAUUCAGUUUUCUAUAAAGCCCUCUAAUUUUGUCCUUUAAGGUAACAGCCAUGAGGUAAAAGUUCAGUAAAAGUAUAGUGUUGGUUCCUGGUCAGGUUUUGUUCUUUUUAAGACUCUUAGAUAAAGGCACUGCCAUCUUAAAAUGGGAGAAACAAGCAUGAUGCCACAGGCAAUUAAUCAGCUUAGCUAAUUUGAGCUUGACUUAAGUUGAUUAUGCACAUGACCACUGGAAGAAACCAGAACAUUCUGGCUCAGAGGAGCAUAAAAGCAAAAGAAAACUAGAGGAAUAAAGAGGUAAUAAAUCACAGCAUGUAGCCAAUUUGUUGUUCAGCUGCAAUUCUUUUAUAGUUCAGAUUAUUUCUGUACAUUGUGACCCCGCCCUUUUUAACAUGCCCAUAGUGCUGUCAGUGGGGGUGUCCAAUUUUCAGGUUUAAUUGCACAGGGGGGGUUCUGAACCUCACUUAUAUUCCAUGCACAUUUGUUUAAUUUGAUAAUAAGCAUGUUGGUCUGUGUAGCCUCAGGUCUUGGUUAAGCACAGGGGUACUGUUGCAGUGGAGCGGAGAGAAAGCAGACGUUUCGUGACAGAAUGGCUCUGGUUACCCCUUUGCCUCUACAGCAUCACAGAGGAUUAAGUUCCUGUUUGCCUUCUCAUCUCACUAGUGCAGGUUCAUGUUGACAGAUGUUGCUCCUGUGUCGCCUCUGCUUGUUGAUGGAUAUUACAUUUGAUAAAACUGUGAGCAUAUACAGACCCCCACCCUGCCCUGUCAUGUAAAAUACUUGUUUGCAUGUCAACAGUCUCCCAUUAAAUGUCCAGGAGAGUCACUGUUUCCUUCUGGGUGACACUCUUAUUAAGAUGCACUACUUUUUUUUAAAAUUAUAUCAUGAAGUAUGAUAUACUUUUCUUUCUGUCACUGCUGUCUGAUUGUCACUAACAGCAGUGGUCUGUUGCUGGCCCUGCGCCAGUCUGAACAAUCACACAGCCUUUGUGCAGACGGCAUAAAAGCCCAUUUGUCAGAGAGCUGAAAUAGGAGGGGGGUUUGUUGAGCAACUCUACCUGCUGUGCUCUUGUCUGCAGUUGUAUUUAGUGGGUUUGUUUGCAUGCUUCUUAUGCUAGUCAGGAGGUUAAAGGCUCAAUCCAAGAUCCUAAAACGGUGGGCCUCCCCUCAGAAAUUCAAAACAAUGGUUUGGAAAGUGCUUUAUCAUCCCUGGUCACAUUUGGGAUGCAAUCACAGACAGAAAUAUUCAAGAGAGUCAGGAUUAGGGCUUUGGGUUUCCUCAGAAGUGCUCUGAGAAAGCAUUAGCUGUUGCUGUACAUCUGCAGUGGGGUUCAGUUAUUAUUGAAAAUACAUGAAAAAAAGGUAAGCAUCUUCUCAUCCCAUAAAGCAGCAGUAGUUACAACUUAUGUUUGCGGCAAAUCCUGUAUUUUUUUUCAAGUCUUAGUGGAAUCAGAAAGAGUUUGGUUGGUUUACUGGUAUUUCCAUGAGAUUCGGUCAAACUAAGACAAUCAGUUGCAUCCGUCACAACAACAGCAGACUAUACUGUUCUCACAUUCACUUUCAGGACUGAAUAGAAGCGGGCUGCAUUGUUGUCGUCUUUGUUUUGGAUUGUCAUUGAGACAUUGUGAGCAGUUGACAGGAUGGUGAUAGGGUCUUGGCAUAUCUCCAUUAACACAGGGGGCGGAGUUGACCUCUGUGCUGCUCCCAUCCCUCAUUUUACCUUCAGAGAUCUUUACCCUGUUGUCUUCUGCAACCUGUUGUACCCAAACUGCAAAUGAUAAAUAGAUCGGAAAAAACCUGAGAUCGACUGAGAUCGUAAACUUUACACGGUUUACAGUGAAUCCAGAGAUAAACUCUGCUUCUUUAUUUUGCUAGAGUUGUUUGUGUAUCCUAAAAACUCACACACACGAAGCCUGCAUGGCUUUACAUCUAACAAGUAACAUUUCUCUUUCCCUCUUCUUGUCCCUUUUCUUCCAGGAGAGGCAAGAAGCACAGCAUUAUUUUACGGACACAGCUCUCGGUCAGAGUACAUGCCUGCAUUGGUGAGUAAUAUGCUGCAUUUGAUCCAAACUUUAUUUCUGCCUCAUCUUACUUUAUGAUGCUCUGUUUCUCCGUCUCUAUCACCACAGAGGGAGGAGCUGUAAUUACCUCUGUUACUGGUGGACUGUUUUGUGGAGGUCCCUGUUGAACUUGCACAGUGGCAGUCCUGGGAGAUAGCCCACAAUCUUAAUUCGAGUGAGAAUUAACAGCAUUUCAACGCUGUGAAAAACAGAGCAGUAACCCACACGAGAGGCUGAACACACACUUUGUUUUUGGAGUUACUGUGUUCUGUCACUUUGUUUUAUUGGGCCUCCUGGUGUCUUUGAGUAAUGUGAGGGAAAGCACAAAGAGCUGAGUGAAAACAUAUGCAUCAUGAGUGCUUGUGACAUGUGUGCAAACACAUUCACUCUCACACUUUGAGUUUAUCAGAGGUCGGCUUCUGACCAAGUCGAUUAUGCUAACUGUUCACACUUUCUUCACUACAUUGGACACUGUCAGAUUUUGGUUUUCGCUGUGGUUAGAGGCUCAUUUCUCGUGCAUCUUUCGAGUGAGACGUAACUGAUAAAUAGGUGUUAAUCAUGUUGCCACCUUGUUUACAGGACUUAUAAUGCAAGAAAUAAUCUAAAAAGUCCUUAUAAAUUGCCUUUGUUUUUAGCGCUGUGAGUGUCAGUAGCACAAGCAGGAGAAGCACACGUUCUCACACAAAGACUCACAUUGCCUCCUUUACAGGCUCCAAGUGCAAAAAUAACCCAAUGCCUGGAAAAGCUAUUAGAUUGUAAAUCGUGAGUAUUUGGUCAUGUUUUUCUCUAAUGUAAUAGAAGUAAACCAAGGCCCAGACAUUUUUCAUGAGAAUGAAGUCACUAUGAUCUGAGGACUAUCUCUAAAGGUCAUUUUUUGGUUAUUUAUUCUUACUGCCAAUGCGUGACGUUUAAUACAAAAGUUUGGAAACUCCAGAGUGAAUACUUUACUGAGAUUGUAUUGUCAUGGCAGCUCAUUUUGGCACACGGAAAGGAAAGUUCAAAAAGCUUUUGUAUGUUGUUCAUGAGAUCUAGUUUUCACAUAUUGAUCACAUUGAGGAUUAUUGAGCGAUUUUAUUUUACACUAUGUACAUAAGGGAUAAUGUAUUGUAUCGACUUGAUCGUGAGGCAACUGGGUUGUCUAAUUAUGUUGAGUGUCUGAUAGGCACAACCCUCGCUCAUGAUACAAUUUCCCGCUGAUUACCCAGCUGCCAACCAAAUACAUGUACAAGUUCACAAAAAAAAUUUACAUUCAAAGUAGAUUUUUUGCUGGGCGAUAAAACGGUAAUGAUAUAUAUCGAAAAUUAAUUUCCCUUGAUAUCGAUAUAAAACAUGGUUGAUAUGCUUUUUCGAUAGUAAGUGUGUUCUCCAGGAUUUCAGCUAGGUUUAGAGCGGCAAGGUGAAUGGUGUGUGUCCCUGUUAAAAGACACAGAUACAGAUGUCCAGUUCAUCAUCAUUUCCUGAGUCUUAAGACCACCUGAGACAGAAACUAAUGCUUUUGCCACAAUGUCAACAGGCUUUGGUGAAAUGUACGAACCCUUUAGACUGAUCAGGUUGUCUCUGGCAUCACUUUUGCUGUUGGGACUUUGCUCCACUGGUUGUUGAGUUCUGACCUGUCAGAAUCAAGUAUUUAACACAGCCGGGCAAUAAAGAUAUAUAACUAAUACAGUUAUCCAAUGACAUAUUACAUAAGCAGGCUGUUCAGACAUGAGUAUUGUUAAUAAUAUCGGCAAAAAACUUAUGUAACCCUACACUGGAUGAAGACAUUCCAGUCUUGUCUGAUGUGGCAGGUCUGAACAUGGCUUUACAUGUGGCCAUUUGGCUGAACCUUGCUCUGAACUGGCUUUACCCUCUUCUCUCCUCCUGCUGGUGCUUUGCUCAGCUUAGUGGUAACCUGGGGAGCAGCAGACAGACUUGCUACUCCUCUCUAAGUGGAUGAUGACCCUCUUUCUCUUUAAGUUGACAGCCACCUGUUGCCCUUGUCGAGCUUCUUCCAGCCGGCAGUCACUGACUGCCCACAAGGCUAGCUGAUUUAUUUGCUCUGGGCGAGUUGGUCACUGUUACUGUAACUUGUCCAGACGUUUGAACCUAAUUUUAUCUGACUUGAGGGCUUACCUGGCAGCCCCACGGGAGCAGAAUUACUGGGUGAUUUUCCUGCUCCACACGACAGAUUAUUCGUUAGUCUACUGAAGACAAAUGGCAAGGUAUACGUGAGACUGGGGACUCAUUCUGCAUUGAAGUAGUGUUUUCUGCUGUUAGCUUCACGAGGACCAAAUGGGUCUAAAAGCGCAGCCCCCUCAUCGACUGGGAAUUGACCACACUCUUUUGUCUCACUACAAUGAGGGUUGUUAUGAAAUGAAAAGAAAAAUCGCUGCAUUCUGUUACAAUAAAUUGCAUUUGGAAAACAGCCAGAACAACAUGUACCGAGGCAUCAGAGCAGCUUUUGAAGUGUGGUUUUCUAAAUCUUAGGAAGUGCUUAAUGUGUUUGAGUUGAUAAGCAUCACCUUCAGCAUCACUUUGUUUUUGUUUUUCAUAAAUUAUUCUGUGAUUUGCUUCAAUAAAAUGACUGCAUCCUCUCUCGUCCAUGGGUGCUAAAUCAGCACGCCCAUGUUGUCAGGAAACCUUGUUUAUCCAAGAGGCCCCCUUCAUUAACAUGAGUGAUGAGUUGGUCUCAUACUUGUAUGCAGUCUGUAUCAUUAGCACUGCUUUGUGGAAAACCUGUUGCAUGUAUUUUACAUUUAAAUGUAGGAGAACAUUACUUUGUUUAUGCCCUCUGGUUUUGUGGGCUUUUCCAUAUGUACACACCACUGAGCUAGCUCUCUGCUGCGUGUAUCUGUGUGGGUCUGUAAGCAUGUGGGUCUGUGUGUCAGUGUGCCUGUGUCAUGAACCACAGGAAGACUUAAUCCAGACUUGCCUAAUCUUUGGCAUAAGCUCUCAAGUACAUAUGGCCCUGCAUGGACUGGGAAGAAAAUCUUUUCAGACAAGGGGAAGGAAAGUGUUUAACCGGAGAACUAAUGGUAAAUCCAGUGCCUUUUUAUCAAUCCAACACCAGCACAGAGAUCUGUUGUGAAUGCAUAGAGAAAGAGUUGGGAUGUUUGUGUACGGAAAUCUAAGUGAUGCUGUAUUAAACAUUCAAAGUGACCUGAUUUGCUUCCUAGAAGGAACUUUCUUGCCCAAAUCACUGCAUAGAUCAACUGUAAAUUCUGACUGCAUGUAAUAGAUGUAAACCUCUGUAAGACAAAAUAGAGCUGCUUCAGUAUUUCUUUCCACGCAUGUUAUACUCUGCUGCUUAUCCUGUGCAUUAUUCUUUUCAUAGAAAAAGAUUUUGAAUGUUUUUAUGUCAUUAGGAAACCAGCAGUGGUAGGAGUUUGUUUAUAUUUGUUUAACCAGUGCUACAGCCUGGGAUCAUGAAAAUAAACUCGAUUCGACUCUCUGCGUGUUAGCCUUGGCCACAGCCUGUCUAAAUUGUUGGGCUGUUAUUGUUGUCGGUGGACUAGAUGUGGUGGCAAGGGCCUGAUUAAAGCAGUCUUAGCUUAUUUUGGUGUUGUCUCCAAGUACAGUAGGCUCUCUUCUUCUUUGUGGUUUUGUUUCUCAGACUGCCCCGAGUUGCUGUGAGGUGAUGGAGAGGAGAUUUCAGGACAGAGAGACUCUUAACUGUGGGCUGCAGAAAUUUCCAAAAGGGGUAUCACUUUGCCAAUGAACAAAUGGCACAUCUGUUUUCUGAUCAUCACCAGCUUUUACAAAAUAAAGACUUUAAAUGAGCUUUUCUCAAGUUCAUACAGAUGUACGCCAUCCUGUGCUGAGCGUUGAUCUUUUUAAUCUAUCAGCGACAAUCCAGAUAAUUCUGCUUAAUCUCUGAAAAAAUGAUCCUGAAUUCUGUCAUAUUCUUGCAAAUCAUUUUUGUGGAGCUCACCUGGAUCACACAACCUUAAGUAGAUCAAUGGGGCAAUGGGAGGUGUAUUUUUUUGUUUUAUUUUUCUGGUGCAUGGCAAGUAUUCACAAAUCCAAAACACAGAAAUCUGAAACUUGAAAUUCCUUGGUGUUCCCUUUAACAGCAGGUUCAUCUGUCGACACAUUGAUCCCAGCUGAGGAGUGACGGCUGUAAUCAGAGGUGACACAUUCUCAGUAGAUUAUCCGCCUCAUGUUUUACAACCUCUUAUGAUCCCGGCUCAGUGUGUGAUUCAUCGCGACCGUUGUUGACUUGCUUCUUUUUUUUUUUAAGCUAUAAUUUCUCAAAUUGGUAGUUUUGAUCUCCAGGUUGACAACUGCAAACUCUGUGGUUGUUUGGAGCAAAAACGAUGCGCAGUAAAUUCUAUGCGAUUAUCUCUCUGCAAACCAUGUAGAAAAAUGAGUUCCUGGCAGCUAACCACAUAGUUGCAUAACUAUAUUUACUUUCAACUGUGCACCUUUUAGUGUUUCCUUAUCUAAUUAAUGUGUGAUUAUGUGUGUGUGUGGGCAUGUGAGUGUAUGGGAUGUCAGCACAUUGGCAUGAGACGAUAAGAUCACCUGCGGGUUAUGGUGGUGCCUGUCUUUUUUCACACACCCUACCAGACCUGCAUCAAACCAUCAGCAGUUUUGUGAAUCAACAAAUCCUGCUCUUAUCCUGCCUAUUAAAGGAUCAACUUGAAAACAUGCUCGUAUUUUCUUGGAUCCAAGACAGAUUAUUUUCCCCAAAGGUUAUGGCCUUGGAUCUGCAAUCCAUUGUUAGAUUUGAUGGUCUUGUCCAAUCAUGUGCCAAGUAAGCGGGGGAAUAAUUAAAAACGUGCAUAUCAUCCAUGCAAAUGUGAGACACACAUGGCGAUCAGAUAUCCUGGUCCUCUGUCCUCCUGGUCCUCUGUCUUUUUGACUUCGUGCUAACAGACCCAAAAUGGGAUCAUGGACUUAGAGUCACCCCUUUGAGGCCAACCCAAACAACGGCAUGCCAAAGAGGAGAAAUCAGAGCCUGCAAACAUCCCUGAAAGAGAAUCGAGUGGUGCAGGCCGUGCUUUUCAAAUCAUAGCUGAUAGCAAAAGUAGACCGGUUUGAUGGUAUCACUCAUCUCACACUUUCUCUCACUCACUUUUUAUAUUGUUUUUGGUUGGCUAUGAGCCCAAGAAGUCACAACAAGCUUCAUUUAUGGGCAACAGUAAAGAUCAAAUCUUCCCCUCAUUUUAUCCUUCAUAUAAAAAGCAACAUUUUCCAUCGUUUGUACACAUUAGGGCUAAAAGUGAAUGCCUGUUUUUACAUCUUCCUCGUAUACUGUACAAGGCUGCCGGCCUCUAUAACAUUAAUUUAUGUAAGCACACUCAUGUUCUCAUGCACACACUCAUGCAAAGGCAUUCAUGUCUUAAGAGGCCAUCUGGUUCCAGUUGUAAGGCCCCUCAGCGCUGCUCCUCAGCAGUCCAAAAAGAAGAGAGCUGUCUAUGUUUUCAUCUGAGAGGGGAGUAUUUUUUCCUCGCUGUGUUUACAGGAUAGAAUGAGACGGGUGAGUGUGCAGUCUGACAGCUACACAAAAAACUAUAUUCCUGUAGAUGACAAGGAAUCACACAGCCUCAUUAUUGAGUUUCAGUGGAGUAAAUAAUGAUUUUCACUUGUUUUCAUCUUCCAAAUUUACUCCUGACAACAAGCCAAACUUCUGUCAAAGUGUACAUGAACCCGUCAAAAUUGGUAGAAGUUAUAUUUUACAGCCAGUUGUAUUAUAAAAUACAGUUUUUCAGCACACACGAAAGAGACCGCUCUGACAGGACAGCCCGUGAACCGCUCUUGUGUUUACCACCGCUGUGAGAUUGAGGUAACCCUUGUUGAAAUGGACAGGUGUGUAACCUCAGCGGCCACAGAGUCUAAACAUCUGACCACUCACAGGAAGGGGAAUUUGGAAGCAAUAUGAGUUUGUUUUUGCUCAAACUAACAUUUAUUUGAUGUCUGCAGAGAGUUGUUUAUUGUAUAUUUACACAAGGGGUCCAUGGUGGUUUAGAUCAGAGGUUUGAGGUGCCUCUGCACAGCCGGUGUUUGCACUUUGUAUGUAUCCUGAAUGGUGGGAGUAGUACACCAGGAAAACCAGAGAGACAUUUCUUUCAAUGAUUUUACACAAUGCAAAGGGAUUUUUAUGUCAUUUAGUUUGAGUGAGCAAGCUACAGAGAACAACUUUUACUCAUACCUAUUUCCAAAGAUUUCCAAACAAAGACAAUAAAAUAAAGACAAGUGGCAAACCAUUAAAAGCCAAAAGUACAUUUUUAUCGUCCUUUUUUUCAUCGUCAGCAGAGUUUACAUCUUUGUCCAAUUAUUCUCACCUGUCAUGGCAAAAUGUCAAGUUCAGAGAAGUGGGUAUAGGAUAUAGGUAGGAAGAAUUUGAAUGCCGGUAUUGAGGAGAAAAAACUUUGACCUAAAACUCAGUCCCCCUUCUGGCCUUCAGCCAAAUCCCAGUAUGCCAUGGAAUUCCUCCUCACAUCCUCCCUCACAUGUCACGCUGGCUCCUUUUCUCUCCUCCAGCUUUGAUGUCAAUGCCUUUGUAAGGAAAUGUCUCUUUCCCCUCACUGCAUCCAUCAGGGGAAUAUGAGAAAUGCUUCAGACAGGCAGAAAAUUCAUAUUUUCUCUGUUUGUCGUUACAGUAACUGUCACUCAUGCAGCGCUCUGUUAAACAGCCAUGUUAUUUCUCCUCUCACCUUGGAUCAAGCAGUGUUGCCACAGCUGGCCGGCUCUGAAUCGGUUACUAUUUCUGUUUGGCUACGACAGAGUAUUUAUUAGAUUUUUGUCACAUCCAUGUGUGAUGAUUGACUCAGUCAUGAAACUGACAUCAGCUGAAAAAAUAAAUAUUGACAUGAAUUGUUUCGGCCUGAUUUUAAAGGAGUGUGUCACUCAUUUUUGGAUAGUUCAGGUUUGCCAGGGGUUAAAAAUGGGCAUUCAAUUCAAAUAUCACUUUUAAAACAGGUCAAGAAAGAUUUUCAGGACACAUAAUACAACUCUUCCUGUCCAUAACCUCAUUCUGCCUUUCCACCUUCCUCCUCCUGAUUUGCAGUUUUUCAUGCUCUGAGCAAAUAUGAUGAUUGCAGGUUUUAUGUUUCUGUUUUAUCAGGUUAACAGUAGCUGUUUCAUUUCACGGUGUAUGACAGAUUAACAAUAUCCUUUUUAUAAUCUCUCCAUGACUCCACUCUGUGCAGCAGCGCUGCAGCACCUGUGGCCUCCCAUGUUUCACAUGAUGUUGUGGUGACUGGCCGAGGGCCAACAGAAACUCCAGAGUUAUUCACCAUGAGGCAUUUUGCAAAGGUAGAAAGUAAUGUGGCGAUUUGUGGUGAUGUGUUAAUGAUUUGAUAGCAGUUCACUUGCACUCUGGUUCUGGGAUAUUUCCAACUGUAUUGAUCCACUGUAAACAUUAGCUUGGCCAUCAGAUGCCUCUUUCUUUUUAUCAGUUUCAAAUUUGUUCAAGGCCAAGGCACCACCGCAGUGAUUAUUUUUAGAGGUGAUGUAGGCUUGAGUCCAAAGGAAGACAUUUUAUAUCAACAUGGACAGACCUGAAGUAGCAACAAAAUGUUCUUUUUAACUAUUAUCUUCACAACAACUCAUGUACGGGCUGUAAAAAUGUAAUAUUCUAGUGAAAGAGGGUUUAGUUUCUAAAGAUAAAAAGAAAAACAAGCACAAAGUGUGCAUUGCAAUAUGAACUUAUUUCUUUGGAAUUGAUGAAAUUAGAUGUUAUUCAGGUGGCAGACUUUAAGCUACCAUGAUAAGUUUUUAUCUGAUUAUAAAACUGACAUAAACAGUGUUGCCUCUUUAUGUCCAACCAUUUUAGAAAGAUUUAUCUUAAAUUUACAGUUUGAAUUUGAUAAAACUUGAAACCGCUGUGAGGGGGAAGAUGAUUGACAGCACUCUGAAGACAAAGUCUUUGCUGACAUUUUCCACAGCACAGAUUCUUGAAAAGUGGCCAUAAACUCAAGAUUACGAAGUCUGCGGGUAAAUAAUGUACGAUCAGUUUGCUUAUUGUGACUAAUGUUAGCAGUAGGGGUGUAACAGUGCACAAAAUCAUGGUUUGGUAUGUACCUCAUUCUUGAUGUAAUGGUUUGGUUGUUUGUUGUAUUUCACAGAGAAAUCAUAAUGUUACUCACACAGGAGACCUUACUGUCCAUGGGUGGAUCUUCUUGGUCUUGCAUGUCAUGUGUUGUGCUGGCUGCCAUGACAGGAAAAGCAUGUUCUGAGUGGAAAUUUUGGAGUUAAUGUACUUUUUGUUCCGCAUGCAUUCGGUUUGGUACUCAUUCGCAAGUCCACAAGCCCUCAAGUCCUCAAGUCCAGUACUGAAACAGUUCGGUAUGAAUUUGGUUCCUUUGCACCCCUAGUUGGCAGAGUUGGCACGACAACCCUUUGGUACUCAGGGAGUUGAAGAUUCCCCUUCCUAAGCUGGUUAAGCAUUGAUCAAAAAGUGGCACCCUAUGAGACCACAUUUGUUAUUUGUGUUUGUGUUUUGUUAUUACGUUUAUGGAGCAGAGCAUUGUAACAUUGUGAUAACAGCUUUGGCUAGGGAGCGGUUGUGUUACAGUUUAGGCUUAACACUUCAUAUUUCAUAUUGAGCCUAUGAUGUUAAAAACAAUAUUGAUGCGUAAGACGAUAAUGGGCAUGGAUUUUUCUUUUUUUUUAUGCACUGUUAUCUCGUGAUAACGACUUAUCUCAUUUUCUACAUAUAACAAAGUUCAUUUUCGUAAAGAUUUUUUUUUGCGUUAUCUCAACAUAACAAAGAUCAUUUUCUAGUGAUAACGGAAAUGGCAUAUUAGCCAUGCUCGAAAAAUCCAUGGCCGAAUGAAACUCGAUUUGGCCUCCCUCAACUUUGUCUUGAACCUUUCUAAUACUAAAGGCAUUCACCAGAAAACAAGCAGAACAUGGCCGUUCUGGUCUUCUGUAUAUUGAUACUCUGAGAAACAAGUAAUUCAGGUGCUGACUAGCAAGGGUGAUGGCAUUGAUUGUUUGAUCGACUAAAUUUAAACAUCCAAAGAUCAAUAAAGGGGAAUAAUUACUGAAGUGUUCCAGUUCAACCAUAUUUCCACUUAAUUCAAAGUAAUUCUUAACCAAUCAAAAGUCUAAAUUAUCUGCAAUACUCCUUCUUGGCUUCCUAUUGAGACCACAAUCAAAGCUGAUAUUCUCAGUCCUCUCACCUUCAUUACAGACAUUGUCUAGUGAUUGAAGAGCCCAAUUAUAAUAAGAAGAACCAAGAGAAUCUCUCCUCGCAGCCCACCCAUGACUCUGAAGUGGUCUACUCCAGGGUGAUCCUUGCAGGAGAAGACUGGACAUCUUUUGUUACAUCCUUCAAAGCUAAGAAGAAGAGCCGUACUGUAGAUACCACAAAAGAAGAAGAGGCCCCAAUGUGUUGUGUGAGUGUCAGCCAAGAGCCUACUUAACAGACUCAGGCAUGUUUGGCAGUUUGUGAGGCUCUUAUGUGUUUAUGAGAGGAUUCAUGGUGACUGCUUGAAAUGCAUGCAGCAUGUAGUAGCAAAGUGUCCCACAAAUACUCGUUAAAAGGUGAAUCCAAGAAGCUUUUACUGCUCAUGACAAUAGGACUUUUUCAAGCAGAAAAAUGUUAUAUAAUUCAGCAAAAAUAGUCAGAUUUUUGAGCAGAAAAUAAUAAAUUUCAGCAUUCAUUCCACUGUGGUUGGAUUAAAAGAAACAUUGUCUGCUUCUGCUUAGUCUGAGUUGUAAAAAGGGGUGAAAAUCUUUUGGUAUAAAUCAUAAGUGAUGUGUCCUGAAGUCGCGAAGAAAACGAGCCAUGUUUGCAUCAUUGUUGUGGUUGAAGCUGUGUAAAGUUAAGUCUCAUCUUUCAGUGAAUAUGUCAGACACUUUUGUGAUCCAUUCAGAUCUAUUCAGAUGUGUUGCAUGGCGGUUUUCGCAGCGGUCACUUAAGGAUCAUUGAACACACAAAGUGCUAAAAUGUUUUGCUUCGAGCUCUUGUUUAUAAGAUAAAAGCUUGAAUAUAAGCCUUUAAGCUCUGUGUUUGGAAAUGAGAAAAAUGUUUGAAUCUCUCCCAGUGUCUGGACCUCACCAUUCAAUGACAUCAGUGGCUGCUCUGUCUGCUUGUUUUCUGAUGAAUGCCUUUUGUGUUAGAGAGGUUCAAGACAAAGUUGAGGGAGCCCAGAUCAGGUUUCAUUCAGAAUUUGCUGUUCACACACAGACCCUAAAUAGAGGGGGUGGAUGGAAUUUACAAAUAUGCAAAUGGAUUGUGUUACGCUUUUUUGCACUUUGCAUAUAUCUCUGUCUAUUCUUCUUUUUACUUAUUUCCAGAAGUGAGGUUUGGGAUAUCGAUCCUCAGAAUAAUGCCUUUUAUAGAAUAAGCACUGCAAAUUGAUGCUUUAUUUGACAGCUAUCUCACAGGGUCAAAGUAGAAAACACUUUCAAUUCGGCAACAGAAACUUCAAAAAUGGAAGAGCUGUGGUCACCCAUUAUAGCUUAGCAACAAUGAUUGAUUGACAAGUAACAAGAUUUACUCCAGUAGAGUCCACAAACAAAAAUGAAAGAAAAUAAGAGCCCGAAUGUUGAAAUUAAAAAAAGUGAAUGUGAAGUAUUUUGUCUAAUAUUCUAGAGUUAGCUUAAAAGCAUGAAUCGAUCCUCAAACUGAUGGUGGUUAUGUUUCUGUUAAUGAGUUAGCUAAUUAGGUUAAUCAGUGUUGAAUGGCAAACUAUACACAGUUAACAAAUGUACGACACAUAUUUUUUCCACCUAUUACAAACAAAUCUGUUAUCCCAGCUUUCAUACAGUCAUGUAAAGUAGACAUGUUCAAACACUGAGGGUUUAUGAAAAAUCACAAGGUCACUGGGAGAAAGCAGGAGGUGCAGAAUCCAUUAAUUCACUUCACAGUUUUCUGGCCAAAACAACAACAACAUAUUAUAUUAACCCACCUUGAGCACAGCAUUGAUUUAUUAAGGAUUGGCUGCAGUCACAGAAGUCGUAAUGAAACAAAAGUUAGCCCCACUCUUACAGCUCAGAUCAGUCGUAGGUGGUGUCAACAGGAGCAGCAAGGUGUAUAAAACAACUGUGCCAUAAAAAAGAAGUGAGAAUGGGGUAUUUAGAUCAGGGAAUUUAAUGUAUUUGAAGUCUCACAUUUAUGGCACUUGUAGUAUUGUUUUACAGAAGGAGAUACCUAAUCUUCGUUGAUCAGUUAGUAUCAUUAAGUAACAUCUCACAUAAGCUGAAGCAUCUCUAGGCAUGUAGACUUAUUAGAACCAUUAUUGGGUUACAUGUGGUGCUGUGCUUUGUCUUGUCUUACAUUUAGGCACACCAAGUUCCCUGACUCAACCUUGCCAAAAGCCUACGCAUGCAAGUCUGUGCACACACCUGCUUUCUGACAGCUGCUGUCUGCUAGGCUUUGUCCCUAUGAGAGCAUGUCACAGGAGAGGGGCCAGACUGCAUACACAAACACAUACAUCAAAUUUUUUGAUCAGAACAGCUCGAUUACGGCCAUACGAGCGACUUAUAGAAAUAUUUAUGGUGCUUGGCAGUUUUUCACUCCAAAUCCCACAUUUUCUCCCUGCAGCUGUGUUCCAGGGCCAUUGAGAGAAAAGGGGAAAACAACAGACUCAGUUUCAGUGCAGAUAAGGCCAAAUGUCUCAUAAUGUGCAUACCUAUGUGUUUUAUAGCUUGUACACGGUGUGAAAUUGAUAUGGUUGUUCUGUUGUCUUAAAGUUUUAUGCCAGUAAAAUGAGUCGUUUUAUUGUGCUCACUGCUGCAGGAUUCCUUCUGCUACUUUUGGUGCUCGGUAGCCCGUUUAGUAAUCCCGCCUGCAACAAAUGUUACUGUUUGUCUAUUUUAGGGAGCAUCUGAGCUCAACAUACUUUCAAGAUCUUUUCCUGAAAUUCAUCCUGAUCAAGACUGCGACCUUUCAUUCCCAACGGUCAGCUGUUGCAGGGCGCAGAAACUCUCAGACGGCCUAAUAUGUGCUAUAAAGGAGACCCCCAGCGUGCCAUGUGCCGCAAUCUGAGACCUUUGUGUCUCAGCAUUUAGAGGAAGCGUUAAAGCUCAACCUGUCAGCCAGCCCUGUGCUUCUGCUGAGGCUUGUCCCACGACUGAGACUCUGGUUUCACUUUAUUGGAACAGAUACAGCUGGUAUCUGCUUCAAACUUGGCUCACAAUAACAAGAGUUGGAUUGAAAGUUUUCGUUUGGGCAUGAUGAUGUGUUACCUGUAUGACAUUCAAUCCCCCGACAGCACGAACAAAAAGGUUGUAGUUUUGAUAAGAUGCAAAGAAGAAGAUGUUUGUUCUUGAUGAAUGGUCAUUGUUUUCAAAAUAGAUCAUGUGCUUUUGUGUUUUUCUGAUGCACAUCUGCGCAAGACAUGGAGACAUAAAAGCAGCAUAUCCCGUUCCAGCUCAUGUCAGGCAGUGUCUUACAUGAGGGACGUGCCACAUUGUUCUUGUUUCCUUGACAAGCUGAAGGUAGAUCUCCUCCUGACAGCAAAGAGCCAGGGUCAACUGGGGUUAACCCUGUCUAACCCCUCUGGGCCACCUGGAGACCCCCUCUACACAGCCUACCAGGAUUAUCCCACACCCUCCCACACAUUAGCUGCACACAUAUAAAGGGCCAUUGAGGUCAUUUCUGUCUCUGUGUCUCUCUCUCUGUCCCCUUCUCUGUGCCUUUGAUGCCUGUGUUUCUGGGAUGCUGAUCCAGUAAAUGCUAUAGGAUGAAAAGGCUGGUUUGGCACAGGCCUGGGUGACCUCUAUAGCUGCGGCGAUGGGAGCAAGCUGCACCCCCUCUUUGUUUGGGUUGACGCUCAAGGGAAGCCGUCACCCCUGAGGUCAGCUGGCGGGGGCUGGAUGAGUGACUAGAGGACCACCUCCUGUCACAAUUAAAUGAUUAAUGGAGAAGAGACACAAUCCCAGCUCCUGUAAGUUGCAUUGAAUACUGGAGUCAUAACAUCACUUCAGUCCUCUGCGGUGUUUAGUCGGGCAAAGUUGGAAGGAAAAUAUCUUAAAAGAGACCACUUGGCAUGAGAUGUGUUGACUUCCUUCCAAGACAUUACCUUUUGGACAUAUCGUACAUACCUGCUCCCCCUAGAGAGAUACGGUUAGGUAAUGGUUAUGUUUGGCAAAGUUAAACCUUUCAACUCUUUUUUUUUUUCUUUUUAUAUUUCAUUGGCAUGCAGAUAGUCGAGGUUAAGUGGAAUUCAGUCUCAUGUAGUUCUUCCUGUGGAAAGUUACUGAAUAGGACAAGUGAUAUUUCAUCCCCCUGUCUGGGACAUUUCACAUAUGUCAGAUUUUUUAUGGCUUAAUUUUGCAUUAAUCUGCUGCCCCAUAUUUUUGGUGCUUAACCACUUUUAAUGCCCCCUGUUUCUAAAUCGAGAAAGAUGGUUUUAGAGGGAGGGGGGAAGACAUGGAGGAAUGUUCCCCUGCUUAGACGUCAUGUGGUGUAUGACUAUGUACACUGCCAGGCUGGGCUCUCCAGGUCUUUUCAGAGUGACAAGCCUUUCCUGGAAGUCUCAAUUUACCUCUGAAUAAUAGAAAAAGGACGAUAGAUCACGCAUAUAUCCCAUAUGUCUACAUGAAAGAGAGAUUUUUAGAAGCGGAAGAGCCAUUAGUGAAGAGUUAUUGGAAAGAGAGACAAGUAUGCACUUAGACCUGGCUAGAUAUGUUUGCUCCUGCUUGCAUUCGAAGGCAUCUUUAUUAUUCUCCCCUAUUGCUGCCAAGUUAUCAAGCCUGAGCAUCAUGUAUCUGGUUCUUCAUCCUCACACUAUUGAUCCCUGUUUCCCUCAUCUAUAAAACUAACCAUCGACUUUGGAGGCGUAUCACAUAGUACAGAGAUAUGGAUUGUAGGUGACAUCUUGAGCCAGCUCUUUUUCGUCUGUUCCCCAUCAGGCAGGCUGCCUCAGCAGGGCCUCAGCCUGCCCGUGAGUGGAAAUCUUUGGCCCGUGUUAUCUUUGGAAAGUGUCGAGUCCACAGAAACCCAGGAGCAUGGAGUCCAGUGUCAGCUAGACAUCCUAGGUUCACCAUUACUUAGCAAAGAUGGAGAUAUUUUUGCUGCUCCAGAGCGAAGACGAGUUGUGAAAUCCGAUGAAAAUAGCACAACGUGGCUAUCGGAGGACUCUGUUUUAUUUGGAGAGGAAACAUGUCCUGCCAGAUCUUUUCACUUGAACCGAGCAAAGUGACCAGUUUUGCAGCUUAUUGAGCAUUUUUGAAUAUAAUUCAGAAGAGAGGAUGACCACCCUCUGAAACUGAGUGCUUCAUGAUCAAACAAGAUGGUCCAAUAUAGGGCACUGCUUCCAGCUGACACACUGAGUUUUUUUGUCAUGAAAAAGUGAAGGGAAUGUGGGACAAAGAGCUCCAUAUGUGCAGAGGGCUCUAAUGUAACCCAAGUCCUGCAGUGCUGAGGGCCUCAUCCACUUAAUGCAGGAAUCCAUCUCAUUCUGCCUGUCUAUAUUGCUGUGAUUUUUUCCAUUCAUAAUGACCCCAGCAGGAGACUGGAUGGCCUCCUAUACAUUGUGCAUGUUGUGGCGGGGCAUGACAAAUUAGCACCCUGCAGAAAUGCAGAAUUUCUAUAGAUGUUUGUCUCAUCAAAACAGCAAGGCUGUUUCCUGACUUGGCAAGCUGAGGGCUCUGGUAUAAAGGAACAUUCAUAAGAUUUUGGGACAAUGACAGUUUCUCAUCGCAAAAAUCUGUCCUCUUUAAUGCAAAAGCUCAUCUCAUUAUGAUUACUUGAUGUCCUACUUUUUGAACAAACUUUUUGUGCUUCCUGUGUCAAAACCACACAAAGCCUUCUGUAGAAACCAGUUUAAAGUAAUGUAUGUUGAAAUCCAAUUUUAUCGUUAUCAGUUUGACCUAAAUUUGAUUAUUUUUACUUUCACUCAGCAUUAAUAUACUUACUUUAUAAUACAAGACUAGAAUACAUCAAAAGUGAUUAUAUGUGUAAAAAAUCAAACUUUUUUUCUGCGCCAGAAUAUCAAGGUUCACCUACUGAAAUAACAUACAUCUGUCUGUCUAUAUCUGAUAGAUUUUGCCAAGUUUGGAUCAUGCAGCAACCUUCGGUGUUGAAAUGUGAAGCCAAUCAAAAGCCAAAGAAUUCCCAUAAUGCCCCAUGUUAAACGGCUCAUUCUCACAGCAAAAUUAAACAUGGUCACAACCUGAUUCAAAAACACUUAAGAUCCGAAUAUCAAAUUUCUACGAAAGGGCCACAAGAGGAGAAAAAGAGGAGAAAAAAGUAAUUACAGGGGGGAGAUUUUUUCUAAAUUUCCAUUUCGAGAUUAAAGGCAAAAUUUCAAGAUUAAAAUUGAAAUGUAAAAAAAUCAAAAUUUCAACUUUAUUCAUGUCGACUUUUAUCUCUAAAUUUCAACUCUAAUCUGAAAUUUUUUAUUUUUCAUCUUCAAAUUUCGACUUUAUUCAUGACAUUAUGUAAUCUCGAAAUGUCGACCUUAAUCUCAAAAUUUCAAUCUUAAAUUGCCAAAUUUCGACUUUAUUUACAUAAUUUAGAUUUUUUGAAUCUUGAAAUUUCGACUUUACGCUCUUCCCUGUAAUUAUUAUUUUUUUCUCUUCAUGUGGCCCUAAUCCUCUUUCGUAAAUUUCUCUAUUGUUUCUUACUGUAUGUGGAAUAACUUUUUUAAUUUCUAUCAUCAGUUUUGACUCUUUUUAGGCAGGGAUUUACACAUAUCUUUACAUAAUGAGGGGUAUAGCUUAUUUGACCGACAGGUGGGACACCUGCAGCUCUGAGCCAGGAGUCCAGAAGUCCACCUCAAUUUAAAAAAGUAUCUGAGUCCACUUAGGUAAAAAGUCAGGUUUUGUCAUCAUUUUCAUAGUUAUGCUUCAAAAAGUCUCUUCAGAAAGUCUGAUGUCACUGAGACCCCAUCGAUGUUUUAUACAAUCUGUGGUUUGCACUAAGCUAAGAAAAAUAAUCUCAUUGCUGUAAUACAGCAAGGAUUUGUUUUAGAAAAUACUGCAUGUGUCAGGCAUUUAAAUAUGACAAUCAUUCUCAUUAUCUCCAGACCAAGCACUCUGUGUCACUUGAUCCACUUGCGUGACUAAAAUACCCCAUCAGCUGUGCUCAUGAUACAGUAGAUAUUCUGGUUGAGAUAAAGAGUGGUAAUGAAAGGGUGACCUGGAUAUUAACAGAGAGGCUUUGUCGUUUGUUAUUUGCCUUUUAGAGAAGAGCUGAACAUCCAUGUGGGGAGAGGAGGGUUGUUGGGGACUUCCACCACAUGCAGUGGGUCACAUACGUACUGUAUGUCAAGAGCCAUAUUUUUAUCCUCCGCUUUUACACGUGCUCAUGUUUAUAUAUAGUGUCAGCCUCUGAGCCAGUGACUCAUUAAAAGUGUUUGCAAGGGUGCUAAUUUAUUUUUUGAUCUAACCCACAUAUAUUCUGGGUGUAGACAGGUGUCACUUUCCCCUCACAUACAUAAAGCAUGCCCGGCUGUAUCAGCUCUCUUCAGCUGAUUAGUUUAGUAGCUUGCUCUAUCUUUAGUGGGUAAUUCAGACAGUUAUAGGUCACCAGGUUCAGUGCAAUUCUGCCAGAGAUUGAAAUUUCUGUGAUGUCAUGCAGCAUUUUCUGCAAAUUUUCUAAAUUGAGGCUGGAAAGAGCAGGUAAGAGUCUCACUCCUCUGCCUUUUUCAGUAUUAUGUAACACUGUAUCUGUCCUCUAUCCGUACACUUGCCAAGGUGCAGCACAAAGUUGCUUACACUGCUGUUCAAGCCUGAAGUGAGGGAGUGUUUCCUCAGGGCCUGGGUGUGCAGCUCCACAGUAUUCCACCACCCAUUAAAUCCAGAUAUGAGGCAGGACAUCAGGUUGAUGGAUUUACAGGAUGUGAAUUGGGCAAAGAUUUUUGGUCAUUUACAGCAUGGAAGAGCUCUGAAAAAAAGAGUGUAUUCGUAGAAUGGGAGUAGGUCUUAUCCAACACUUAGCCGAAGUCUGAGUUUUCAAUGCUUUUAUAUAGUUUGUGGAUAAAAUGCUUAAAUUUAUUGAUAGUUUGCCCUAAAGAAACAACAUACGCCUGAAAAUACUAAUUACCUAAGAAACACCAGAGAAACAAGAUUUAAAGUCUCUCUUACAUACCCUGAAGACUGCUGCAGUACAAGUACUCAGCUGUGUGUGUGUGUGUGUGGAGGCAUGGAGGUGUUGAAUUUAACCAGGUGUUCUUGAAAUCUCUCAUGAGUUUAUUUAGAUGUGUGUAGGAGGGUUUGCCAUCUUGUAAAAUACUUUUUAAAAAAAGCCUCAAGUGCACCUGGUCCUGUAUGGCUUGGCAGUCUCUCUACUUUGCAUGGCUGACACUAGCUGGCAUGAGACUAUAAUAGAACCACUUAUCACAUAAUAUUUCCAGUAUACUGAUGUGCCAGAGUUUCUGUCAUGAUUUGGGGGACUUUAAAAUGGAACCACAGCUGUAGAUAUUAGCCCUCCACUGUUCAUGGCUGGUAGUGUGUGGCCUUAAAGCUUUUUUUAUUUUUCAUCUUCACUGGCCAUGUUUGACGCAUGAUGUCAGAUUUCCUCUAACCCCUGUUUGUGAUUAGACUAUACGUACACGCCUCCUUGUUGCUUAAAGCCUUUGAAAACUUAUAUAUUCAAAUCAUAUAUGCUCAGUACCCACAAAUGAUUGGCCUUUGUACUUUUUAAACAAUAAUCCCUCUAGAUAUGUUAUUUCAAAGUUUUACACUUUAUUUAGCAGCAUUAGUAGCACUUUAAUAGCCAAAUAUGUCUCUUUAAACUCUGCUUGGUUGAGUCCGAGAUUUGUUUUGUGAUGGACAGAUGUGGCUGUGAAAAAAUGAACAGCUGGGAAGUACCUCCCCCACCCCUGCAUUUCACUUAAGGGACGAAACAAUGCAAAAACACAAGAAAUGGGUCAACAGAUUCAGAUGAUUGAGUCUCAUGGCUCACAGUAAUAUAAGAGAGCUUUAUCUAGUGUAGUCAUAUGAGCUAAUACAGCUGUUUGGAAGAGUUAGUGGUGUCCAGAGGGGACAUAAUAGGCCCAAACUCUAUGCACACCCAGCACUGAUACAUAAAAAUCCGAUGUCUGAUUUCUAAUCCCUUUAUCUCUUUUAAUCAAUUGAAUUAGGCAAAUAUGUGUGGCUGAUUUUCUGCCGGCAGAAGAUAACAGUUUGAAAUCAGACGACGAAAUCAGUAUGUCAAACAUGUCUGCUGAGCUGUGCGGUACAAAAGCCACUUUUGGCAACAAGCGCAGACUCUGACAAAUCUAUUCACACAGAGUGAAUUCGCAUGUCUGUUUGCCGAGCCCCUGGGGCUUAAUGGCUGUUAUUUGGGGUUUUGAGCAUGUCAAGUUAGUUGUAAUGGAUAUGAUGUUAGUUAUUUUUUUCUGCUCACUUUAUUGUUUGUUUGUUAUACUGUUGUGGUGACGGAUUGCUGGGGUGGACAUGUUUGGUCUGUUUCCAUGCACCGAGGACUGCAUGAGGCUGUCAUUUUCUCUUGAUCUCUGCUGGAUACUCAUAAACGAUGAUUUUGUCAAACGCAGAAGAAUUUUCUAUUUACGGAGCCAUUUUGAACUUCUUUACCCUGUCAUUGUCUAAUUUUCUGCCUUUUUGCUUUACUGGGCACUAACAUUUGUGUGACAGCAGACAAAUUUACUUGACUCUCCUAUUUAGUUUUUAUAACUUUUGCAGGAUAUCUUUCUGUUGGUCGUGUUUUGGGCUAUUACAGUGACUCAAUGGUUCAGUCAUACACACAACAGUUAAAAAAAGCCGACAAAUUAGACAAAUAUAUCACCUGAGUUAUAGAAAGUGAAGUAAAUGCUCCACAAAACAGCAUUACAUCCAGGUUAAGAUCUCUGAAUGAUGAACUUGGGCUGAUGUGAGGUAUCAGUGUUCAUGUGUUUGUCAGACAUGUUUGACGUUGUUCCGGAUUAUGCCAAUAUUUUUUAAUGACACAGAAUCUCCAGAUGUUUCUCCCUAGAUAUUCAACUGAUAGCAAUUACAAAAAUUAGUGAUGGAGGGCAUCUAGAAAAUGUAAACAUUGUCAGCUGAUGGAUGAAAUUCACAUUGCCACCAUGCUGUCAACAGUGCUACCACGUAUUCACAUUUUGAUGCCUCCAGUUUGGGUUUUAGCUAAAGACAACACAAUGUGAAUUUUCUUGAAGUCAGCAAAGACGGACAUAAAUUCAUAUAUGCUCAUUCUAACUGAACUUUAUACUUCAACAAAGCAGCCUCUAUACUAUGGCGUCCCUGAUAACUUAGUUACUAAUGACGAAUUUAACAAACAAUUCAGACAAGUAAACGAGUUCAACACGUAGUUUUCAAAAGUUGAAGUGUGCGACUUGGCAGAGAAUGUGAGCCAUGUUGAAGUCUAUAUCCAGCCACUGCACUGUCAAACUAAGCAAAACCACUGGACUGGUGUCAGAAGGGGUAAACUGAUGUUAUGGUGGCUUUUGUUGAUGAGUCUGUGAGCAUGUUCAGGGAUCAGGUAAGGAUACAAAUGUCAUGUAGCAGCUACUUGGGGGUAACUGGGUGUAAAAUGGGCCAAUGGAUGGUGAAAUCCUUGUUCAUCUGCCAUAGAAACAGGUUGGUCAUCAAGUGCCAGAACUUUAGUGGUCUGCUGUCCAUUUUUUAAGGCUUUGGAUUAUGUCUAGUAAACUUUCUGCUGUUCUCAAAUGUCUGCUGCUUCGUCUUCUUGAAUUACAUCUUUUAUGCUAUCACAACUUUUCAGGCUACUUUUGUUGUGCAAUCACAACUCAAAGACUUUUUUUCUCCACUUCCAAUGCUUGUAGUACAUGAAAUGCUCAUUGCAAUGGUCCUCCUCCUCUGAAAUAGCCACAUUGGCAAUGUGGCUGUUUUUACUAUUGUUGAGGUUGCUCUUUUUAUUUUUGUUUGUGUUUAAUAGAGGAGUGCAUUUCGCCAGCCAAUGUGUGGGAUGUGUAGAAUUGUAAGGUAACUUUAUAUAAAACUGUUUAUUUUCUGCUGUUUUUAUGAAUAAAAUUGUGCUAACCGGAAAAUAGAUGAUAAAAAAACUACUCCAGUUAUAAACAGUUAAAUCCAGAAUAAUAGAGAAAAGAAGUUUUAACUGUGCUCCUGCAAAAAUACUUACCAGUCAGCAUUGUGUACUUUCUGUGUGUAGGUGUAGCUUUUUUGUACUGCCUGAUUUCACCAUCCUUUUAAUCUCUUGAACAAGCUCACUUUGUCGAAAGUAUAUUAUACCCAUAGACUGUUUAUAAUAUGGACAACUUGGUUCUGCCUUCCGCCAGUAUAUGGAUUUGAAGCCGAAAAGCUCUCAGUAAUUCUGCGUUUUUUCUCCACUUCCUGAAACCAACAUUAUGCAGUAGCGUUGUACGCACUCCACCCCUUAUGCAGUAGCAUUGUACGCACUCAGCGGGAGAGUUGCCGAGAGUCGCUGUGAAGACGCUCAGCUCAAACAGCAGAUCCCCCAAGUGUGCUACGCAAUCUUCGUAUGCCCAUAGGCUGUAUCAGGAGUCAAUAACAGAAAACAUGAACCCCCAAUAACUAAUAAAAAUUUGUUUGUCCACAGCCCCAUAAGGUUUGCUGGAGGAGGUGGGAUUUAUGACCUAUACUGCAGCCUGUCACCAGGGUGUGCUGUUCUCGGGGUGGCUUUUAUAUAGGGUCUAUGAUUAUAGCUGUAGUUUGUUAUAAAUGUGUGUUCCUUAUUUAAUCUAUUACCAAUUUGGGUUUUGAUAUUGUAAGGAAAGAUUUUUGACUUCAGAUGUUACCACAUAUCUGUUCUGGUUGACUGAUGAAGCAGGUUGUAAAUCAAAGGUAGCUUCUCUCUAUAGCAUACUACUUCAUUGUCUCUUUAAAUCAAAUUCUCAUUGUAUUAGUAAGGAAUUUCCAAUCAUCCUGUAAAUAGGAAAGCCUGAGGCGAAGAAUGACAGCCAUAACAUGAUAAGGGAAAUGUUUACUGAAGUGAAAGGGUUUUCUUUCAUUUGGUUGGGCACAAUCUGACCUUUUCGCCCCAUGGUUGCCCCAUGCUGACAAUCAGAAAAAAAGCAGACUUAAAGCACUUUAGCUUUGAAUUCCUUUUUUGAAACCAAGAGGCGGCUUCCAGUUCUUGUCCACAGCUCAUGGUUUUACUGCUUCUGGCCAACUUUAUUCAGGGAUACACUCAAGCCCAAGUCAACCAUCAACAAGCUGAGCAGGCAUAAAACAAAUGGAUUACAUUUGAAACACAUAAUUCAUAAUAUUGAAUACAUGAUAACCAGUGUUUGGAUAGGCAGAGUGUGUUGAAUACAAUAAAUCUGCAUGAUAAUGAUUGCACCAGAACAGCACCCUGACAUUUAGUGAUAGGUUUUUUAGAUUAAUUUCCCACUCUGAGUAAACAGAGGAGGAGGAAGCAGGGGAAACGAAGCUCCAGGGAUCAGACAUUCACCUCCACCAGCUCUCUGCUGGGAAGUUUGGAUAAACAGUUGGAGGUCUCAGUCAGAACUCACUGUCAAACAGACUGACGUGUAUCACCUCUGACUCCUGUGAGCACUUCCAGCCCACCAAACCAGCCUCAUCUAGUCUGCCUUUCUUCCUGCAAUCUUUUUUCACAUGUAGACAUCUUUAAACUUCUACAGGAGCAUACAGUGAAAUUAAUGUUUUCUGCUUCUCACUGCGAGCUUUUGUGUUCAUAUCUUAUGCUUACAAGAAUAGAGGGACUGAGCAGCAAACACACUUGGUUAAAAUAAAAACUUCACCGUAGAUCUACUAAUUACAGUUGAGGGUUUGUUGGCUGGUGUCACAGAGUGGACCACAGCGGCCCUGUGAACCAGGCCUACAGCUGUCACACACAUCACACACAUGCAGACUUCACUUUUCUCCUCCUCACUCCCCACUGAUGUGGCCCAGUCAAGCCAGAGACAAAUGGGCCCAGACAUGGAAGACAUUAAGACUAGCUAAAAACAACAUGUUAAGUAUAGACUUGCUCUCCCGCAAUGCAAACACAAAGUGUUCACUCUGGUGCAAUUAUACAUAUUUUGACAUGGACAGCAGAAGAGACAGAUUUCUUUAUAUUUAUGUAACUGUGUGUUUCAGGGAAAGUCUAAGAUGAAGAGACAGUUUGUGGCUUCAGGAAGCCAUGUCAACUGUGGGAUGAAAGGGUAAAAAAACACGUUUUCCAGGUCAAGGGUUAACCAUUCAGAAAUGUCAUGGUAUCUGAGCACAGCAUGACGGAAAUACAGUUUUAAUGCGCGGCAUGAUCUGCAGUCCUCAUGUUGAUUGCAUUCAGGCUACAUGGUAAAAGGGGACAUAUGUAAGUCAGCCUUCCGACAUGACUUUCUCAAAUUUAAAACCGAGCCGUCUGAAGAAUGCCGGUGACCCAUCUCCUGUUUCAGAUCAGAUUUUAAGUCUUUGACCUUUCAAAAUAAAGCUAUUCUUAACACCUGAAUUGUUUCUAAACUCUAGGCUGACAUGAUGUUGCACCUCAGUGACUGCUGAGUAUGUAGUUCAAGUUUGGGAUUUGAUUACGGGGCAAAAAAAAAAAAGCUAAAGAACUGAAGUCUGGUGGUCUUUUGAUUACUUGUUUUGUUAGUUUUCUGCUGAGGCAAUGCUCUGACUGUCUUGGCCAACUCUAUUUUUUGAAAUCAUUUCUGUUAAGUAAGUGCUGAGGAUAAGAUGUGGGGGCUGAGAUUUCGCUGACAUGAUGGGUAACUAAUGACAGACUGUUGCUUUGGGUUAGACCGGGCUUCCCUCCUGUGGAUCCUCAAACAUAGUAUGUUUUCCUAAAGGAGACGAUCCGUUCUCGAUGAGGCAGCUUGGCUUCUGGAGCUGUUAAUAUCAGGGGUCAAAGGUCGCUGUUUGAAGCGGAAAAGCCAGUGGCAGGAACCUGCUUCUCUAGAGGGAAAACAUUUGCUUUUUUUUAAGAUUCAACUUUUAAUGAGUUUUAUUUUUUUUUUACAAGACCAAACUAAAACAAACAAACCAAAAAAAAAAACAGUCAAAAGAAAAAAAACAAAAAACCUCAAAAACAAGAUACAGUCUUAUGACAAUAAGACUAAGUAGUAACAAUAAAAUAAAAAUAAGUACAGAAGUCCAAGACAGAAAAUUAAUCCAUGCUCAAUAUGUUAAACAAUCUUACCCAAAUACAACCGAAAACAUGUGCUUUUAAAAAAUUCUUCAGAGCUUUGCAAGCAGCAGCCUCUGAUUUUGAUAAAUGUAUUUGAACAAAAAACUGCAAUUCCUCAUGUGUCCACUUGAGGCUGGUCCUAAAAUCUCCGGAAACCACCCACACACAGACCCAUUCAGCAAAAACAAACAUCUGCUGCCAUGGUUUGAAAAACAGUGUUUGUCUGAAUCAUGUCUGAAUUUCUCCAGCCACACGGUUAAAGACAUUGCGCUCCCACAUGGCCACACUGAUUACUCACUCAGUGAGGUGCAGCAAAAAUAAGUAAAAAAGAAACACCUUCAUCAAAAACGUUGACAGCAUUAAAUUGAGCAAGUCUACAUCUUGUGUAAGCCAGUGGUACUACAGUAGGGUUAUUAAAACAUUACUCUGUCAGAUCAUGGAAAGAACAGUAUUAAAAAACAAAAAUUUAACCAAUUUCCCCCAUUCAUGAUCAAACAUAUCCACUCAUGAUCAAACGUAUCCACUCAUGAUGAGAUGCAUCAACAAGAGCCCACUUGAAGGAGACCAAAUAGAAUAGAACAGCCAUUACAAAGACAUUGUAAACAAAAAUGUCUGCUUCCCCCUCUGGAUGCCAUUAGGCAUGUUUCAGUGUUUGUUUUAGUCAUUGGACAAAGUGUGUUCUUUCUUCCUCCUCAUACUUAAAUACAAUGAAAAUCAUGGUGGUCAUUUAUAAGCCGCCAUUGUUCUCAGUCCAAACACAGCUUGUGUUUGUAGCUCUGUAAUUGUGUGGUAUAUUCUGCUCUACUUAUCGGGCCUUCCCGCUUUCUAAUCAUGUAAUAUUUAGAAUAUAGAGAGGUUAUGUUGUGCGUCGGUUAGAUCCCAUGGCUUUUACACAGUGCAAAUGCUGCUUUUGGGGCCUUUAUGGAAUCCAGCUGGCGUGGUUCAACAUUUCCAAAGUUCCACUUUUAUCUGAACCCAAUCAGAGCCAAGCAGACACCCACUGCAGCCCUGAGAGAGGAGAUGACUUUUGGAGAACAUGAACACAUUUGUGCAGACUGAACUCGAGGAUCAUAGUCUUGUAAGGCUGGUAAACAUGAAACUAGGACUCUGAUUCAGCAUGCACACACAAACCCAUGCUGAAGUUCAUAAACUAUUAAACGCCCCUCAACAGGUGUGGAAAUAUUUUACGAGAACUCCAACUAUAAAACAUGACUCCUCCUGCUCUCUUUUUCAUACCUGUUAAAAUAAACAGUCUCCUCAAUGUGGGUCAAGCCUAUUGAAGGACAAUCAUUUCUCACAAUUUCAGCUGUUUUGCUCUUCAAAACGUUAAAAAAAACAAUAGAUAGAUGUCUAAGGCGGGUGACACUUUGAAACUUUCAAACGCUCAAACAAACAAACACAUAAAGUUGUUGAAUAAAAUGCCACAUUUUUUAAUAAGCUCACCCUUUUACACACAUCUCGCUACACUCUCUAAUACAGUUUUCAGCGUUGAUGUGUUAAUGAGGGCACCUUUUCUGUCACGUUCCUCCUGUCAUCUACAGCAGAGCUCCAGAGCUAUACACUGUGAUUGAGCCUAACCACUACCAGGUGCACUUGAAAAGGUUUUGGUGAAGUUGGCACGGGGUCAAGACUGGGUGGAGGUAUAGGAGGGGUGCAGGGGAGGCCUGUGUACCAGAGGGAUAGAGUAGUUUAAUUUUAAAACAUCAAACCCCCUGAAUCUGUUACCAGAGUGUUAGACCAAGGUGUCUGAACUUGUUACAGUGUGAUCACGCAGGGCUGUUGCAAACCUGUCUCAUGCAGACCCAGAAAGCAAAUCCCCCACCCCCCUGAACUCAUUUUUUUAUGCCUUCUUUAGGAGGUGGGGGGUAGAUGAACAGGCAUAUAUACGGCUUGUGUGAAGUCAUAAAUAGUGUGUUAUUGUCAAGGUUUGGCUCUCAAAUCUGGCUUAUUUUACAAGUAGGCCACUGUCAAUCAAGAUGAAAGACAAAUGAGGUGAGUUAUAAGAUUUACAGUCCACUUUGGUCUCUGUACAACAAGCCUGCAGUGAGACAGAGAGGGAAAAAAAUCCUUUAUUUCAACUAUGAAAUGGUCUGUUUUGGAAGGCAUCAGGACUACACCCUCCUUCUCAUGCAAACCAUACUGCAGCAGUAUGUGUGGUCAUGCGCCAUGUAAGAGGGUCCAAACUAGGCAGCUUUUUCGGGUAUCUGAGCCAAGUUUUUUUUAAAGAGUUUUAAAUGAUUUUUUCUUUUAUUUUGGGGAAUGACCUUCACAACCUACAACCUACAUUUCAACACUUUUGUGUAAAUGAAGGAAUUUUGCUGUAUACCUCAAAGCAAACUGGCAUCAAAACCCACCCACUGAAUCUAAUUUAAUCCAGGAAUUAUGAAUGUAAACUAAAUAUAAAGAUACAGCCUAUAAAACAUGUAUUAACUGUAAAAAUCUUUACAGAUCUGUGAUCUCCAGCCUGCCUGUGUUGAAGAGGACGAGGGUAAAAUACUAACACUGCGAUGUGGUGGUGACAGACGUGGAGGGGUUUUAUUCCCUCAUUUGUGUCUCCACAGAUGUAGAUUCAGCCAUGCGUAAAUCUCACCCCCUGCUGCGCCCUGAGCAAGGUCCUUCUCUGAUUUUUUUCUCCGCCUUUAUUACACCGGCCUCCUGCCCUGUUGAAAUCUGCUAACUCCACUUUUCAUGCAAACAUGCUGAAGCUCGGAAAAACACCAGAGAGACCUCUAGGGAUCAGGAUGGCAAAAACACCUUUUUUUAUGCAACUCAGUUAUGAAGUAAAACUGUGUGUACUGUAGUUGUAGUUGCCAUCGUAGUUACAGUUGCACAUCUAAAACAUCUAUGUCUCAGAUGUUUGUAUGGGUGUAAUAUGUUUAUUUGUAUUUCCAGGGUUUAACUAAAAGCAUUGUUUAUAGUUACGUCUUUAAAUGUGAGUGUAAAUAACUGGGAUGUUAGUCUUCUUUGAUUGACUCUCCCACUUGAAUCGACAAGAGGUGCCAUACAUUUACUUCAUUCCUCUCCUUCAAAAUAAAACUUUUCUAGAGUCUCUGAAUCCCAUGGCAUGUGGUUCCUCCCUACAAAAUGUGAGAGUUGGGUUGGGGCACAUCUUUUGUCAUCCUCAUACCACAAAUAUCUUUCACUACUCAAAGGCUUUUUUGUAGACCUUUCUCUAUAGCUUUGAAUCACAACCUUUGCUCUAUCUCCCUUUUUUCCCCGUUACAAACUUUGAUAUGCACACUGGCUUUGGCCAAAUAAGGUAAGAGAACACUUUACAUUCUGUCUUGCCAAAAACGAGGCUGAUCCUCUGUGGUACAGUGAGCCAAGACGCCUCUUUAUCAGAAGUUGUGGGCUCUGUAGGUGUGCCAGCCAGUCCCUUCCCACCUUGACAGCGUCAUGCUACAGGGAUGCAUGACUGGCUCCUAAUGACGGUCUCAAAAAUCUCUUUCUGUGAUUUAUACUGCUUGGGCAUGUUUGCUGAAAGCCAGGUAUGUCUCUCUUUAAAGUGGGCAGCUGUUGUGGUGAAGCAGACUUUCUCUCAUCUCACUUGUCACUGAGGCAGUGAUUUUCUCCUUUGUUUUGAACUGGAGAUAUGGGGCUUGCUUAAUUUUCCAAGCAUGCAUAUUUCCACAGAUGUCUCAUUCUGGGAAGACAUUAGUUAGGCUGUCAGACUGAGAACCUAAUAAAUGAAACACAAGAUUCCAGUUUCUUCCUGCUUUAAAUUGAGCUCUUCUCUGAAAUGCUAGAUGAUUCACUUGUUUUUUUUUUCUUUUUCUUUUUUGUAAUUUAGGUUCUCCUCCACAACUAACUAUAACUAUUAUUUAAAAUAAUCUCAGAAACAUUGUUGUAUAAGACAAAAAAAUGUCAGCUGACUUCAGAGCAAAAGAAGGAGAAACUGAAAAGAUUCACAGAAAUGUAGAUGAUUGAAAAGUAUGAUAUUUGUCUUUUAAAUAGCGGCAUAAGAGUACUGCUCUUCCCCAAAACUAAUACUAAAGUACAGAUGCUCAAAAUAAAAGUACAGCGCAGCACUUACUUCCACUGUUUACAAUCAAGAGACAAGAUGUCACCCCGUGAUCUUAAUCUCUUUCAUAUUUUGUGACUCAGUGAUAUUUUUAUUUCACCAUUAAAACCUUUGAGACGUAGUAGAAAGGUUCAGUUUCCUAUCACAGUGGAACAACACUUUUUGGUAAACUCAGCAGACAUCUUUACUUGAUGGAUGAGUGAUGAAAAGGCUUAGCCUUCUUCUGAAAAAUGUAGACAAGGAGUCUAACUGCACCGUACCAGUCAUUGAUAUGUUGAUUUUCCAAGAGUAGCAUGAUAUCACAUAUGACAUUCACAUUCAUGACAAAUGGUUAUUAUGGCGUUCUAUCUCCUAUUUGUGGAGACACUCUGUAUCUCCCUUCAUCACAACAUGAGUUAUGAGUCUGCUAAGUGACUAAGUGCUUCAGAGCCUCUCUGAGAAAAGCCCAAUUCAAUCCAGAGUAUGCUCAGAGUCAACGCAGAACUCCUAAAGCCUUAGUCAGAGCGUCACUGUCUUCACUUAAUAGUAGUUGUUACAGUGCCAAUCCACGAUCCACCAGAGCUGUUACAAAACUCAACUGUUGAUACUUCUUUGUACUUCUAUGCUAAUCGCAUAAAAGUGUAAUAUUGAUGCACCGUUUUGUGAUUCAGUGUAGCGCUGAUGAUAGCUGAGGACUGAAAUGUUUGCCCUGCAUUCCUGUUCACUGUGAGCAUGUAUUGUUUUGAUUAUUUUCUCUUAUUUAAAAGAGAGCUGUUUUUUUUUUUUCAUUUAUCUCAGUAUGUAGACAUUUUUGUCACUUUUUGGCGCAGUGUAUUUGGAGUGCAGUUAUUUCCUUUCCCUUUUUUUCUGGGUCAAAGGUGGGACACUCCACUCUACCAUUACACCUCUGCGACACUUACAUAAAAAUAAGACAUCGCAGCAGCAUUUAGGUCCUACCUUGAGCUGGCAGUGUUGAUAGAGCUACUGUUUUUUCCUUCAACAAAAGCUGCAUUUACAUUGGCACAAAUAAUUGGAAUAAAUGCCUGAUUGGAUCAUUUAAACAGAUCGAUCAGAAGAUUCUGACCCAAUUUGGCUCAAUCGGAAAGAAAUUGUAUUCCGAUUGAGAGGAGUGGUUAAUGCCGAUCGUUAUUCUGAAACGCGUCCAUGUAAACGUUUAUUCUGAAGGACACAGCACAUCUACAUGCACAGUGCAACCUUUGACAGAACAGUAAAAUAAGUACGCAAGGGCGCCAACAUUUAACGGGAAGAAAACUCCUGAAUUGGAUGGAGUGAGCCACUACCAUGUUUGUUGGUUUGUUGACAGCACAGGCGUAAAUACAACUCUUCUUCGGCAGUUGUUUUAGCGAAAUCAAACAAAUCUGUGCAUGUCCAAAUGCUACUAAUCUGAAUAGAGCUUGGUGCAUGUGAUGAUCGUGAUGUGAUGAUCAGAGUAUUUGAUUUUGCACCCAUAUCAACUGUGGAUUGAGAUUAUCCAAUCCCUCAAGAAAACUCAGUUGCCGUGUAAAUGUGGCUACUGAGUACAUUUUCUACAUUGGCCUUUGCUCAAAUCAAGUUGUCAAAGCUGGUAUCAGGAAGAAAAAAUGGGAAUGCAACAUCUCUGGUAAUGAAUCUAUUCAGAGCAGCCCAAAUAAAUCAGAGUACAUGUGAAUAGAGUUAGAUUUAGAUUCAUUUGAGAUAGUGAAAUUUAUGUUUUGGCACAGAAUAGUAAAAAGAGUCAAGCGUUGUUUUCUCUUUCUUGACUCUGAUGGUGGUUGGUGGUGGUGCUUAUUGUUGUUUCAAAUUGUAGCUGUGGAAAACUACCACAGAAACCACUUUUCCAUGCCAGGGGUGGAAGUAAAUGAUGAAGGCACAUUUUAUCUGGUAUCCACCAUCAGUUUGUACAAGUUGACUUGCUGAAGGAACUCAAUCAAAACCUUUUAUAAUGCCAACAAGCCGUCAUGGGUUUUACUCUCUGGGCUUACCAAGCACAUAAUAAAUCCUUAUCUACCCGCUCUGACAUGAUCCAGUAUAACAGUGAACAUGUCAAGUGUUUUGGCAUUGUGAAGUGGGAUUUUGAAGAGAAAGCAGUCAGUCAUGUUGAUUGGGAGUUUGUUCCAGUUGGGCAAACAAUUUGGCCCCAGAGGACAAAACAGGUCUUUGACUGUCUGUGCCAAGCAUGGAUCAUAUUCAUUUCAGGGACAACUUGGAGUCUACAGGAGGUCAUACAAACAAAACACCUCCUCGACAGCAGAGGUAAUUAUCGAUUCAGGAUGAAACAAUCUUCUCUGACCCAGAAGAAUCCAUGGGAUACAAGCUCUGUUAUGUGCAUCCAUCGUCUUAAAAUAAUCUGGAUUAGUCUUUUUUUUUAAAGUCAGAUCAUGUUGCUCUAAUUACAACUUUCAUGGAAGUCUAUUUUAUCUCACCCCUUUGGAUGUCAGUAAUAGUGCUGACUUGACCCUUUACUGAGUUCUGACCCCCGUCAGCAGUCGGCUCACACCUCACAUCCAGCCUGGCAUGGCAGAGCUGGUGCCAAGGUGCAACAAUCUGACAUGACAGAGCGAUCAUGCGAGGACAGGAUAGUCAUGGUAACUGGUACUCAUGAUCAUAGAUCUCCACAGAGUAUAUCAUUUUAUGUCCACCCUUAUCUUUUCAAGUCGGACAGCGUUUUGAUAAAGCUCAUUCCUCAUGGAUCGUCCUCCAUGGACAAAUGACUUUCUUUGAAGACUCUAAAGGCCAGAUCCAAGAGGGAAAGAUUGCACACACUAUAAAAACAAACUCAUGCGCUAGCUUGUUUGAUGAUUGUACUGAAGGUAAGGUCUGUGCCAGUCUGAUUGUGAAUCUGGUUCAAAGAUAAUGGACUGAGUUGUACAAAGCCAAGAAAUGAGUUGUGUUGAAGAAAUGCUGGGAAGAGAGAGAGAGAGAGAGAAAGAGAGCUUGGCCUUUGUUUUUUUCUCUCCUCAUAACCCUGUCCAUACUUGUGCAGUGCUGUGCUCAGUGAACUACCUGCUAAAUUAUGGUUAGACCCAAUUAAUCAAGAUUUUAUAUAAUAUCUUCCCUGUUGCAACAUAUUUAUGUAAUAUUUUGAUUUAUUUUCUGUAAGAACCAUGCAACUGUAGUGAGAAAGGUUUUUUUGGAUUAGGAAAAGCAGCUUCAUGAUUAGGUGGAGGUCUCCAUUGUGCAUUUCUAAAUAGGCCACAGGCUGUUUAAGAAUAACAUCCCAUAGUUGAAGUAAGGCUGGGCAAUAAAACAAUAACUAUAUAUAUGAAAGAUAAUGUCCCUCAAUAUCAAUAUAAAACACGGUCAGUAUGCUUUUUGAUAGUUGGCAUUCCACCAUGUUUUGGUGGACUACACAAAUAGCCAAUGAAAAGGGAAGUUGCUCCGGUCUGCUUUGCGCUGAACCAAUCAUGUGGUUCUCUAGCGCAACGCCUAAUGACAAAACGUUGAAGAGACACAAAGACCUCAUAGAUACAGCUUAUUGUAUUGCAAAAGACAUACUACCAAUACGCACUGUUAAGUUUCAUUUUUAUAUCUAGAUAUAUAUCGAUAUCGACUGAUAUAAAAAAAAUAUAUAUUGUGAUUAACUUUUUCCCAUAUCGCCCAGCCCGAAGUUGUCGAUACAUUUACAGUUUAACAUGACAGUAAUGCUUUUUAAAUUUAAAACAUUAGAUUUGUCUCUUCACUGUCAGAUGUCUGAGUGCGUGUCUGUCUGUCAGACUGGUGGAAGUAAUUACCUGGGGUUAAUAUGGGUUGUGAGCAGCACUGAUGACAGGGAGCUGCUUAUGAGACUGGAUGUCAGGUUAACUAGAUUAUGCCCUUACUUAAGCCACUGACAGACAGGUGCCAAAGGUCCUUCUCUUCCUCACUGGGAAAAAGAGCAACACAUUUGUCCUGGCAGGGUUAAAGACAGAAAUUGGAGGAAGGCUGCAGUUGUUUCCAGCUGUUAGAGAGAUUUUUACCCUCUCUUUCCUCUACCUACGGUCACAGUGCGGCCAGCGUGGAAAUAAAAUGGUGAGCUGCGACAGAUGUGUGUGCUUCCACAUCGGUCAGCUUCUUUUUCCUGGAGCGGGGUCUGAAAUAGAUGUGGUCUCAGCACAACUGUGUUUAUUGGACAGAGUUUGCACUGGUGCGUUUCCUCUCGUGUCAGGUUGUUAAGAACAAGAAGGAGAGGAGCAAGUCACAGAGAGCAGAGAGACAGCCAAGAGGAGUGAGAGACAGUGAGGGGGAAGACGCAGGUUAGGAGAGAGUCACUGAGGUCGUUGUUGAGAAUAUUUUCCAGCCUUUCUUUUUUAAAGACAAAAAAAAAAAAAAAACUCUUCUCAAGAUUCUCAUUUAGUUGCAGAACAUAAAAUAAAAUGUUUCUGAUUUUCAGGAUCAUAAAGUCGACAAUGAGAAAAGCACUCGGUUUUGCAGAGUUGUCUCUUUUAUGGAAAAAAAGAUCAAAACCGUUAAAUUAAAAAAAGGACCUUGCACACACACGUGAUAUAAGGGAAGUAUAUGGUGUGAUAUUUUAAAUUAUACUCUUAAAGCAUCUGGUCCUAUAAACAUGGCUUGGUUUUUACUGCAGUGAGAAGAUCUGUUUGGACGAAGGAGCUGCCAAGCAACACAUGGGAAAAGGCCUUGACCCAACUUUCUUCCAAAAGGGAUCAUUCAAAGAGCCGAGACAUAAUGCUAAUGACCAGUUACAAUAACUUCAUGGUGACUUGUUUUAACUGUAUUAAAGCUGUCUUUGCCACCACCCCUAAACAGACCCACUUCAAUUGUCGAUCCCCCAGUUUAUAUCUGUGUCAAGCUUUUGUCUGGUCUGCUGAAUGAGUGCAUGCCUUUACUCCGCGCUCCGCUCCAAUACCUAUCUAUGUCAGUGUUGGCGAGCGAGGGGAAACCCCGCUGAGGAGGUGAAAGGGGGCAGUGGGCUACAAAAAAGUAGAGAGAAGAAAGGGGGAUGUUUAUUGGGGGGGUUAGUGAGGGUCACCUCACCUGGUAGCCAAGGAAUGACUCAUUAGACAAGCAGGCACUAAUGAAAGAUUUGUCUGUCCUCACGUUGGCCUUCCUGUCAUGUCUCUCUCCUCAUCAGGAAUUCUGCAGAUUCCACCCUCGCCUUCCUCUGCUGUUUCUCUUUGACAGCAUCAGAUAGCAUCUUGACGGCUGGUUAACAUACAGUUUAUUGAACAGAAGAGAUAAUUAGCCUGCGAUGCCCUUUACGUGCUCUGCAGAACAUGUGCAACCUCUAAUGAAAAGGCGUAUCAUGCCUAACAGAAGGAUCACCCUCCCGAGUUUCACCUAGAAAAUUGACAAAUGGUGCCACUUGUGUUUUCCAAAAGACUUACAGUGAUUGACAAAAACAUAAACUUUCAGUUAAAAGCCUUUGUAAACAUAUCAAUAAACAAAUCAAUCCAAUUUCCACUCAGGAACAAUGAGUGCUGUUAAGCUCUGUGAGGCAGGUUUUGUGUUUACUGGAACUAGGCUGUGGUAUGCAUGUGUAUCAAAUGUCCCUGCCAGGAUAGAGUGUCACAGCACAGAAACCUGAUCUCCUCGCUGCUCCCGUGAGACUUUACAAAAUACUCUCUCCCCACGAUAUCAACGGGAAGUCCAGGUACAAGAGGAAAAGAGGGAAAUCACACAGAGAAGAAUAAACAAGGUUUAUUACUGAGUUCAAGCAAAGUCUUAAAAGGAUCUUUAAAAGGUUUCCAGACAUUUUAUAUUGCAAACCUCUUUUAUGAAAACUCCUGAUGCAGCAGUUCUUUCUGUUGCUGGGAAAACUCCCACAAAGGCAGCGCUCAUCUGACUUUUUGUUCUUAAAUUAUCCCUUGUAUGUUAACACUGCUCUUUUCUCCAGACUAACCCAACCUAAUUCAAUCCAGUUUUUAUAGGCACAUUUCAAACAAGCCUAAACCAAGAGUGCUUUACAGCGAUUCAAAGCAGGUGUCAUUAGAUAUUUGGUUGAUUUUGAUCUUGUCCCAGGCCUUUGCUGUGUGUCUGCUACGAGACCUUCACACCCCCUGGGUCCAUCAAGGCCUCCCUCCUCGUGAGGCCUGCUCCCAAAGACAGAGGCUUCUUUACUCUGUGUGGCCCGACUUAGUUUUCUCCUAAUCUAAACCAUCCUCCCCAUGUGUCUUCCAUCACAACUCUCAAAGCAUUUGAAUAAACUCAAGGCUACAGGAACAAAUUAAUUAAUGCCUGCUUCUCUGUGCACUUUAUAAACUGUCUGUAUGAGUGUGUGCAUGCAUACUUCUGUAGUGUACAUUAAUGUAGGCCUACACAGAAAUGCGCACACACAAACACAUUGCCCAUAUAAUUGUCUCGAUCCACUCUUCGGUUGCACUCCAACCCAAACACGUUGAAAGUGAUCUCGGUCUGAUACCUGCAUUCCCAUUUAACGAUUUCCACCUGAGUGCUAUAAUCUGCUUUUAUUGACCCAUCAUUCACCUUGUGCUUUCAUUCAGGGAGAAAGGGAUAAAAGGGAGGAAAUAAUCUCAGUCCACAAAGUAGCAUGUUACAAGCCGGUGCACAUGGUGGGAGGUCUUCCACCUUAAUUACUUGGAUUUUUGUCUUUGUAAAUUUUGGAAGAGGAGGUUUGGCUUACAAAGUGAGAAAAGGGGAAAAGGAAAAAAUGAGGAGGCAAUGUCGAUGUUGUUAUUACUGCUGUGUUAUGUGACCCAGAGGGUCAUUACGCAUAAUGUAAACCCAAGAGUUUCUCAUGAAAAUACCAGAAGACAGAAAUGAAAGAUGGGUCCGGUUACCCUGAAGCAUGUCUGGUACUGAUGUGGCGCUGUUGGCUCACACAAGACUGUGGUCUUCCCAGACAGUUAGCCUGAGCGCAGUCUGACCACUGAGGUGUCUUCAGGACUCUCUGAGGACAAGCUAAAUGUAGAAAUGGGCUGGGCAAGGGUUUGGGACAGGAGUCCACUCCUAAGGUUCAGCUUUACCCUGACCAGAACUUCACAACCCAAACUGACCUUUAUUUCUGCCCAGCUUUAAUUUCAUUUGAUUGAUUAGAUUGUAACUUAAUAGUUUAUAUUUCCUUUGGUGUUUUGUGUGUGUGUGUGUGUGUGUGUGUGUGUGUGUGUGUGUGUGUGUGUGUGUGUGUGUGUGUGUGUGUGUGUGUGUGUGUGUGUGUGACCAGUGAGGAUGCAGGUUAUUAAUCACUUGGUAAACUAGAUACACAUAUCCCAGAUACCAAAAGCCUGUCCUCUCCCCCUGCGAUAACUUUUUGGUGUAUUUUCUAAAAAGCAGUGAUAUUUAACCAAGGUUUUGGAGUGUUGAUGGUUUUUUUAAGGGUGGAUUAGACGAUUCAAGCGCCUGAUUAGACAGAUCAUCUGUCUGGAUAAUGUGCCCAUCAAAACUGUUGGCCAAAGGCACUGCUGCCUCAAGACAGAACUGCACCAUUAGUGUCUCCAUUUGAGGCUUUUGAAAAUGUUCAGUUGUGCCUGAUUGUGAGUAAAUGGACAUAAUGGCUCUCUUGAUGUUCACUUGGACAUCACCUUAUGAUAUUGAUAUCGGAUAUUGGUCCAAAAAAUCAAAUAUCAGAUUAUAUAAGUCUGCAUCUAAAAUCUCUGAUAUCAGCAUUCCGAUACAAGUAGUCCAUUCCAGACUCAGCUCCAGCACCUCUAUCUAGCAGCACCCGGAUCCAGCAUGUAGAACCCAUGUGAUCACAACAACAGUGUGUACUAAGGUACUACCAAGGAGUAGGAGUGAUGUCGGCCAUGUGGCAGUAUUUUUUAUUAAAGUCUGAAAAAGACGUUGCAGCUGAGUGCAUAACUUAUCAUGCACAAGUUUGUGUAUCGGAUCAAUAUCGGUGUCGGACAAUAUUGAAGGCUACAAUAUCGGUAUCGUAUCGGAGGUAAAAAGGUUGUAUCCAGACACCCCUAACAUCAAAUGUCUCUUUUUCUGGCUGCUGCAGUGGAAUUGCUGUAAUCUGCUCAUCACAGUACUUUAUAGCUUAUUAAGCUCUACAUGUAAGCUGUCAAAAUAAAAGCAUGAAAAUUAAAUGAAUGCAAAUGCAUUUCAUGAGCAGCUUGUUUGGCAAAAAUGCUUAAAUCUAUGGCUUUGUUUGAUUCAUGCUACCCCCAAAAUACACUUAUGAUUGAUCGAUGACAAAAUGAAAACUACACCUGCAAACUUUGUGCCCUAGCUAUUCAUCAGUUGUUGGCUAAAAGGGAGUUAAAAAAAACAGGCUUCACAGACCACUGCUUAUAGUUGGAGAUGUGCAAAGAUGAUUUCAAAGGGGCUCCUCAUGUUUAUGUUUAUACUUUUGUAUUCCUGCAAACCACAUCUUUAAUACCAAUACAGGACAUGAAGGGUUGGCUGAGUCAGUGUUGACGGAUUUAUGCUCCUGCAUACUUGUGAUCUUUCUUAGUUCAAAGUCAGUGAGAUGGUUUUGUGGGCAUGACAGAAAAGAUAAGAUUAAGAAACUGUGAAAACAGAUGGGUGUUCGCGUACGUAUGGUUACUCGUGCGUGUGAUUCUUCUUUUAUUGCUUUGCUUUAUGUCCAUCACAGUACAUAUUAUUGGACUCACACCAUACUCAAGUCUUUUCAACUGUAUCACCUCCACAUCUUAUAGCUGCAGAUUGUAUCUACAUCAUCUAUAGGGUACCAGGGAUCCUCCUCUACAGCUUCUUAUCUGACAGCUCCACUCCCAAAUGCAAACAGAGUUUCAUUUACAGCCAGGCUUGAAGGUUGGUCUUGCCUAGUGGGGUCUUGUGUGUUUUGCUGGCUCUGAUUUGGAUGUGGUUUAUGUGAUACACCUGAUGCGUAAAGCGUGAGCAGAGAUGGUCAUCCUUUUCACUUUAUGGCACUUUCUGGAGACAAAUGCCCAAGCAUUGGCACAGAGGAUAAACUGAGCAUGUAAGACAUGUUUGCAGGUGGAAAAUUCUUGAUUUGCAAACUCAUUUUGAUAACUUGAUAGGUGGUGUCUGGUGUUGCAUUUGGGAUUGGCAUGCAGAGAUUAAUAAAUAGAGCCGUGACUGACAUGUUGCAGCAUUACUGAAAUGUGCAGGCGCUGCCAAAGAAUCACAGGGCCUCAAGAGUGGCACAACACCAGUUGUCUUCUAAACACAAACAUCCAUGAAGUCCUGUCUAAGUGACUCAAGACUCACAGCAGGUUUUCACUUCACUCUCCGUACUCCUGGUAGUCGAGCACAUUCCUGAUGAUUAUAGAAAUUCUGCUACUACUUUUUUAUGAUUGUUAUAAUUACGAGACCAUUACAUCCCUGUAGCUAUUCCAGCUGAGAAAACGUGCCCGUGUGUAGCAAUUUAAGACGAGAAAGCAGCUGUUCCCCCUGGCACAUUAAAAAAAAGAAACACUUUCACUUUGAUGAGUCAUUUCUCUGUCAGGUUCUUGUCAGUAAAAGCCUCAGGGGAGAGAAAAAAUGCUGGAAAAAAACACACUACAUGAUGUCCUCAGCUGCACUCUCGCAUUGUUUUAAUUUUAAGGGUGUCUUGUGUGGUGUAGAGAGUAAUGUGCUACAUAGUUGAUGGCUCUUGAGUACUAAUUUAAUAAUCUUAGGGUUGGGCUGUGGAAAACUACUAAGCUGCUGUUUGUGUUAUUAACUUAACUCCGUCAAACCUUGUGCAGCUCUUCUGUCUUUAUGUUGCUUUUCAGGAUAAAUGUAAUCAGCUUCUAGUUUUGGAUUGUGAGGUUGCUGCAGGGAUUUUGUGGCUUUUGCGAUAAGAAAUUUAGAGAAUAGUGGUUCACAAAUAUUUCUUUGAUUAAAAAAGUGCCUCUGUUCAUUUCCUAAACCAGGCAACCCUGAAGACCUGUACUUUUAGAUGCAUAUUUGUGCCAAAUGGUUUGGAACUAAUCUCCAGUGAGCUAUUUCUCAUUAGAAAUGGGCCUCUUGGAGGUUCAUCUGUGUGUCAACUGCAAGCAGGGAUGAGGAAAAUGCUAAUCAUUUUUAUUUAGUAUUGGAAAAGGAUUAACUUCGAUUGUAAUUUCUAUCACAUAUGCAGUCGUGAAAUUUCCCAGACAAAUCUUCCUUUUUGGACAAAGCAGGAGGGGAGAUGGGGGGACUCUCAGGAGACAGGACACAUGUAAAAAGUCCUCUGUUUUCAAAAUGAGCACAACUCACAAAGAAUAAGAAUGAUACCAACAACUGCCACCUGUUAAUGAAAUGAUUCUGGGUUCAAAUCCCAGACAAAGGCUUUCCACAUGAUGCAGAAAAGAAGUUUUUUCAUAUUGAAGUCUAAGCUGUGAUGUAGUCCCAGAAUUGCUGUCCUAAAACUGCAGCCUAUGACUCUUGAUUCUCCCACCUCAACCUUUAGUGGUUUUAUUUAAUCCAGUCUGUGUCACUCUUCUGGGUUUGCACUCAUCACUUGAUAUGAAUGAUUAUCACCACCUUUAUUAGGGAUGCACCGAUCCAAUAUUUGAUAUGGGCAUCAGUCCUGAUCAUAGACUGUUUAUACUAUGGACAACUUGGUUCCACCUACCGCCUGUAUACGGAUUUGAAGCCAAAUAACUCUCGGUAUUUCCAGGAUUUUUCUUCAUUUCCUGAAACCAGCGAUGCACAGUAGCGAUGCGCGAGUCGGGCGCACAGUCGCCGAGAGUCGCUGUGAUGACGCUCGGCUCAAACAGCGUAUCCCCCCGAGAGAGCUACGCAAUCCCUCAACGCCCGUACAAACCAGUCUUACAGUAACUACAUGUCAACAUCACAAGCAGGGGGGAGAAAAAUUUAUAUUCUGUGUAAUAAAUUUCUAAAGUUUGUCCACAGCUCCAUAAGCUUUGCUGGCGGAGGCGGGAUUUAUGACCUAUACUGCAGCCCAUCAACAGGGGGUGCUGUUCUCGGAGUGGCUUCACCCAGCGAGGAGGCAGACUCUGUCCAUUCUUUAUACAGUCUAUGGUCCCGAUAUUUUAAGAAAAUUCUAGAUGGGGUGUUGACAAUGGGCCCGAUCAUACUUGCUUGAUCGUGAGUGGCUUUCACAAGUAAACAUGCUGAGCGGAUGCCCGCAUUGUUUGCAAAAUGGAGCGAGCAAAGCUGUCUGUUAUUUUUAACUUUAUCGCAAUACCUAGUCUACAAGCUUGACGGCCAAUACCUGCGCAGUGAACAUUCUGAGGUGCAGUGGUAAAACUUCAGGUAACAACAAAAGGUAAUUCAGCCAACUUUUCUGUAUCGGAAUUGGAUCGGUAUCUGCCGACACUAAACUGUAGAUAUCUGUAUCGGUAUUGGAGGUGAAAAAAGCGGAUCGGUGCAUCCCGACCCUUUAUGUUGAGUUUUCUUAAGAAUAUCAGCAGCUACAUUUUCACAUCGUUCUAACUUCUAGUGGUAAGUUUUCCAAGGAGCUGUCUGUAGAAAUUCCAGUUGAAGUUGAGGUGAAAAAUUUGGCCCUUUGCAUUCAGUCAUACAAAUCAUCAAGAACAUUUCAGCAAGAUUUCUGGAGUUUUUGCAUGUUGCUUGACUUUCACACACACACAAACCACUGGUUCUUUUCAAGGAGGAAUUUCUCUUCUACACACACUCUCUCUCACAUACACACACACACAUAGGAAAUAGCCUCUGGGGUUUGUUUAAACCCAGUGGUAGCCCAGGUGCUGAUGCAUCACCGUUGUAGUGCUGUGCAGUGAUCUGGACAGAAUCAGCGUCGGUUGUUCAGCAGCGCCAUAUGUAAUUCAUCUGUUGACUGAUUAACUCUCAGAGUCCAUGAGGAAGUGCAGUGGAGGCUUUGAGAUGAAAAAGUGCACACACUGAUUCAAGGCCUGGGCUUAAGUAGGAACACAAAUCAAGCUUGCUUUGUUGGGUGAAGGUGUGAUGAGUAACCCAGAGUAUCUCUCUCUGUCUUUCUGCUCUAGUGAUCAGAGUGCUUGUCUGUUUAGAGAUUCCUAAUCUUAACUCUGAGUCACCUCCAUAAAAGCAGAGGCUGUGCCCCAAUCUUGACCUGCAGAAGAGGGCACAACAGUUUGGCCUGUUUUUAGAUGAUACAGAAUCAACUUUGAGCUCUAUUUUUGUGUUGCAUAAUUAUGUAACUGGACAUCAGUCUGUAUCAAAUGGAAGUACAGGUUUGUCUCUGUGUAAAUCAUAAAUAGAAUAUGUUUGAAUAGUAUUUUGUCUGACCUCAAAACCUACAUCAAAGCACCAGGUGCAUUUAAGUAUAUAUUUUUGUAUCUAAAUAACUUUUCUAAAUUUUGUCGCCUUAAAUUUCAGUUUUGCGACAACUUUUUAAAAAAGUCCCUCAGCUGGUCGGAGUUUCUUUCUGCUUUUUAUAGAGACAUAAAUCACCAGCAUUGCUCAGCUUCCCCUUUUAAUACCUACAGACUUGUAGAGAUUUAUCCCUUGUGGAUGUUGUCACCAAGUUCUGGCCAGGACUCUCCCAUGAAAGACCAGCACUCAACUAGUCAUUAUGCUUCUAAGCCAUGUAAGGCGCUGAAUACACAAACAUUUAAAGCUCUGGUCCAGUGAUACCAAAUACCAUUAGAGUCAUAAAGUAGAUGUGAAACAUUUUCUGCAGAUAAGCCAUCAGCUGGAACUGGAUUGUAAGGGUUUUGAUUUCAUUUUGCAGUCUUUUCAUAAGGGAGCACUCUAAUAGUACAGCCUAAUCCCAAGCUGUCUGCAUUACAGAUUCAUCCCCAAUGAUUUAUGGUGUGACCUAAAAAACAAUCAACUUUAUUAAAAAGACUGAACCAUGGUUCGACUCACACUUUGGCUUGUUCAGGUCGAUUAAAAGGUCAUUUAGUGGUCCCAAAUGUUAAUUAUUCAGAUGUUUUAUAGCCUGUAAACAAGUUUCCCUGUAACACUGUUUUGUUGUUUUCACAAAGGGGUUGGAUUUCAUGAUGUUGCAUGAUAGUUGUCUCACUGGGCCUCUAUAGAGUGGCUCUGAACUUUUAUUUGACUCGUUAAAAGGUUGUUUGUCACUUUCAUGGCACCCAAGGACAUCAGACGGUCUGGUCCAGUGUCUACAAGUAGCCUGUAUGUGCCCACAGGACUGGCAAUACACACACACACACACACACACACACACACACACACACACACACACACACACACACACACACACACACACACACACACACACACACACAGCCUUUGUUUCCUUCUUUGUGUCGUUAUUUCUGAAAUACACUCGGUGCAUGACUUUGUGUUUCUCACUACAUGCUCUAAAAUAGUUGUCAGCUGUUUGUGAAGAAGAGGAGCUCUUUAUCUUUGUGUGUAUGUAUACUAUAUGUAAGUGUAAUUGUGUGAAUGAGCAGUGUCAAACGGCAACAUUUUCAUGUGUUGUGUCCAUUUAUUUGCUCGCUAAAAUUGCAUGUUGGUGCUUUCAUGUUCUAAAUAAAGGCAGUCCUGCAUCAACAUUGAUUAAUCAUCCUCUUGUAUCUGCAGCAGCUGCAAUGAUGCAGAACUCAGCCACAAUUUAAAGUGCUUUAUGCAGGGUUUGUGUCAGUGUGUGGGUGAGAGAGAGAGAGGGGAAGACAGAACUGGCUCGGGUGCAUGUAUGUUUGUGUACAUGCCUGAUUUAUGCUGAUUAAGAUUUAAUAUAGAAUCUAAAAGCAAGACACUACAUGUAAAAGUCCAUUAUGGGCCAUGUCAAAACAGUAAAAAGCUGGUGGUGAAUGAAAAGAAAAGAGUGAGAGUGAAGGAAAACGUGAUAUUACCUAACAGUGCUGCACUGGACUGGAUUGGACUCUGCUGUACUGUAUCUGCAGCAGCUUUUGCUGAGUCAGAGAGAGUUCACUCAGCAGUGAUGAGUGAGCCACAAGGAUUGUGCUCAAUGCUGCCACUCCCUGGCAGACCGCACACAGGGUGAAGGAUUGUCAAAGCAGUUGCAGGAAAUGUUUGCCUCAAUCACAAGCAUCUGUCAUCUGUCAUUUCUCCUACGGUACUCUUCAGGGAUUCAGCCUCUGAUUUAACGAGUGUGUAUUGUUUGUGUGUAUUGUGGUGGCUAUUGGCUUGAGUUUCUGUCCUGACUCUGUAUUAUGCUAUUAUUAAGCUACAGAUACGGCUUUGUCAGCAGGAAACAACCCCUGUUCACUAACUCUCUGCAGAUGUGCUCUGAGUUGCCCCUCGCUUUUUUUUAUGCAGGGUAUUUUUCACAUUUAGCCAUUUCAGAUAAUUACUGCCAGUCAUUUUUGCAUGACUUAGUAAUUAGAAAGUGAUUUCAAAGGAGACGUUUGUAGUAAAUCUUUGAAACAUCUUGUAUAAUGCAAGCAGCACACUGACAGGCCGAUAAAAAGGCACUUUAAUGAAGGUUGAAUCUCAUGUCUGUUUAUGUAACCACUCUAAAUCCUACUGUAUUAUAAACUUAUGGUAUAUGUGUGACUGUCGGUUAAUUGUUUUCCUCUGUCUUUUUUUCCUUCUGCACAGAAAAACUGUACAACUCAACUGGACGGGAGCUACGGAGGGCCCUCUUUUCCCUCAAGCAGAUUUUUCAGGUAAUUAUGUCUCUUGUUUUCAUUACACAAUUUCAUGACCAAAAAGCUGCUUUUGCCAGUAUAUAUGUAGCGCCCUAUGCCAUGCACAGAGGCUUCAGAUGUGCCCGUGUAUGUAUACAAAUCAGCAUGCAGGGACUUUAUUUAGCAUGCACACGUGUGUUAGUGCCCACAUACACACUCAUACUUGGACACAACAUUGUUUUCUUGAGGCAGAGUUGUGCUGCUGAGAGUUUGCCUUCGUGGCAGCUGUGGAGCAUUCAGGUCUGGUCACAAUUCACACACAGGGCUGGGCUGGCCUGGCGGGCAGUCAGACAUAAAGGGGGAGGGUUAACCGACAGUUAGUUUGGAAAAGAGAGCUACAGAAGUUGAUGCAGGCCCAGAAUAGAUGAGUACACUUCACUUCACAUACAUUGUGACUGACUUUGCAAGAUUUUGGACUAAGAUUUUUUAUAAUUCUUACUCUAAAUAAAGUCCACAUGAUUUAAAUAAUAUUUUUUUUCUCUGUUUACUGUGAAAGUGAAGAGUGUACAUAUGAUACUAACAUGGCUGAGUCAUUGACAGGUGUCAGAGGUGCAGGCAGUUUUGUCACCAAGAACAGAAGGAGUGAAAUGAACAGGCUGAAACCUGCUCUUACAGUAGCUUAAACUUAAUUUGUAACAACAGAGUGAUUAGAGAAUAAAUGAAGAAUAUCAAACUCAUCAGAGAGAAAUUUGUUGACUUUUCCUGGCAAACAGUGUCAUAAUAAUAUGCUGCUGAAUACGCUCACACAGAAAGCCUUUUUUGUUGUUUGCCUAUUCACAUUACUUUAUAUAAUUAUUAUUAUUCAACUUCAUUUCAGACCUCCCACAGGAUGGUCUAUAUCACAAAAAAAUACACACAUACAGCAAAAUAAACAUGAGAAGAUUAAAAAAAAGAAAACCUAGUAAAGGCAUGAGCGCCAGUGGCUCCACAGCCUUGAGACAAACCUGACCGAGCUGCGUUGAGGUUUGCAUAUUACAGAAAUGAUGUUGUUUUCAGACACCUCAACUUUACGCUUAAAUCUGUACAUUAACUUACAAAGCACUGCAGGGCAUGUCGGUACACCAACACUUACAAACAGUGCUACAGCCCUGAGGAGUUCUGAGCAGCAGCCUCAUACCAUCAUUGUAGGCCACAAGUGACCUUGUCAGAAUCCUGAUCAGACUUCUGUGUGAACUGAUUACAAUCCUGAAGAAACUCCCCUGAGCAUGACAGUAACAAUAAAAACAUCCUAUGGCAAGGGUUUAAAAAAAGUAAACACAGUCACAUAUGAACCAAAAAACAAACAAGGGUCAGUUUUGACUCCAGUCUGAAUGUAUUGAAUAUAUUGAAGAUAUAUUCAGCUUAGAAUAAUGUUUAAUCAUUGACUCCAUUAUAAUACAGCAAAGGUGUAAAGCAUGCUUCAUUCUAUGCAGCUUAAAAUGUUUGCUGAUCUUGUUGCAAAGAAAAGAGUAUUUAUUUCUCAGUGUUUUCAGAGCAUCAUGGUCACCAUAGAUCAUAAAUGUGAAAAAAGUUCCUGCAGCUGUUUUUAUUUCAUAUUAAUAAAACUUCUUUUGAAUGAUAGGAAUGAGUUUUUUGAGCUUUAGACGACACAUUCCUGACAGUAAAAGCUCUGCAAGAUUUGCAACCAACUUUCAUGAAGUGAAAGAUUUAUGAAACUUUGUGGACUGUUAUGUAGUUUAUGAGUGAACCAGCGCAUCAAAUGAGUAUUAAUUAUUGGGAUAAAUGAGCUAUUUAAACUGUUCAUCCCCUGGCUCUGUGUACUGUAUGAUGGAUAAUGGCUUUGAAACAUUCCUCUCUUCCUCCUUGACCUUUCUCCAGGAUGAUAAGGACUUGGUGCACGAGUUUGUGGUGGCAGAAGGACUCACGUGUUUGAUUAAAGUGGGAGCUGAGGCCGACCAGAACUACCAGAACUACAUCCUUAGGGGUACGUCAACAACAGAGCAACAAAAGCUCACAGUACACUGGUCUCUACUUUCUCACACCUUAAUUUACGACUCAGGCUAAUCGAGGAUGUUAUUAAUCAGUCAUGUAACGCUUUUAUUUCCAUAAACCUAUCCAAACCACAUGUGUUUGCAUACACCAUGUUAAUUGAUGAAUCUGCCUGAUGACCUCCUCACAUUCACACACUCAAAGCAUAUAAACAAACUCAAAUGUGUGCCACAGUCAAUGUGGAAAUUAGGCCAAGUCCAGCAGCUGCUUGAUUUAUCCGUCCCAUGUCGAUGAAGUGAAAGAUCACACUGUUUGCAUUGUGGUUCAUGAGGGUCCCGGGCAGCAUGUUCAGGGAUACUACAUGGCCACGGGGUUCAUGGCGCUCAAUUCAAGGUCACUACCAUUUAACGGCCUGCUGUGAGAGGGCAGGUCACACAUGCUUAAGCGGCCAGUAAAAUUUCUGGCAGGAUAUUGCAGAUCAUAAAACUAAUUCCCCCCCUCCUCUUCUUUUUCUCUCUGUCUGAUUUUUUAUUUCUUUAUAACUUGCAGCCUUUCUCUUAGUUAUCCCGAGUUAAAACAUCAUCAAUUUAUUGCCUAUUUGCUCACAGUUCAUAAGAACAAUGUUGACAUGAACUUGGAUCUAACUUUUUGUGUUUCAGUCGACUUAAUCCAGAAACCUCUUUUGUUAUUUCUUCAUUAACCCGCACUAACAAGAGUCACAGUGUACUUGACCCUCAUAAUUUGGGUCCACAUUUCCAUCUGAAGUUAACCCCCCUCAUGUUUAUUCAGUUAGAGCCUGUUAACUACUUGCCCUCUCAUUUUCCAACCUUCUAUUUGUUGACCUUUCCUGUUUCUGAAAAAAAAUCAAAGAGCAAAGGGCAGAUGUCUGUGACAAAGAACUGAUGUUAGCCCCCUUGGGUAAGUAAUAAACAUGAACACGACCCCCGCCUGGACUAGCUCUGGAGGCUUUGGUCUUUAAUGUUUGAUGCUUCAUGUGAUCUCUGACUCAGAGAGAUAAAUCACACAAAGUAAAUGACCUAACAAGGUAAAAGAGAGAGAGCAACAGGAAACUUUGGGAAACUUUAGAGUUGUUAGAGCCACUCAACUUUUAAGGAUCUUUUUACCCCUUCCUGAUUUUGAUUAACUUUUUUCAUUGACUUUCCAGGAAGUUUUGAUCAAACAUCUGUGCCACAAUAUUCUCUCUUUAUUCUUUUGAGUGCUAAUUUAUAACCUCACUCCCUCCAGUUUUCCCUUUACAUCACCAUGAGAUCCGAAACCAAAGUACCGCUCUCCAAAAAGCCCUUUUAACCUAUUUCAACUCCUGACCUAAUUUUCUCUGGACCAGCAGAGGAAAUGUGGAGUAUAGCAGGUCACCCUCCCUGGUGAUCCAUGUGUUGGAGAAGGCAAGUCGAGCAUGUGCUGUAGCGCAUACGUACAUGUCAGAAUUGUACACGGAUCCCACCGCUUUACUGUUGAUGACUUCCAAGAGGAGCUUUGUCAUUAGGAUUCCCAGGAGAGGAGUAAAUUUGAUGCCUGAAAUGUUCACACGUGCAGAAAGAUAAAGACGGAGAGACAGAGUGAGAUCCUCCAGCGGUAAUUGGUUUGGUUUCACACAUUGAUCACUUCUAAUGUGGGUUUUUUGCUGUUUUGUCUUCCAAGUUGAGGCCAGUAAUAGAGAUGAAAAAAGAAAAAACGAGGAAUGUGGUCUUGAACCCAUCUGUCUGGUGCACAUUAAAAGCCUCCGACAAAACAAUCUUGCUCUCUUUCAUGAAUAAAAAUCAAUCUUCUGGUUCUUCUGUAGUUGAAAAAGGCACACAUGCACACCAGUCUGCAUGCUUUUUUUCAUAAAAACAGGUUCCCAGCCUGAGCUCUCUGGAACAUAGGCGUCAUUGUAGAGCUCACCCACCAAUCUACACCAUCUCACUUUUUUGUUUUCCUCAUAUUUUCAUCCAUCUUCUCAAAGCCCUGGAGGUGUCUGUGGCCAGUUAGUGCUCCCUCAGUGAUGUGUGGAGUUUGUGGGUCUGCCUGGCUGGGGUCAGGGCCCCACUAUGGGCCCCUCACACCUGGCUCGGAGGGCUUCCAGACCUGGGUUUAGCUCCUUGGAGGCGUGCUUUGUUGGCCCAGGGGAAGGCUUGUAUGCCUUUAUCACCCCAUCAGUGAGAAAGGCUGUGAGGUCACUUAUUUCAGAGGUGCCUGUGCCAUCUGGUCCUCCUGUCGGCCUCACACUCUGCCUGCUGAGGUGCUUAAAACACACAGGAGCCAAAAAGGCAAUAAGUAUGAAAAAAGCAUUUACAUGAUGUUAGUUUCUCGGCGAAGACGAACAUUAAGGUGGCGUUAAUCUCAACACAGGACAGGAAGGCCCCUCUCUAAAAGCAUUUCAUUCUUGAAGCUUUGGUUGAAGAAGUGAAAAGCUGAGUAAGGUUUCUGAAGCUGCUACUAUCUUCAAAAUGCAUGGGCCCCAUGAGGUUUUAAAACAUAUUUAUGACCCAAAAAGACAUUUUUAGAUACUUAUUUACAACUCAUGACGAAUUGAUGAAACACUUGAAUUGUGUAAUAUACAAACACAAGAAAGGAUUCAGCUUUUUUCCUCACUGUUGCCCUAGUGCUGCUGUCAUUUGUGUCAGUCUGUCUGUCAACCUUAAUUCAGGUUAAUAUAUCACAACAGAUAUUUAUUUAACCUUUAUUUAACCAGGUUUGUCCCACUGAGAUCUGAGGAUCUCAUUUGCAAGGGAGACCUGACCAAGAAUGGCAGCAAUACAUGGUUACAACAAACAGUCAUACAGACUCAACACAGAAUAAAAAUGUGAGGAAACAUCAGUUAAACAGAGACAUUCUGAGAGUUUGGACUCCAGCCUUUUAACUGCAGAUUUGAAAACGGUCAAAGACACCAAGUUUCCAUGCGCAGGGGGCAGAGAACCUGAAAGCCUUCUUUCCCAUUUCAGUUCAGACUCUGGGGACAACAAACUGUAUAAAUCUCAAUGAUCCCAGGUUGUGUAAUCCGUCCUUAAUGAUCAAUAAGGACGAGAGGUAGUCCGGAAUUCUUCCAAGAAUGCCUUUGUAAAUGAAAACGUACCAAUGACCAAGCCGACGAGUACUUAAAGAAGUCCAACUGACUUUGGGGAAUAAAGUACAGUGAUGAGUUAAAAAUCCACAAUUUGUAGUACUUGACAUUAAAUUAAGUAUAUAUAUUAAUGUGGAUGAAUCUCAUUAUUGUUAGGGUUAGUUAAAAAUUGGCAUAAGUUUGCUGUGGCACCACUAAGCAGAUCAGAGCUUAAGCUUAUUUCAUAGUCAUUGUCUUACCUGCUCAGGUGUUUGCCUUCAGUGCCAUCACAAGGUUGAUAAGUUAAAGUAAUUCUAGUGAAUUAUCUCAACAGCUGUCAUUACAGCUAUUGUCUGGGUUGCUAUGACGUACUAAAGACAUCAGGCUGUUGAUUUGUGAAGCAUGUGCUUCAAACAGCACCUGCAUGUCAUUAAUACAAAGAACCAGUAGCAUUUCUCUUCCUUUGUCUUUACUUGCCAUCUAUUAUCUUAGAUUGAGAAGGAAAAAACAGGUUUUCAUCACAGGACAUCACUGUUAAGAGCUUUGCCAGGACUGAAUGAAAGCAGCUUGUGCAAAAGGUCAAACAAGUUGCUGUACCGAACUCAAACCUUUUCAGCGUGGACAGAAAAAGAUCCCAUCAGUGCUUAUUAUCAUGAGCAAAACACAGAAACCAGCUGGAAAGACAAAUGACACAUUUUUUCCUGGACUUUGGUUUCACUUGUAUUUACAGAACUAACAAAAGUAACAACUGUGUUUAAUUGGUAACUGUAAAAAGAGAGCGACAGUGAGCGCCAGAUUAAAGACAAACCAAUUACAGUCAACUUGAAGCAAUUACUCUCCGCUUUGAAACGCUCACUGUUGACAUUUCUCAACAUAAGCUUUGUUUUUAGUAACACUUUCUCUGUUUGCACUUUUGAAAGGCCACGCCAUGCCGGUGCCCGCAUACUGUUGUUUACAAAACACUUGCCAUUUCUAAGCCGUGGUGACCUCCGAUUGAAAGCGAAGCAUGUUUUUGAUUCAUUAGAAUGAAAGGAAAAUCCCCUCAUUUCACCUUUAGCGUUUUGGAUCCAUCUUUAAGAAAACAGGCUCUUAAACUUGACAUAAAUUCCCUUUAUACCCAGAGAGCCAUAUCUCACCACAUGCUGUAUUUUAUUUUAUAUACACAAGCUAACAUGCUUUAAGUUAUACUUGUGAAUUUAUAGCUAGCACCGAAAUGGGAGUCGCGCUGUAAAUGCUCCAAAUGUAUUACUGUAUCAAAUAAGUCAUGACUAUAUUUCAUUUCAUGCUUUUAUAGCGUCCAUUCUUGCUCUUCCUUUCUAUCUUUUUAUACCUCUCUCUGUUUUUCUCCUUCUUGCUACCUUUUUGGGAUCUUCUGUUUUCAAUGCCACGGUAGUUAUAAUUCUAUAAGUUAAAGCACCUUGACUUCCUGGUAUCCGGAGAGGACUGGGGGGAGGGGCUGGCUCUGUGGGCCUGAAAGGGAGAUGUGCUUAAGUCAAGUGUUUCAUUGCCUUUUAAACUGUCUGGGUGCAGGAACAUUGGUCCCAGUACGACACUCAGAGCUGCUUUUAGUGUCACACACAGCAGUGACUUAUAUGUCCUGCAAGUGCACCUGAAACUCAAGAUCCUUUUGUUGAAGUUGCCUUGAGUUUAGUGGUCUGACUUUUUAUAUGUGAAUGAUCAGCUGGGCAGAACAUACUGGGACAUGUCUUUGCACACUCUUUGAGGGAUUCAAAGGCUAAAACAAACACAAAUAUGCUAAUGUUCUUUCUUUUUUAUUGUCAUCUUUGGAUGAAACACUGGGUCUGUUGUACAACUACAGAGAAAGUGGUAUUUUAUUUCUCUUUGAUACAAACCAGGAUCAUUGUUUUGGUGUAAUUCUCUGACCCAAGCCCUUCAAGUAUUUAACAGAGCAUAACUGAACCCUCCUUUUGCUGCUCUGGCUGUUUUAGCCGAGCAGUAAGUGAAAACACAGACAUAGUUGGGUUAACAGCCUUGUUGGAAGCUCUUGUUGGAAACAGUGCAUAUUGUGUUGUCUGGCUGUGUUAUAGGUCGUCAGUUCUGGAGAGAGGGGAAACCUUUACUACAGCCCAUCGUCUGGGUAAACAUUUCCAUUCUGUCUGGGGGCUGGGUCAAGAGGCUUUGUGCUAAUGUAUCUAUGCAUCUGCUGCUUAUUGUAGCAGCGAGCAUGUCCUUGUUUGUUUAAUCAGGAAGGAAUGAUACAUAAGGGAAGUUGAGCAAAUGUUCAGGUUAAUCCUCCAGGAUGAGGGAAAUUUAAGAGGGAAAACACAGGAACUGCUGACACACAUGUGGACAAGCCCUGUUCGGAGUGUGAAGGAGAUCUCGAGGAAUGCCCGCGUCGCACCAAUAGAAACUCGAACUUCUGGUUUUUUGUAAUGAGAUCCCAUGGGAACACCUGCAUGUUUUCCACCCGAUCUCGUGCAAGUCUGAGAGCUGGUGUCAGCUCCUUCUGCCCCUGUGUGUAAAGACUUUGAAUCUGAAAAACACUCAGUCAUCUCCACACACCUUAAUGGCAGCUUUUCAGCACGUUUAAAAGUUGAUUCAUUCACACUUCUGUUCAAAUGUGCAGGUCAUAAUCCAAAGGUCACUUGGUUUUAUUUCUUGUGUUUACUUCAUGACAAAAGUCCAAGUUAACUUCGAAACCAUAAACCAUCAGCCCGCUGAAAAAUGCCAAAAAUUACAUUCAUUGCUCACGAGGUUUGGUCCUCGUUAAAGCCGGUUAUAUUUUGGAAAAGCCAAUAAUAUUUUCAUGUGCAAUUUGAGGUCUGAGACACUUUUCCAAGAUGACAGAAAUGACUUCAUUUGGUUGGAGGAAAUUUAGGAAAUGAGUGCUACACAUGGUUUUAGCUCAGCUCUCUCUCUCUCUUUACUCUGCUGGCAACGUUUUUGUCCUUGCCUGCAGCUUGGCCUCUCUCUAUUAAAUUAAGUCUGCAGCUUUCAAAGUGACGGGCAUACUUGUUGCUGCACGAAAACAUACACAACUGUAUGCUCUAUGAACUGUUUUAAACAGUCACACCACCUGUCAUUUUAAUGUGCUUUUCCCACAGGUUCACAAUAAACACUCUGAAGCACUAAAAAAGUCCAGCCAACCUUUGACUGAUUAGAGAAACAAGAUGAGGUGUCAUGUUUUUGGUUAACCUUAAGAGUCUUGUUCUCACUGGAUACGUCCCAACCCUGUCCCCCUCCCAUAUCAGACCCCUCUAGACCUUUUCUUAUCCCCCUCACAAGAGCAGACCGCUUGCAUCUGAACCCAAUUCAACCCCACCUGGCUGACCUAUAUUCUGCUCCCCGUUCUCCUGUCAUCUGCAGAAGUUUUCAGGCUUUGAAAACCAACUGGCAGCAGAAUUACAACCCUGCUCUGAAGCCUGUUUAACUGUAGCAGAAUUCAGUAUACAAGCCAAUUAUAUUACGAGAUUGUUUGAUUUGGUUCAUUUCUCAGGCUCGCAUUUUGUCAUCCCUGACCUUGCUGUCUAAGAUACAUAAACUAUGAUUUGGAGAAAAAAUAAAUCUCUUGCAGUUGUGCGGCAUACAGGUUGAUAGACUGAAAUCUUGAGUAGUGGAGUGGGUUUUACAGCUGAUUCCUGUGAGCUGACUGUUCUGUGGGACUGAUUUCAGCAUAUGGCUGGCCAGAACCAGAGCAAAUCACGCCACUGCUCUCUCAAGAGCAGUAAGAAUUUACCGCAGCUCAUCUUUCAGUUCGCUUUACAAGUGGGUGGAUGUUAUUCAGUAGCUUUUCUCCAAAGUCUUCCCUGCUUGGACGAGAUGGAAAGAGCUCAUUUAUUGGGCUUUCCCAAGCUAAUCUUUGUCCUAGAAUGAUGAUUUUCCACCUCUAAUCUAGAAAUCGUAUUUUUGUACAAAGGAAAUAGAUAGAACAUGUUUCACAUUUUAUCUUCAUCAUCUACUGUGCUCUACUCAGCACCGCAGUAGUUCAUCAAGUCUGCAGCACCUCAUUUAGAGCUUCAUCAGCCAAACACUGAAGCCCCCCCCCCUCCUCCGCCUGACUUCAUGCUAUUGUUCCAUUAAGUCUGUUUGUUUGUCUUCAGGGAGUUUAUUUGGGAAUGAGCCCAUAGUAAACUGUGUCAAAUACUGGCAGACAUAUAUUGGGGCUGAACGUGGGAGCAUCCCCCUGUUGUUUUACUGUAUGGAGCGAAACGUUAAGUCUGGCAGCAGGCUGACAGUGAAUUGGUCUGGCAGAGGCUGUUUUGUUUGGCUGUAAUGGUCUAGGUGAUUAGCUGAAUUGCAAAUGGAAAGUUACCUAGAAACGAGUCUUUUCUAGUUCAUAUGGCAACGGCUCUUAAAGGGGUUUGAAUGAGAAACGGUCUCUUUAUAGCAGACAGACUGCAGUAAUGAUUUAUGUCAGCAUCAGAAAGUGUGGCACACUUUAACACGUUGACACAAAAUACUGGCAUAAAGUUUUUUCUUUUUGUGUGUGUGUGUUUAUACACUAAAAAGUCGUUCCCUCCGAUUCACAGUUAGUCAUAUCAGCCUCUUGUAUGUGUUGAGUGUUGACUUGUAAGGUAAUAACAUGCUGUGGACUAUUUAACAUUGCUGUUCUCCUUCAGGUCUUUCUUCACAGUUGACACACCUUUAACUUAAAUGAGAGACUGUCACUUUUACAUUGUUGUGGUUAUCAUCUUGUACUCACUAUUAAAAAAGAGAAAGUAUGGGAAGUCAUUUUGUCUUUAUAUAUUCCCAUAAUCAAGUACGGACGCUAAGACACUUCUGAGAUUUCACCAGUUGACUUUAAUUGUUGUGACAUACACGGACAAGAAUUUACAUAAAAGUCUUUUUUCAGACCUUGCUGUAAAACACAUCCAGCUCACAUGGGCACAGGGAGGCACACUUCAGACCUGAGAGUAGCUCUCAGCUAAUGCAGACCAUAAUAAGAUAAGAGGCCCUAAGUUGCACUGUGAGGGAUGGAGAUUUGGCCCGGUCCCAAAGUCCUGGUAAAAUAAAUGUUGCACGCUGACAGACAGUUUGGCUGACCCAGUUUUGAUAAAUUCCAAAAUGUUAAAUGAAACCAAAGGGGCAGAGUGGUGAGGGGAAGGGGAGCGGACAGUUUUGUAGUGGUGGAAGCUGUUGAGUUGAUUUCUCACAUCUUGAUAGAUAAAAAUGUCCUUUUUUUUUUACUCUGCUGGCUUGUGUUGGUGCUGCCACCCAGACCUCAGAGUGCUUCUCACCUCCCUGGCCGUGGUCAGGGAGCUGCCCUUCCUGAACAUUCCUGGGGCUGUGGAGGAUAAUUGCUGCGGUUUGUGAGAGGGAGAGGCCCUGAGGAAACACUUCCACCAGACCUAAAGGUUUUACUUCUUAGAGUUCUGGUUCAGACACAGGACCAGGGUCUAUCUCUUCCUCACUGCAAGUUCUCAAUCUACACUUCAGCCAAAAACCUUACUGAAGCAGUGAAAGAAAUAGAGUGGAAGAAGGCUGUACAGAUGCCAGACUGCUCAUUGAACACUCUCAAGUCUCUUUUUAGUUUCCUCCUCAGCUCUCGUCCCCACUAAUAAUGGCUUACAUUUAAAUUCUAAUCACUGUGCUCGAGGGAAGCUCAUUGUCUGCCAGCGUCUCAUUACGUGACAUACAUGCAGAGGGACUCGGCGGUGUUAUUGUUACACUUUGUGUGAGGUACCGAGGAGCUGCUCAUGAUUACUCGAAUGGAGGCCCACAUUUUUGGCUCCUGAUCAGUGACAGACUCAGCACUCACAUGUUCUUCUUAUUAACUCUCUUCGUGAGUUAUUGAUGAGUGUCUGUUGGGGAGUUUCAAAACAAAUCCCAAGUUAUGGACCCACAGUCUCAGUUCUUCACAAAGGCACAGCAAGGUCAGGAAAUGCACCAAAGUGUAAAGAUAUGAAAGCCUUAAGUGCUUUCCUUCCUUUUCCGACGCAGUUUCAUGACUAAUUUAAUCACAAGUGUGUGAGAAUCCAUUUGAAGCUCACAAAGGUGAUUGCUUUAAGAGUUAUUAGAUGUUUCCUCUUAACGGUUUCUGCCCAGACUUUGAGCGCCGCACUUUCUCAUAAUAGAUGGUAAUUUUGUUUUUUAAACACAGUUACAGUAUCAAUUUACCUCACUGUUCUUCUCAGGCUAACUGCGCUCCAUGUGGUUUUUGGUACUUAAACUGAAAUUGUACAUAAAUGGCAGCUCGCACUGAAUAAUUCCACGAAGCAGCAUUUUUAAUGAACCUGAGAGUAAAAGUAAUGACUGUGUGGUUUCUGGCAUGGUUCACAAGUGUUUAAAUAUCAUAUCAUAUCACUUCUGUAUCAUAACUACUCGCUAAAUUAGAGCCACUCAUGGUAUAGAAAUGUAUCCUGAUGUUAUUUUACUUGGAAAUGUGUUAAAGCAAAAGAGUCGCCCAUGGCCUGUUGAUGCUGUCUUUAUAUAACGUCCUAUGAUAACAUGUCAGGAUGAUCUGAACAUGGUUUCAUUUUGCGGUUGGCUUUUGGGAGCCAUCAGGGACGUCUGAUCUGUCAGCAGCUGAACAUUCAGCUUUGUAACGACACUUUUAAAAGCCUCAUUAAGGUUACCUAUCUUCUCUCACCAGUGUUUUCAGUGGACAUUCCUGAAAACCUCAUGAGGGGAGAUACUAUACACAGGUGCACGCGAGAGAUAAAAGAUUGUGGGUCAGACAUCGGCUACCUAUUUAAAAACAAGCGCACAGCUCAUUACUCAUCUGAAAAGCCUGAGUGUAGAGAGAAUCGGCGUGAAGGGUUAAGAUAGCUGAUUCUUAUUCAUUAGCUUUUCGAAUGAUUUUACCUAAGGGGUUUUUUCUAGACUCUGUAGACCAGCUGUAGGUUAUAUCAGUACUGCUGUCACCUGUCUGUCAACAGCAGCUCUGUACCGAGUGGGGGGAGUCACAAGAGAGUGUGACAUUCUGGCCCUCGCUGACUGAGGGGGUUAAUCAUGUUUUCAUAAACACACUCUGAUGUGGUCGGCUUUGAUUCGCUGUAUUGUCCUGACUGCAGCGACACGCAGCCCUGAACGCCCAGCGGGAGGAGACUGAGGUCUGACAUGUUGUGAGUAAUUAUCCCUGAUUGAUAAAAGAUGAACUGCAGCCCUAUGCACACACACACACACACACACACACACACAGUCAUUCAUCCACUUCUACACACAGACCCAUACACACUCACACACAGCAGCAGCUGCACCUGAGAAUUUUGGCUUAUCUGCAGCAUAUUCACAGUUUUCAUGCUCCUUCUGAGAAAAGGGGAGGAGGAAUAUGUGACAGAGGCUUGAAAGAAACUUUUUAAGCAUGGAUGAAAAAGGAUGACAUAGUUUUUUCAAACGGAGAUCCUGUUACCUUUUAUCAAUUUUUUCCAAGUUCCUAACUUUUCUCAUUAAUUUCUUAUUCCUUUGUAAAUUUUCUGAGAUUAUAAAACACCUGGGUGUUCAGCUUUUGCAGCCCAUAAAAGAUUUUCCAGCUUCUCGUAUAUCAUUUAGCUCCAUCAAUACGAGUCCUCCACUUUUUGUCAUGUUUGAAAACGGCCGAGGAAUUUAAUGACUUUUUCAGAAAAUCCUCUUAGGUAUAACCCCCCAAAACCCCAGCUCCUGCCAAGAAAUCGUCAAACAGUCUCCAAAAAAUGUUCCACUUUCGAUGUGUUCACUUGUUUAUACUUCAGCCCUUUUUUCCCUCGUGUCAGCUAAUGCAUCACCUCGAGUUUCAGAGGGUUCAAGCUGAGCUCAUGCUGCUGCUGUCAUCUUAAUGUGAAUGUAGUAACCCCUGUUGUGUGGACAGCCACUGAGAUGCUCUUUGAAAUGAAGAAAAAAAACGACUACAUUUUUAAAGGGGGCUUUUGUGUGUUCCAACUCAUGUCCAGCAGUGUUCAUUUCCCUGCCCCCUCUCCUUCUCUAACAGAAGCCUUUCACAUUUACUGCCCCCCACUGAGAUCCCUUGGCUCUUAUUAUGUUCUUAUUUAUGUAUCCUGUUACAGAUGGAAGUCAUGUCAGCAUCCAGUGAGGCACCCCGCUCAAAUAUUUUCCCUCCAAUUGUGUCCAUUGACUUGAGAGAUGAGUGCAGGCGUGCUGUUUUUCCUAUUACGUCUGAGCCUAAUUGUUUUGAUUUUGAAAGCUGAUGAUCGCUGAAGACCCAGUUCUUGUAAAAGUUUAGUUAUGAUUGGUUAAGAAUGAUGUUAACGUCUUUCUACUUUCAGCUUUUGUAAAAAAUAGUUGUCCAUUCACAAAAACACAACUACCACAGGAGGAAUUCUCCAAAAAUGGUUUGUUUUUGGUCAUACACAAAGUUUAUUUUAAGGGGUAUUUUGCCAAAUAUGGCUCAUUCAGGCACACCAGGACUUCUACCAAAGGAUGGUGUUUGUUGAUGUCUGAUUUCAGCGACAUUACAUUGGCUAACUGUUACCCUCAGCUUUCAGCUUUUCAACAAGAUACUUGGAAAACUGCAAGAAUUUACAGCUGCUGUUUUCUUUUGUUGCACAGAAAAAUAAGUAAACAUAGAAGAUACAAAAAAUAAAUAAGAUCGAUUUUUAACCAGGGUCUAUUUCUGUCUUUAUCUCUCUCCAGCUCUAGGUCAGAUUAUGCUGUAUGUGGAUGGGAUGAACGGCCUCAUAUCUCACAAUGAAACUGUCCAGUGGCUUUACACGCUUGUGGGAUCUAAGGUAAAAAUAACUUUAAUGUGGACUUAAAAAGAUGUUUCAGAAAGUUACUUCAGCAACCCCAUUUGAGCUCUGUCAGAAGUGAAAUAAUCACACACUCUGAGAUGUCAAACUUCACUGCUGUGCAACUUUAACAGCAUGGUGGACACUUUGGCCCUCUAGUGGCCACAUUCGGACAUGUGCAGCACAUCUGCAGCAGACAGCAAACCUCCUCUCUCUUUUCUUUGUUUUUUGAUUCUCUUACUUAUCAAAUUUAUGCCUUCCUGUGUAAAUGUUGGAAUAAUAUUUGGCACCCACUAUGUUUUUUAAAUCAAACCACUUGUCUUCUCAUAACUUUAUGUGACAUGGUUCCAUUAUCAAUAUUCAGCGUAAGCCUUUUGUGUCAGCUGCUCAGAGAUCUUAAAUUAACUCUGACUGUUUCCUCACUGCUGACAUGAUGUUUAUUUCACUCUCAAUAAAAAGAGCUCCAACACCUCAGGCCUAUUACUUCAUUGUCUGAUUAUUUCUCUUUCAUUCCAGUUUUUUUUUUUUUUUUUCAGGAUCGGACUUUGAAAUGCUUCAUCUUUUUUUUUAAACUUAAUUAAGUUCUGAUUAUGACUCUGUUUACAUCCUUUCCUCUUUGUUGGAGUACAGAACGUUUUGUUCACAUCAGCUGUUGAAUGUCUAAAUUUUGCCUCGACGUCACUCAGGGCUUAUCAAACCUCUCAAGAUGUUCCACACAGGAAAAGCUUUAAGAAGACAUUGAAGUUGAAAAUGCUCUUUCAUCAUCAUUCAUUUACUUUGUCAACAAACUGUUAAACAAUAAGACAAAACUUACUUUUCAAUAUUUGGUGCUGAUGUAUUUUAUUUUCUGUGUGUGUAGUUUCGUCUGGUGGUGAAGACGGCUUUGAAGCUGCUACUGGUGUUUGUGGAGUACACUGAGUCCAACGCUGCCCUGCUCAUAAAGGCUGUGAACAUUGUGGAUGCUAAACGAGGUAAGGGUCCAUGCUAACUGGACAACACUUUAGUAAGCAGCAUGAACACAAUAGCACACAUUUUGACAUUUUGGAAAUGUCCCAGGUCUGCAAAGAUAUAACAUUUACAGCAAAAUUCUAUAUUUAUGUGCAUAUGUAUUUAUUUGAAUUCAGUACAUAUGGCUACAGAGAUUUUUGGAUUAGUCUGAAAAUUCCUACUUUGGUUAGAUGAUCUUCAUUCCCCGUUAUCAAGCCUUCUACAGUGUCUGUCAGCUGACUGCAGAUCAAACUAUCCUGUUACACAAAAGCCAGAUCCGUUUUCCUGAGUGGCUCCCUGCCUGUUUGUGCAAUGAGGCUUAUUGAGUAAGACUAUAACUCCAGAGUGCAGCAGGGUUUAGUUUCCUGCAGCUCCAAAUGCUCCACAUAGUGCUGCAUUGUAAAACAGGGGUUGAGCAUCAGUCUGCAGGGGUUAGGUAUCCCUCUGUGUCUGCUGUGUCUUAUCCCCUCACCUCUGCUGUUGCAUAAGAAGACUAAACCUGAUCCCCCUCCCAGUCCCCUGAUGAGAAGAAGAUGGACUUGACCCUUGUGGCUGACACAAGGCUGCCUCAUCCUCAUUUGAGUUGAGGUUGCCUGGCUCUCUUUUUCCUCUGCCGUUUUUCUGGAGGGAGACUGCUAUGAGUGCAUUUUCUUACCCAUGCAGUAAGAUGACAUACUGCUCACUGAUGGAGCUGAAGGAUGACUGAGUGGAUAUUUGGGAUUGAAUAAAUACCUGGCAUCCACCUGAAGAUACAAGUGGCUGUGAGUUUGCAGUUUGUCUUGUGAUUCACUGCAGUCAUUGCUUCACUUUUGCUUCUGCAGACACUAAACUGUGGUCGAACAUUAUGGAGAUCCUAGAUGAGAAGGACGGAGUGGACACAGAGCUGCUGGUGUAUGCAAUGACACUCAUCAAUAAGGUCUGUAAAUGUGUCCUGAACUACUCACCCUGUCAAAUGUCUGCUCUGUCACUUUCUGUGCUUGUUCUCUGUCUUUCAAUCCUCUUUUGCACCUUGUCAGAUUAAAAUUACAUUUGAGAUACUUAUCUAUUGAAUAAGAGAAGUCUGAUCAUGUGAGCUGCAGGUAAAGGAAGUUACGCUUUCUGAAAGACUCAGGUGCAGUCUGAACAAUCAUCACUUCUUAUGACUUGUAAAAUAAACAGAGGAGAACUCAGAGUCGUGGAAGCAUCACCAAAAACCAGAGACCCCAAAACUACUUCAAUGAAAAAUAACCACCCGUUAAAAACUAGCUAUCCAGACAGCUCAUGUUGCCAAGUAUUAUGUAAUGCAUGUGUCUAAAAAUAACUUAAAAAUAACUCCUGGAGUUAAUCAUAAUAGAUGCAGCAGGCACAUGUUCAGAUCUUUUAUCAUGGUUUUUGUUCUUUGCUUCUUUUUGUUUUCCUGCAGACUCUGGCAGGACUCCCAGACCAGGACUCAUACUAUGACAUGGUGGACUGUCUGGAGGAGCAGGGCAUCGAAGCCAUGGCCCAGAGACACCUGGGCAGGAAGGGCACUGACUUGGACCUCGUGGAGCAGUUCAACAUCUAUGAGGUAAGUGAGUCGACACGGCCUGUAAUAUCACAUAUAAAACCACUGUUCAUGCAACGUGUGUUUCAUAGGAGGUUAAAGAUCACAGGUAUAAAGUGUCUUGCAAGAUUUAAAGACAAUAAUACAUUGUUUUUUGACGCCUUUAAUCCAGGUGACUCUCCGGCAUGAAGACGGCGAUGAUGAAACGCAAUUGCCUCCCAGCGGCCGUAAGGAUCGUCGUCGGGCUAGUGUUGGCGGCACAAACGAGAGGCGUGGCCUGGAGAGAAGACGCAGCCGGAGACAUUCACUCCAGAACAGCAGAGGCCAUGCUUCUGCCCCGGCUUCACCCAGCAGCCCGCACACUCCUGUGAGCAGCUUCCUGCCCUUUGGUGGCCAACGUGUUGAAGACAUUAGUGAAAGGUGAGACGAGGGGAGGACGAGGAGGAAUGGAAAAAGUGGAAGACAUUCAAAGGGAGGAAACUUACUUUAAUUUUAACUUGAACUGGGUUAUUGUUAUGAUCUCGUGUAUCAUAAAGCCCGAGACAGCUGCAGGUAAAAAGAGGAUCAAAAAUUAUCCUUGUGUGUAUGGAGUAUUACUCGGUUUCACAGGAAACAACUCGACUGCUAGUCUUGUAUUAUGUUCCACUCAUCGUGUAUUUUGACCAGAGCCAAAGGGGAAAAUUUAAUUAUAUAGUAAUUUAGAGAAAAGUAAGGAGAAGACAGAUGCUGGAAAGUGACAUUUAGAUUAAUUUCACCAGCGUCAGAGGCAUUCUUCAGCCCCUGAUGGAAAUAGGAAGCUUCUGUAAACACAUGAUAUGCACUAUCUGCACUUUUUCUCUUCAAAGUUAAGCUUCCUUCAGUGAGAGUGCAAUACACUCCAACUCCACUGAGCCGUCUGUCUUAUAUAAGACAAAGCUUUAUGGCUACACAUACUCACAGCAACCACAACCAGUGACUCAGGAAAGAAGCAAAUUACAAUUUUGUUUAAUUAAACAGAAGCCUGAUCUGAACAUGAGAACAACACUAAAUGAUGAUGUCUAGAAGUUUUUUAAAUGGGGAAAAAAAAAAAAACUUAAUUCCAUUUUUUUCCACAAAGACCAAUUUUAAUGUUUUAUCUUUUUCCUCUUUUUAUAUCAGUACCUCUUUUUGUCACUCCUGGUUUAUAACUCAACCCUCUAAUUUAAUCAUAAGCUCCUGUAAGGUAGCACUAACUUACUGAUAGUCUUGGUAGCACUCAGGUCUUUAGGUGGAUCUAAAUUCAGUCCAGCAUGUCAUGUGUUACCAGUCUAUCUGCCCCUCAGUCCAACACAGGAAAUUCAAGCCUCCUUUGAAGAUUGCCUUUUUUUACGUACUGUUAAUGAAAUCCAGACUACUGAGAAGGAUCCAAAUGGCCAACCGGUCUCAGACUUGAAAAUGACGAUGCACUUCAGACUGUCAGUUCAAACGCAGAAACAUCUCCUGCAGCUCUGUAGACUCUCCUAAUCCCAAAUGGUAUUAAUGGCUGAUGUGUAGUUAGGGCUGGGCGAUAAGGGAAAAGGUGUAUCACGAUACAUUUUUUUCAUAUCAGUCGAUAGCGAUAUAUAUCACGAUAUAAAAAUGAAAUUUAACAGUGCUUAUUGGUUGCAUGUCUUUUGCGAUACAAUAAGCUACUGCAUCUGUGAGGUCAUUGUGUCUCUUUGACGUUUUGUCAUAGGGCGUUGCAAUAGAGAAAGCAGACUGAAUGGUCGGCUGUUUCAGCUGCACAGGCGCCAUGGGCUCCUUGCGCCGCUCGGGGUUUGUAACCUUUUGCAUUGUGCGUGCUCUGCCGCGUGGCACUGCUUCAGGUGGUGAAAAAGAUUUGAAGUAUUCCCCGACUUUGUGAGAAAAUGUGCUCGACAUAAUUUGCAGUGCCUUAAAAAACCAAAAUACCUUCACGCCACCGAUGUUUUUGUGCCAGUGUUAUCGACAAUGUCGUCAUCUGUUGAGCCUUCAUCUGCAUUUCUGCGGGGGGUAGCACUCAUUUUCUUUUAUUUCUCACUGACAGUGCUGUCGUCUUCAUGUGUUGAAGUGCAAUGGUUGUGUGUAGCUGCAGCCUGCUACUACGCAGUUGUUUGCUACUUGGUUCUAAUUCAGCACAUGAUUGGUUCAGUGUGAAGCGGACCGAGAGCAACUCCCCUUUUCAUUGGCUAUUCGUAUAGUCUACCAAAAACAUGGCAGAAUGCAGGCAUUGACUAUUGAAAAGCAUAUUGACCGUGUUUUAUAUUGAUAUUGAGGGAAAUUAAUUUUCAAUAUAUAUUGUUAUCGUUUUAUCGCCCAGCCCUAUGUGUAGUAAUCAGACACUUAAAUGUUGUAACUGUUGCUUGUGCAUAUCCAUUUGUUUGUUUAUAACAUUGUUGACAGUGUCCACUAACCUCCUCAUACAUCUGUCAGUGAUUGUAUCCGCUUGACAUUAAUGAUCUUCCUCUAAUCCUCUUAUUGACAGGCAUGUUCUCGUCUUUUCUCUACAUUGUCUCCUCUGCUGUGUGUUUCUCAUCUUGUUCAAUAUUCUUUUCCUGUCUCACCUGCCUGCAUCCUCCCUUUCCUCCCUCCGACCUUCCUCUUAUAACAGAGAUGAGGAAGAUGAGGAAGGGGAAGAGGAGGAAGAGGAGGAAGAGGAGGAGGAGGAUGAGGAGGAGGAGGAGGAGGAAGAAGCAGAUGAUGAAAGUCAUCCAGUCACAGAGUCCUGUAGACAGGGCACUCACAGGUAUUUUAGGCCCGCAGGUUUCCCUCCUGAAUGAUCUAGCUUCCUUAUCCUUGCACAUGUAUAAGCUUUCCUUGAACAGCAUCACCUCUCUAUUUCAAAGUCUGAAUAUUUCCUUAUUCCCUUUGGACUCCUCCUCUCUUGUAUUUUGUCAUCCUAGUGUGGCUCCAGCUGUAGCAGACACUCCUAACAUGUGUAUGAACGUAAUGUGUAUGGCCAACAUCCUCCCUAAAGCCAGUGACCCUGAGGGGCAGAGAAAAUAUCUGAGCGUCAAGAGCAGGACUCCUUCUCCUGUGUCCACUGCACCUAAAAAGAGGACCUUUAGUCCUUGGUGCGUUUCCUCCCCAGCCACCUGACUGUGUUUUCCCUGUUGCUCUGCACACCCUCAGUAUCAGUCCUCCCCUCCCAAACCCCUACCCCCCCUACCCCUUCUUUCCCUGUCAGGUGUCUCUCGGGGCCCAGGAGAGUGAUAAGCAGGGAACAAAAAUAACAGUUUUAGAAGUCUACAUGUGUUACCAUUACAACUUGAAACGAGGAAGUUCACUGUUCCCAUCACUAGUGUGUGUGUGUCUCCAUGUACCUCACUUGUGCACACAGCAAGAACACCUUUAGGAUAUGAUAAAGCUAAUUUCUAAGUGAGCACUUUGAAAAAUGUGACCCAUAAGGUUACUUGCGUCUCACGUGCUGUAGCCUUUAUCCUUGAAAUAUGUUCCCGCGAUCACAGUCCCCCGCCCAUGUGUCCCAUCAGAUGUGAUUUACGUUUCAUGCGUCAUCUCAUAAGACAAACUGUACCAGAAAAAGGAAACUCGUAAUGGCUUCCUUUUCUCUGUUGCUGGAAAGGAUUAAUAUAAGUUUUACGUCUCACCCGUCUUUAGUUGUGGCUCUGCACCACACUUACUCUGUGACAAGUCAGUAAAUUAUUCUGAAGCACUGGAGGAUCCAAAAGAUCAGCGUGAGUCCCAGUCAGAGUCUCUUGAUGGUUUGCGUUCUUGCAUAGAUUAUUACGUGUGUCCUUGUUGUAAUGUAAGCAUGAUUCGCUCUUCUUUCAACCAUUUGAUUUAUUAGUAUUUAGAGUUUUAAAACUCCCUCUUCAAAGCACAGUGACUCAGGAAACAAAAAAAAAAGAUCUGUCAGAUCUGUUGUGUUUGUGGUCUUGCAGCCUCCCCUUCUAUCUUACAUUUCUGUCUUUUGUGAUGUUUGUGUGACUAACAUUUGACUGAUUUAUCUGUGAGUGCCUGACUGUUCCCCUCUUUUUUCACAUCUUUCUUCAGUCCGACUGAUACGAACAACUUACAUCCAUUUAACACAGAAAGAAAGCCCUGCUGGGCUGAAAGGUAAGGCCAGGUGUUAACAGGUUAAGACCUGUGCACAUGAGUCAACAGAGCCGUCAAUCAUAACCCAGCAUCAAAUAAUUAAUGUUGAUGUUUAUGUUUUAUUUAUUUGACAUGGACAUUACAAAGUUACAUUGGACGAACCAGAUGCAUUGCUUGAGUGUGUAUAGCACUAGUGCUAGUUUUCAACACCUGUCCACAGGAGGCUUUUCUAGUAGAAAAGUGUAUCUAAAAUCCAAAGUACAAAAACAUUCUAAGAAAAUUACAAAAAUACACUAUUGUUAAUUAACGAUAUCAAACCCCUUAUCAAUACAUAGUAAAAUAGAAACAGGAGUAAAUAUAGUCAUCUCAAGAUACCAGUCCAGAGUAAUUAUACAUGUGAGCAUGAUUGAUUUGACUUCAGCCAUGAUUUGAGACCUCUGUUAAACACAUUACCAUCCAGUUCUAGUUUUAGCUCUGUAGGCAGGUAGUUCCAGAGGUUAGCCCCCUUCACUGAGAAGGCAGACUGCCUGAGUGUAAACUACUCUUCUGAAAAAUGAACUAAAUGCGUGGUUGAAAUGUAUUUGACAUUUGGAUUAGGACUGCACCAGCAGGCGUUCUUCAUAGUUUAAUGGCACCACUGCCAUCACAGGGAUUCAGAUGUCUUUCUUUCUAAUUAUAGUCAUGAGAUUAGAAUCAAAAUCACAUCUUCAACUCUGAUGUUGAGUCCAGAUUUUUUCUCUACAACCCUGUUUUUCCUUCCUUUAACAGAAUCAGUGCAAAUGGUACUCCAUACCCUGGCAGGCACCAGGCUCCUUCAUCACCCGUCCAUCGCUUCACUAGUUCAACAACCUUCACACCAGACUCCAAAUCUACAGACAGGUAGAUAACUUAACUUUUCUAUUCAUUGUUUGGAUACAUUGAACCAAAUACACCUUGCUCAUGCAUUCAUGAUAUGCUCAUUUCCUUUUUGUGCAGACCUGCUUUGGGAGGCUUGCUGACUUCGUCGUACAGACAGCAUCAGGAGUCUCUGGCUGCAGAAAGAGAGAGGAGACGUAUGGAAAGAGAGGAGCGUCUGCAAAGAAUCGAGAGAGAAGAGAGGAACCGCUUCAAGUUAGUCUCACCUUAAGAUUCAGACAAAAUGCUGCACGAGUUCAUGCCAGAGAAAAUAUACUUCUUUACUUUGUGCUGUAGGCAGCUGUACAGCCAAUAAAGACAUGCCGGCAUGGGUCGUUUCUAGAAACAGAUGUCUUCAGUCCUUUCUCAAGAGAUAUGCACAAAUCACGUACAUGCAAGAAGCUGAGCUGUUUAUGGGAAACAUUUAGAAGCACUAAGGAGUCUUUAUGUUUUGUGCUCCGGUGUUUCAGCCUUUUAUGAUGCCUAAUUUCUGUGAUUUAAUGCAUACUAAGAAUUCAGGUCUAACACUGCCUCUUCAUCACUCUGUUACUGUCUCAGUCGAGAUUAUGUGGACAAGAUGGAAGAAGCAAGACAAGCCAGAGAAGAAAGGUGAGUUUAUUUUAUUUCAUGGGUUAAUGUGCGCCCACAAUCAUGCUGCAGUUCUGAAAAUAGAUCAAACAACUGCGGACGUUUGUGAAUGCUUAGAGAUCAUGUUCUAAAUUGAUAGCAGAUGCAAAGCCAGUUACAGCCUCCUCGGGCUGAAUUAUAGGUGUCAGAGCCCCUUUAGGCCUGCUCAUCAUUAAGACGUCCCAAAGUUAACAGGACAAGUGUGUAAUUGAGUUUUGUGCACAUGAGCAGCAGUUAUCUAACUCUGACUGUGUCUGUGUGUGAGUGAGUGCGCAAUAUGCCAAAGCUUCAUCUUACACCCUCUGGCAGCUUUUGCAAAAAACAGGCCUGAAUUAAAAGACACUCUACUUACCCAGAUAAGAGUAAAAUGUUCUAUUGUUUUACAGCAUAAAUGUUUUUUUUUUCUUGUUCUUGUUUCUUGUUUCCAGGGGCCUUAGAUAUCUAAAAUUUAAUGGCCUUUGUUUUUUUGUUUUUUUAGGUACAAAGCUGUGGAGAGGUUAGCUGCAGAGGAAUUUGAGCGAGAACGCCCAAAAGUGACAACCAGAGGGCGGACAGAGAUCACUUUGUGUUUGAGUCCCACGCCUACAAGCCGCUCAGUGUCCCGCUGUGUCACACCUUCACCCAUUAUAUCACAGGAAGACCCUGUCACCACUGCACAUCAUACAUCAGGUAAACACUGAUGAGUGUUGGCCAAUACUGUCACAACCCAGUCACAAGACCAGGUAGAAACUAUGUAACCACAAAUUUAUUACCAAAAUAAUGAAGGAAUACAUCAAUCAGUAUUGGUAAUCAAGGCAACAAAGAAACAACAGCCAUGCCGAGAUGCACACUCUGUGAUGUGAGCCAUGAGAGAGUCAAAAGUGCCACUGCUGAAGAUUAUACCGGGCCAAGGAGUAGCUCAUCGUCUCCUGAUGAUGACCCCACUUUUGUCUGGCCCUGUAACAAUAAAGCACAACCAGCAAAGCAGGAACACCUCGUGGUCUGGAGGGGCCGUCACAAUACUUAAACACACAGACAUAGAUUAGCUUGAAGUUUAUUCUGGUAAAUAUUAAAUGGCAACAUUUACGUUAAAUAAUGAACAUAGUGUAUAAAAAUAAAGAUUCAAACAGGAAAAGAGAUAUUUUGGAGAAAUACUGAUGGAUCAUUUGAAUGCCAUUUAUUGAUUUGAGGACUGUUGUUUCGACGCAUCAGUUCAGGAGCUUUGGACAUUUCCCAACGCUAUCUUUAUCCUUCUGUCAAGAUACAGUAAAAAUCACACUUUUAACCCUGUUGUAUUGUUGAUUUUACAGUAAAUGAGAUCGGACAGACACGAUAAACAUCAAGCUUCCUAAAGAAAACCUAAACCUUGAAGCUCAGCAGCAACAUCUCUAAGAAGUGAAUUAAUUGAUGCGGUCGCGCUCUCGUGUGAUCUUUUAAAAAAUGGUCAUUGUUUUCUUCCAGUGGAGGCGCCCCCUCCUGGCCUUUAUAAAGAAAGCAAGUUGAAGGCAAUCCACAUCAGUUUCACCUCUAAAACAUGUUAAAUUCUGGUUCAAUCUGAACUGUAUUUUUUCUUACAAGGUGUAAAACAUCUUUCUCAGCUGUUCAUGUUUAAUGAUUAAUAGUCCUGUCGUGUGAUCAUAAGCCAUGGUAAGAGAGUUUGAUAAUUGCUGUGUGAUUUACUUCCAAAGUUUGUGAAUGUAUGUUUUGAGUUUGAACAAUCUCUCAGUGAGAUUUAGAUUAUGUAUGGAAGCAAUUUAAAGCUGUUUAAAUAAUAAACACAAAGCUUUUGAAAACUAUCAGAUAUUAUAAGUACACAUUUGAAGCAAUUAAAGUAAAUUUCAUCAUGCUGUAUUUGUUUCUUUCCCAGGAAUAGAAUAUAUAUCUGAGCCAAACCUUGAUCCAAAGACCAGGACCAAAAGUCCUGCACCAGAGUUCACAGCAUCACAACCUUCUCCUACACCUCCCUUUGAGCCGGACAAGCAGCAGACUAAAACAGAGUCCUGCGCAGAGACAGAGAAUGCUGCUGAGUGUGACCAGAGUGCAGCUGCAGAGCCACUAUCACAUGAACAAUCAGACAUGGAGGAGGAGGAAGAGAAGCAGGAGACCCUGGGGGAAGAGCGACAGAGUGUGGAUGAAGCAGAAGUAAUAGAAGAGCAGGUAGAAGUAGCAGAAGUAGCAGAUGUAGCAGAAGCUGAAGAGCCAAAUGUGGAGGUGAAUGUAGAGUUGGAGGAGGAGUUUGAGAAGGAGCAAACUACAGAGAGGGAUGUAGAAGAAAGUGUACUGCUGAGUGAGAAGGAGAGACAGAAUGAGGAAGUGAAUGAAAAGGACAACUGCUCUGCGUCCAGCAUCUCCUCCACCAGCAGCACUCUGGAGAGGGAGGAGCGGGAGGAGAAGCUGACCAAUGACAAUGAAGCAGGUAUGAUUGAUCCAUUAUUUCUCUGUCUUUGAUAAUCAGUUGUUUUUCUCUUAUUCAUAAAUUUACGUGUUAACAGGCCAGUGGACCCCGUGCAUUAAAGACGCAGAUGUGAACGACCACUGCAACAAAAUUCUGAACAGCAAGCGCUUCAUGCUGGACAUGCUGUACGCUCAGAAGACGACUGGCAACGAUGAAGGGAAUGUUGAAGAAACAGAAAAAGACAAGUGUAACUGUGAGAAGGAGACAGAGGUCGGUGAUUCGUCUGUGGCAAGCUUGGCGAGCAGGAUCUCCACGCUGGAAGCUCACAGACAGGCAAGGGAAGAAAAUGUGAAGAAAAUGGAGGUGGGACAUUUGGAUAACCAGGGAAGUGUGCGGGCAGUGGCGGAAAAGUUUGGAGAUUUAGUAAAAGGCCUGACAUCUCCUGCAGAGGUUGAAACCACUAAAGAGCAGUCCGACAAAUCUUCCACAGCCCCAUCAUCACCCCCAAAGAAAGAGUCGGAUUAUAUCUGGGACCAGCUGAUGGCCACACCCAGGGAGCUGCGGAUUAAAGAGAUGGACUUCACGGACCUAAAGGAGGACGAUGACAUGGACAUUUUAGAUAUGAGCAGUGUGAUGGGGACAGGUAACCUAAUAGCACCGCCUCCCCCUCCUGCUCUGCCACCACCCCCGCCCCUCUUCGGAUGCCCCCCUCCCCCUCCCCCUCCUAUCCUUGGUAAAAUGAUGCCCCCACCCCCACCGUUCAUGGCACCUAUUCCUCCGCCCUCCCCUCAGCUGAAUCGAGGGGAGAUCCCUCUCUUCCAGAAGAAGAAGAAGACCAUACGUCUCUUCUGGAACGAGGUGCGUCCAAUGGACUGGCAGUGCAAGAGUCAUAAAUUCUGUAAAGAGUCCCUCUGGUCCAAACUGGAGCCCAUUAAAGUGGACACAUCCAAGCUGGAGCAGCUGUUCGAGUCCAAAUCCAAGGAGCUGCCUGUCACAAAGGUAAUAUAGUGUUGUGCUGCUGUUACAAGAGAACCACUGAAUAUCAGACUCAAAAUUUAAUGCAAAAUACUGAUUUUCUUCAGGGUACAAACCAUAGCUAAGAGUUUCUGGUACCUGUGUUAUGUCCAGCAUCAUAUAAAACAAGAAAACUUUGUGCAGUUAAUGGAAAAUUUUGCAAAGAUAGAUAGAUCUCAUCAUCUCUAAAAAUUUAGAUCAAGUGGAUAGUUUUGGCAUUUGGAGGGUUUAAAUAUUUGAGUCUUCCACGACUGUGUCAUGACAUUAUCUUUAAGGUUUCUGCACAUGCAGGUUUACAUGAAAUCAAGUUCUUUUAUUCUCCAGAGGUUUUUAACUUUUUGCAAAAAUAACUUGUACAUGUUCUUAUGAAGGUAUUUUAUAAUCUGAAGUAGCGCAGCGCUGCAGUUAUCAUUCAAGCAGCUCCCAGCAUUGAAAAAUGACACCAAUAAUCAAGUGCAAAAAACUGCAGUUCUUUAAGUGUCCACUAGAGGCUGGAUUCAAAAGCUGAGAAAACUCAAUUAGAGCCCAUGCUAAAAUGCCAGUCGUUACAGCAGGAUUACACAAGUUAACAGCUUUGAGUUCUUAAACGCUGACUUCUCUGUUAUUAUAAACUCUAUGAAUCAAUGAUGAACUAGCCUCUAUUGAUCAAUUUAAGGCUAAUCGUUGUGCAUAAAUAGAGAAUAAGAGCCUCACCAACUCCUUGAUUAGUCAAAGAUUAGUUAGAGUCAGUAUUUCCAGUGUGCUGACCACAACAUUUGGGCUACAUAAUGCUUCAUCCAUGUUUUAUGCAGUCUAAGAUAGCUUUUUGAUUUGUUUGUAUUCUCAAAUCCUUUACUGUUUCAUUAAUUUGCAUUAAUCUCAGACCAGAAAAGGACCUUUGUGCUGUCAAUAGUCAACAAAAGAUAAGUAAACCGUAAAACAAGCUCAUGUUUCCUCUGACGCAGUCCUUCAUUCGCCUAGCCCAACUAGUAAAGCUCAAGGAGGAGUGAAUUUAUUAAUCAGAUCGUCCAUGAAAAUCUCAUAUUUACUACAUCAGCUUGAAACCACUACCUAUCCCUCAAUAACUCUGAGUGAUUUAUGAUUAUGUUUUACUUCUUUUAUAGAAAGCAGCUGUUGAUGGCAAACGACAAGAAAUCAUAGUCCUGGAUUCAAAACGCAGCAAUGCCAUAAACAUUGGUUUGACUGUCUUACCUCCUCCACGAACCAUAAAGACCGCUAUCCUCAACUUUGAUGAGUACGCACUGAACAAGGAAGGCAUUGAGGUAAGCAUUUUUAAAAGGAUUUAGAGAUUCAGAGACAUGGUGUGUCUGAAAUGCAUUUUGUAAUUACUGUCAAGUCCUUUAAAUACAACCCAUUCAGGCUCACUGGGUCCAAAAUAAACUCAGUUUUCUUGAAUGAUGUUUACUCAGCACAAGAAAAACACACUGAUGGACUUCCUAAAGCAGGAGAGAUUUAAGUCUUCAAGAUAGGAAAGCCCACAAUGUUGGCAUAUCAUGUUAUUUUCUGGCUGCACGGCUGUUCUUGUGUAAUUAAUCAUUGCGAUGAUUAAAGGUUAGCUCCUUGUGCACAUUUUCAGCUUGUUUUAAAAACCACACUAUAGACUUUUGAAGGAUUUCCCAUCAGCAGAUAAUGAUAAAUGGUGCAUCCCCUCCAUGUUACAUAACCUGUAGUUUUCAGAGCUUCACCUUGAGCUCAUUUUUAGCGGAGAGGAGUAUUCCUUUCCACCUUUCUCUCUGGAGAUAUUCACAGCCAGACAACAAAAGGCCAAUAAAAGUUCAGAUGUCACACAAGUUUGUGGAAAAAACUGGAAACAUCUCACAUAACUAGAGCUGAAAAUGUCUGAGUGCAUUUGUUUUCCUCUCUGUCUCUUUGAUAUAUUAACUGACAUAUUGUGAAAAAAUUUCACUCAGGCGCUUGAUGAAUGACUCAGUGGAUGUAUCCCCUUUUCUUUUCAUCUUUUUCUCCUUCUCCUAGAAAAUCCUAACAAUGAUUCCCACAGAGGAGGAAAAGCAGAAGAUCCAGGAGGCUCAGCUGGUCAACCCUGAUAUCCCCCUGGGCAGCGCCGAGCAGUUCCUCCUCACCCUCUCCUCCAUCACAGAGCUGUCUGCUCGCCUGCAGCUGUGGGCGUUCAAGAUGGACUACGAGCUUAUAGAGAAGGUCAGAUACUUUCCUGUUCAUUUUAAUCACAUGCAGAUACAGAACACCUUUAGCAGUUACAUAAUAUAACCUUUUUUUUGUAGUUUUCUGUUAGCAAUACAUGUGCCCUUGUGAAUGUAUGUAAUAGUUUGACUUAUGUUAGUCUGUUCGUGAGAGCUUGUGUUAAAAGUCCAAACUUUCAUGUCUGUAGAGUAAAUAUGAAGCUUGACGUAAAUAAAGUCUUGAAAAUGGAAACAGCCAGUCUGGGAACAAUUAAGUAACAAAAUAUCCUCACUCACACCUUAAAAUCCUGAUAGAAAAAAACAGUAUUUCAGAGUUUCGAUGUUUGGGGCUGUUUCUUGGCCAGCUGGAGUGACUUAAAGGGAUAUUCUGGGGUAAAAUUAAGUCAGGGUCAAACUCACUGUAACACUGAGGUAGACACCCCAUCGAGAGAUGAAUGUUGCCGACCUCUUGCUUCUCUAUAGCAACACACUUGGUCUGAGGAACCAUAAACAAACCUCAACCAAAAAGCCACUCUAUAGCCACGAAACCCGCCUACUCUCUUUCAGCAGCUACUUGUUUGUAGCGAGACCUCGGGCCUGUCCAUUACGGACUGCUGCGGGUUGACACAGCUCAAUGAAGAACAUUUAUGAUCAUUUCUUCAUGGAAAAUCCAAUCAGUCCAAGACGCUGAGGCAGAAGAAGUACCACAUCUGCAAUGCAAAAUGAUUAAUAUGGUGAUUAUUACUUUGAGGAAAUGAUAAAGAAAUGAUCAUAAAUGUUCUUCCUUGAGCUGUGUCACCCCACAGCAGUCCGUAAUGGACUGGCCUGAGGUCUCGCUACAAACAAGUAGCUGCUGGAAGAAAGUGGGUGAGUGUAACUGAUGUCACAAAGUCUGCCAGAUACAUUAUUGAUUUGUGGUCUGAUAUAAAAUGAUGUUGUAUGCUCAGUUAACACAGGAACAUACUAUCAAAGUAACUCACAAAGAUGGCACUAAUAUAUGAUGUUAUUGACAACCUUGUUAGUAAGUAUUGUUUCUUCAAUAAAGGAGCCAAAGUGUCUUAUAUUAAAGCUCCUGUGGGGGACUCUGAGUUUGGGUCAGUUUUGGUGCCCCUUGUGGAAGAAGCAGUCUUAGCUUAUCUCAUCUUCUACAUGCUGGUGUCAUGAGUUGUCUGACUGAACUGUUGGAAGACUCUUUAAAAGUGUAUCCUCAGAUUUUACAGUGCUAUUAGCUAUGAGGAGGGGGUUCCAAACACAUAAAAAGAGAGUGAUGUGUGAAUGAGCUAUGGAGUUGACCCUAGUUUUUAUAUCUACAAAAAUCUACCCAGACUGUGCCUUUUUAUGGAGAGAAGAGGAGCAGAAUGAAUUUGCAGCAACCGAAGCAGGAGAGGAAGGAUAAUUUGUGUCUUGACUGCAUUUUUAUGCUUUUUUAGGAAGUAGCAGAGCCUCUGCAGGACCUGAAAGAAGGAAUGGACCAGCUGGAGAAAAACAAGACACUCCGCUAUAUCUUGUCCACAUUGCUGGCUAUUGGGAACUUCCUCAACAGCACUAAUGUGAGUCACUCUUGAGACAUAUAAGGCGUAGAGUUGAGGAUCCCCCCUUUUUUCACUUUCUCCUACUGUGUCUUUUACUCACUUCCUCCAUUUCCUCCCACGCUCCCCUUCCCCCUCCUCCUCCUUCUUCCUAUUCUCCCCCGCCAACAUAUUUAUUUGGCAGGGAUAACAGUGGACUCUAUGUGAAGAAGAAUGUGCUGGCAGACUGUGUGCAGCAGACGCUGUCCUUCUACAGUAAAAUCCCUUGUCAAGGCCUCUGCUGAUCCUCUGUCUGUCUGUCUGUCUGCCUGUCUGUCUGUCUGUCUGUCUGUCUGAGGUUGAGUGUUUCCUGACAGCUCGUUUGGCUUCUUGUGUGUGAACCUGCAUCUGUCUCUGUUUUCCUUUAUGUCUCACUCUCUGUGGCCUCACAUGUGCCUUUGUGUUUUUCAUGCAUCUGUGUAAACGUCUGUAUGUAUGAAUGAACCUUUGGGACACGAGAGCCCCCAAAAAAGUGCAAAAAGGGAAACAUAAUUUAUCAAAAUCAAAACAAGCAGUUCCCGUAAAUAACGGCAGCAUUUAGAUUUUGCAGUAAGCCAUUUAAAACUGGCAGAAGAACAAGGGAGAUCCUGUUUGGAUUAUGUCUUUCAUGAUAUGUUCCGGCCUUUAAAGCUCGGCUGUGGUGUGCAGACCGAUCAGUCUGGUCUGAAGAAGAUUGUGGUUUCUGAUAAUCACCAAGCCAAAUGAAUCUACAAAUCUACCCUGAGCACUCUUUGAGCCCCUUUUCUGACCCUGCCAAAGAGGAAAUUCACUGCAAUUUGUCCCCUUUUGAUUUUUAAUUCCAGACAGUUGUUUCAGUCCCACAUUGUGACUGUUUCUGCGUGCUUGCAUCUCUAGGCUAAAGGCUUUGAGCUCGGUUACUUGGAGAAAGUCCCAGAGGUGAAGGACACGGUUCACAAACAGUCCCUGCUGCACCACACCUGCGCCAUCGUGGUUGAGAAGUUUCCAGACAGUACUGACCUAUACUCUGAAAUAGGGGCCAUCACCCGACUAACAAAGGUGAGCCCUUGUUACUCUUUAAAAACACCUUAAAGGGAUAUUCCGUAACACACUGUAACACCAAGUUAGACACUCCAUCAAGAGAUGAAUGUUGCCGACCGCUUGCUUCUCUGGUUAUACCAACUUUAGUAACAACCGCAAGAUAACAAUACACAGCGGUCUAUGGAACCACACACAAACCUCAACCAAAACGCCACUCUAUGGCCGCAAAUAAUGCUCAGAACAGCACCUAACUUCAUCAACAGUACAUAUAGGAAAUGCAACCAGAUUGAGACGCUAAGGCAGAAGAACUACCGUGUCUGCAGUGCAAAAUGAUUAACAUAGUGAUUAUUACUUAAAGGAAAUUAAAAAGAAAUGACCAUACAUGUUCUUCCUUGAGCUGCGUCACCCCGCAGCUACCAGCUGGAAGAGAGUGGGUGAGUUGUGUUUAGUCUCUUUGCUAAAGAAAACAGGCAAAGUUAAAAAGAUGUUUGGUGGCUAGUACUAUGGCUAGAACCCUGUAUGUACUGUUGAUGAAGUUAGGUGCUGUUCUGAGCAUUAUUUGUGGCUGUAGAGUGGCGUUUUGGUUGAGGUUUGUUUAUGGCUCCUCAGACCAAGUGUGUUGCUAUCCGGUGGUUGUUACUAAAAUUGGUAAAACUAGAGAAGCAAGUGGUCAGCAACAUUCAUCUCGAUGGGGUGUCUUACUCUGUGUUAUGGUGUGUUUGACCCUAACCUAAUGAUAUCCCUUCAAAAAUCAUCUUUGGAGUAUGGUUUAUUACAAGAGGCUGUUACUGCAAACUCUGUAUCCACUGAAGCCUCCUCAACAGUCUGAAUGUGAUGUCUUUGUCAGGUGGACUUUGACCAGCUUCAAGAUAAUCUGGCCCAGAUGGAGCGAAGAUGCAAAGCAUCAUGGGAUUAUCUUAAAGUCAUUGCAAAACAUGAGAUGAAACCAGCAUUGAAACAAAAAAUGUCUGACUUCCUCAAAGACUGUGCGGAGAGAAUCAUUAUUCUGAAGAUUGUGCAUCGCAGAAUCAUCAACAGGUGGGGUCAGAUGUGGACCAACAGCAUGAACAUCCGUUUUGUGGUAACUUUUAGACACAUUCGAACCAAAAGAUGUUUUUGUAGUGAUGUUAUGGUCUCCUAACAUCUGCAGGUUUCAUGCUUUUCUGCUGUUCCUGGGCCAUCCGGUGUACGCUGUGCGUGAGGUCAGCAUUCACCGCUUUAGUAAGAUCUUGAGUGAAUUUGCCCUGGAGUAUCGUACAACAAGAGAGCGCGUGCUGCAACAGAAACAGAAGAGGGCCAACCACCGGGAGAGGAACAAGACCAGGGGAAAAAUGAUAACAGAUGUAAGUGCUCUUCACUACGAGCCAAACACACACAUAGACUUUCUCCAUAUCCUGAUCCUCGUGUUUGUUUAGUUUGAGUUCAGAUUCAACCCUGUGACACAAUAUCAUCAACCCCUGGACACUUCUUAUAUCUUCAAUCUGGUUAAAACACCAACUGUGGCUGUUUCUGACAGACACUGCAUACAUUUAAAAUGACAUCAGCAGAGCUCCUCUGUAUUCACAUAUAUAUAUGUUACUAUAACAACAAACAGGGAGAUGUUUUUAGUGUAUCUCAUUCUAUAGCUGCAGCAGGGUAAGAAAGGCCAGAGCAAACACCUCCCUGUGUGAUUAAAAUCCCUCAAAACCCAGAGGAGUCCACUGCUCAGAGCAGACUCCUCAUCCAGCCCUGGCAGGGGCCCCUCUCUCUUCAAAGAGACCCUAAUUCAAUCACUGUGUGAAAAUUCAAACCUUUGGAUGUCCCUGAAGGAGGAAAAAAAGGACCCACAGCACACUCUUGCAAAGUCUGCUCCAAAUGUUCAAAUUCCCAAAUUAAGAAUACAAAUCCAUUUAUGCACUAAUUAAACGACCAAGAUUACCAAUUAGCUUUUGAGAAGGUGACGGGCAUUAUUCUCAGCUUUGAGAUGAACCUGGCUCAAUUUCACUUUGCUUUUAGUCUUGGCUAAUGUGCUACCAUGGAAACCCUUUUACGCACUGUACAGGAUUUUUAAUGAAAGUCUGUUUCUUAAUAUGUUUCAGCUAAAAUAAAUAUUUAGUGCUUUUUUUAGACAGAUUUUUUUCUACUGUAUUUAGUAUUUACAUUACAUCUUUUGGCAUUUUCUCCUGUAGAGUGAGGAUGACGAUGAUUUUGAGGUAGGAGGAAUUUUGUUGUGCAAAGUGCAUGCAAACUUUGUGUUAACUGACUCUCAGCCAGACAGUGAUGUUGCAACUUUGGACAAUAACUUUUGUGUUCGUGUGGAUUAACAAAGGAUGCGUCAUUCGUCCAAAAGACAGGUUCUGUGUGUGUUUGACACACAUGAAUGAGGAAGCUUCAAGAUGAUGGAAAGAUAGCCUGAUCUUUGCUGGACUGUUGAGAGAAGGUGGAGAUGGAAGAAGUUGCAGCUAUUUCCUGGAAGGGAUCAAUAGACACUCUUCUUUAACCUGGCAUGUCUGCAUUGUUGCCAGAAGUAGUCAUGGCUAAUAUUUUGGACUGUGUGGUAAAAUAAACAAAACUAAAAUUAGUGUGUGGAAUUUUUGCCCUUGAAUUAACUAACUGUUCUAUUUUAAGGCUGUAAUGACGCAGCACUUUACAGCUUCUUUGAGCUAAGAAGUGCUGUGUCAUUAGUAAAGAUUAACCCCCAUUACGAGGCUGAUGUCAAGUUUGUCCUUGUGGUUCUUAAUUCACACUAAAAGUGCGUACAGUAUGAUCAUAACCAUGUCAACACAGCAGAUAUUUUUCACUGAUGGAAAGAUCAAAUGUUGUUCUAAGGAUCUGAUGGCAGUGAUCUGAUAAACUAGCAUCUGAGCUUCCCGUCUUGAGCGUGAUGUCAGCUAAGGAGAGGGAAGAUAAUGUGUGUCAGCUAAGUUGAGUGUCACCGUCUCCUGUGCGCUCUCUCCUUCAGAGUGGUAAAUUUGGUGGUGCCCCGUCAGACGCACAGGAGAACCAGCCCCAGGGAAUCCAGUACGCUGAAGAUGCAGCUGAACAUGAGAACAUGAAGGCCGUGCUUAAGAGCGGCCCGCUUGGAGGAGACGGAGGCACAUCUACAGUGCCUGGUCUACGAACACGUACCAGAGCCAGCAGCACCAGAGGUCAGCCUGAUUAACAUGUUACACUAUAGCAAAUCCUGCAAAGUAUGAGCAUAUUUUUAUGAUCACCUAGUUUUCUGAGGUGACCUUUUUCAGCACAUUGUAUCACAUUUGUCACAUUUAUUGCCCCUGGUUGCCUGAUAACAUAUUAAUGCACCAAUGUUAAUGGUUUCAGAAAAGUGAUAUUUUUAUUUUGACACAUUUUCCUCCCAGAAUAAACUUAGAUUAUUUGGUUAUCUCUAAAGCUUUUUUAGUGCUGUAAGAUAAUCACCAUUUCAAAGCUGUUUUUCAGUUAAAGUCCCACACCUUGCCAAUUUCUUGAACAGAACUUUUUUCCUUGUUGAGAAAAAUAAUCAUGCUCUUUGCUACAUUUUUGCCUGUUUUGAUACAUCAUCAUGGUGGUAUUACCACUCGCUGUUAGCAGUCCUGAACCCACGCUUCUAUGAACCGUGUGUCUGAUGUUUUCUCAUCAAUUUUAAUCUUGUACUGUGUAGGGCGUGUACCCCCAUGGUGCUCUGCCAGUGAUGACCCAGUGAACUGCACAGAUGAUACAGCUGAUGAGAUCAUGGAGAGGAUCGUGAGGUCAGCCACUCAGGGGCCCAGCCAGAGGACCCAACCUCGAGAGAGGAGACGAUCUCGAGCCAACCGAAAAUCAUGUGAGUCAGCUGUUGGGCGAACAGAUUAAUGAUUGCACGCAAAAAAUGCUCUCAGCUGCAUGUUAUGACGCUAUUAUAAUACUAAUAUUAGAGAAAACUUUUACCACAAUCUUUGCCCCUCUCUCCCCUUCCUCUUAAUUUUCUGCACAGUGAGGAGGACACUGAAGAGUGGUUUGACAGCAGAGGAGGCAAAUGCUCUCGGCUUGUCCAGUGGCUCAGAGAUGCAGGUAUAAGCUGGGCAGGAAGGAGUUUGGAAGCCUGCCCACUGUGCCCGACCCAACUCCCACUUUACUCUAGCAGUAAAAUCUUCCAAGCUUUAAUGAGUUGACCUCAUAAUUCUGCGUAAACCAGUGCUUCCUGCAGAAGAGUGGCUACAAUGGGGAGCUGCUUUUAAAACCACCCGGCUUUGCUUUUGCUGGAUGAAAACAAUAAGCUGCACUCACAAGACUAAGUCACAGCCAUCCUAUGAAUGCAGCACUGCAUACAAAUAAAUAUGUUUUUUUUUAAGGGUUACGGCAUCAAAUGGGUGGCAGAAACUGUUUGCAGCCUCUAUGGCCUUGACUGAAUCCAAAGGGCUUGCAGUGUGUAACAGACACAAAAAACUCUGCUGUGCGGUUCAGUCAGCCCUGCAGCGUCAGCGACAAAUUGAAUCAGAAGAACUUUCAUCUAUUGAAUAGAUGGCUGUGUGCAGGUUUUUCUGUUUAGUACUACUGUGGUAGUUUUCAUUUUUCUCAAGAAGGUGCUCGAAUAAGGAACAAUUGCACUGGAUGUAAAAGUUGGGUAUCAAUGGAAUGUGAAAUCCUUUGACACUGAUGGAACCACUCUGACAUCUGACAUUAUACUCGACAGUUUAACCAGCAAAUCAAUAGUAGCACAGUUUGUAUUGUCUCAUCAGAAUAGACCGAUUCCAGCCAAGGUGUGUGGUUGAGUUGUUGGCAAACAUCAGAAGGAGUUUAUCAGAAUAACAUUUUGUACUGCAGGUGAUCACUGGUGACACCGCUGGUUUCAGACUCACACCCAUCAUACAAAUAUUUUAAGCUUAAAUAAACACACCUAGUUGAAAUGUGACGCAGUCUCACAGUUUGAAAGGAGGACAGGUGCAGUGUCACAGGUGAGCAACCUUUGUUUAGUUGUGUGGUCUUAUUUUCUAGAAACUAAAAGCUGCACACUUCAGAGUGCCUUUUCAGAGACAGUUAUUUAUUAAGAUGUUUUCAGGGACAAUUAACCUAGAAAUUGUUACGACUUGUGAGGGGCUGGAGGCUUAUAUGACAAUGAACAUCAUUAAUGUGCUGUGAUUUAUUUUAAAACAGUGUUUUUAAAUAUUGUCCAGGCAGAAGUUUAGUUUAUUUUCCUUGUUGUUAAAAAAUUGGAUCAAAUAUUUGGUAUAAAGAUAGCUUUAGAGUUUUUCUAACAACAUAGUGAUUUGGUUCAGCCUGUGUUAGCUGUAUCCAGUUGCCUUACUGUAGAAUACAGACGAGCAUUGUUUCACUCUAGCGUGAUAGAGGAGUUGGACUUUGACUAGGACAAAAUUAUAGUUCAUCUGGUGUCACUUAAAAUCUCUGUCAAUAACUAAAAAUAUAGAAUAUCUUAGCUUGUAAUAAAAACUAUGAAUGUGAAGAUCAGGGGUUACAUGAUGAUCAGUAACAUUGGCGCACAUAAAAUCUCCAUUAUUUAUCUAUUUAAAAACCUAAACCUCGGUAGAAGUAAAUAGAUGGGAGCCUGCAGUUUUAAUCUUUGAUGGUGUACUUCUGUUCUGAACUAGCGUUUAGAAAGGCCUUGGCUAACACUUAAAACAUGCACAGCUCCACAUUUCUGUGAAGGUGCAUGUGUCAACUUGCACGUUUCCACUAUGAUGGAAAUAUAGCCAUCGAAAGAAACAAGAAUGAAGUGCAACAUCAUGAGGAAACUUCAUCAAACCACACCAGCAUAAGGUUUUAUUUUUGUUGAGAAUUUCCUGAAAUCGAUUUGGCACCUUAGACUCAGUGUGUAGCAUGCAUCUUAGUAGUUUUAGUGAGAGAAGCUCAUUGUGUUUUAUUUGUACUGUACUUGUCAUAAACAAGGCAAAUAGAUGUGUAAAGUUAUCUAGAGGAAGGCUGUAAAAACGAUGUACAUGUCAUGUCAGUGUCUUGUUUUUUUUUUCUUGUUUUUGUUCCAUGUGUAGAAUAGUGUAUUAUAGACUAAAAGCAGUAUUAUUCUUAAUAUAAUUUAAGCAAACCAAGCCAUGCAUGGUUCAAAAAGGUGUCACUUCUGCUCGAUACAAAGGAAGGUUCACAGCAUAGUUGUAGAGUGAGUGUUAUUAAACAUCUGAACUCCAGACUGUAAUGUGAACACAUGGUCAAAUGUGCAGGGUGAACCCCGUCUGUUACUCCUGUGGAUCCCUUAAGAAGCCUUUGAUUUCAUUGCACUCAACUUUUUUUUUUCUUUAUAAUUUAACAUUAGCACACCGUGCACAUUGCUGCCUGUGCCAUAGCAUCACUGUGGAACCUGGACACAAGUGCUCAACAAACAAGGCUUCUGUUGUGUCAAUGCCCAUGGCAAAAACUAUGUAACAUCUUCAAUAAAAGGCUCUUUAAAACAUGUUUUUUUUUUCUUUUUUUAGUCAUCUUUUCAC